AUGUCCACGCAGGCACCGACGUUCACGCAGCCGCUGCAGAGCGUCGUGGCACUAGAGGGUAGUGCCGCGACGUUCCAGGCUCAAGUUAGUGGUUCUCCAGUUCCUGAGGUGAGCUGGUUCCGUGAUGGCCAGGUUCUUUCCGCUGCUGCUCUGCCCGGCGUUCAGAUCUCGUUCAGCGACGGCCGCGCUGUUCUGACGAUCCCCGCUGUGACUGCCGCGCACAGCGGAAGAUUCUCCAUCAGAGCCACCAAUGGUGCUGGACAAGCCACAAGCACAGCUGAGCUCCUGGUCACAGCGGAGACGGCGCCGCCCAACUUCCUUCAGAGGCUGCAGAGCUCCUCAGUGACACAGGGCAGCCAGGUGAGGCUGGACAUCCGAGUCACAGGUAUUCCAGCACCUGUGGUGAAGUUCUACAGGGAGGGAGCAGAGAUCCAGAGCUCUGCCGACUUCAGGAUCCUCCAGGAGGGAGACCUGUACAGUCUGCUCAUAGCCGAGGCCUUCCCAGAGGAUUCUGGGACGUAUUCUGUGACGGCCACCAACAGCAGCGGACGGGCCACAUCCACUGCUGAGCUGCUGGUUCAGGGGGAAGAAGCUGUUCCAGCAAAGAAAACCAAGACUGUGAUUUCAACCUCUCAGAUUUCACAAACUCGGCAAACCCGAGUGGAGCAGAGAAUGGAGGCCAGUUUCCAGGCCACCGCCAUGAUGGAGAUCCAGGGGGAGGCCGGCGAGGUGACACACCAGCUGGCUCACAAGACUCCUCCCCGAGUCCCUCCCAAACCCAUGUCCAAGUCCCCGACCCAGUCCUCGCUGGUCGCCAAGGUGACAGGAGGACGCCAGCAGUCCCCGUCACCCGUCAGACAUGUUAAGGCGCCAACGCCCACACCAGUCAGGCCUGCUUCUCCCACUUCAAGACUCUCAGUCUCCCCCAUCAGGCCAGUCAAGUCCCCCAUCUCCACACGAAGGCAGGGGGCCGCCGGCGCCGACGUCUUGCCACCAUGGAAGCAGGGAGACUACGUGGCUGAGGCCAGCUUCGCCAGUAUGACCAGUACGACCACCAUCACCCACCUGGGUCAGGAGCAGCACUGGGAACAGGUCGUCGGGGUCAAAGAGGCCGCGGGGGGGCAGAGAUCCGGAGCGGUGGCCACAGUGAUGGCUGCCGUCGACCUGGCUCGUGUCCGUCAGCCCGCUCAGGUGGAGGCUGGUGGAGCCGGAGAGGCCGAGUUAGGGCAGCAGGUUGGAGGCGGCUGGAUGCUAACUGCUCAGUUCACACCUGAACCGGCCCGGCCUCAGAUUCAGAAAGCGACAGAAAUCCUCGUGGACACUGGUCUGGUCUCGUCUCCUGUUCCACAUUUCACAGUUUCUAAAGUUUCUGUCCCAAAACCUGAGUCUAGCUCUGAGGUUUCCAUCGCCGGCUCCGCUAUCGCUACUCUGCAGAGAGAGUUAUCUUCAUCCUCUGCUGCCACUCGAAAGAUCAUCAAGCCUGUCAAGUCGGCCAGUCCAUCUCGGAGAGUGCACGAGACCAGAGGGACGCCAGAGCCCACUCCUCCGCCGUUCAAAGAUUUCCCCGACACAUAUCAGAGUCAUUAUGGCGCAGAGAUACAGAGGGGGGUGGUGUGUUCGGGGGGCAUGGAGAGAAUGGUCGAGGACUGGGGAGCCCAGGUGGUGGAGGCAGCAGAUGUUCCUUCUGCAGGUGGAGCCGUGGUUCCACCCACACUGGAGUCUGGCUUGAAAAACACAACCGUGACCGAGGGCGAGUCCGUGACCCUGGAGUGUCAGAUCAGCGGUCAGCCUGCGCCGGUCAUCAUGUGGUUCAGAGAGGACUACAAGAUGGAGUGCUCUAUCGAUUUUCAGAUCAGCUACGAGAGUGGAUUCGCCCGGCUGGUGAUCCGCGAGGCGUUCGCUGAAGACAGCGGCCGCUUCACCUGCACCGCCACCAGCGAGGCGGGGACAGUCAGCACCUCCUGCUACCUGCUCGUCCAAGUGUCCGAGGACAUCGAGAGCAGGGAGGAGAUGGCUGUCGUCACCGAACAUGUUGAAACUGCUCAAGAGAAGCUUGUAACCGAAGAAGCCACAGAGGAAACCAUGUCUCAGGUGAGCAUGGAGGAGUCCGACAGUGCUGCCGCUGCUCCCUUCUUCAUCCAGAAACCCAGCGUUCAGAAGCUGGAGGAGGGAGGAAGCGUCCUAUUCGAAUGUCAGGUGGGAGGAAGCCCCAAGCCCCACAUCAUCUGGAAGAAGAGCGGCGUGCCGCUCACCACCGGAUACAGAUAUAAAGUCGCCUACAAGAAGGAGACUGGAGAGUGCAGGUUGGAGAUCUCCAUGACCUUCGCAGAUGACGCCGGAGAAUAUUCUGUGUUUGUGAAGAAUCAGCUUGGAGAAGUCUCAGCCUCAGCCAGCCUGCUGGAGGAAGAUGAAUACGAAGUCUACAUGAAGAAACAGGAAGAAACCUUUAAGACUGAAGUGACCACAGUGGUGCAGGAGCCCAAAGUGGCAGACGUCCCCCCCGUCGUUGAGUUUCACCUUUCUGCCAUCGAGCAGAGGAUCAUCCAGGAGAUCGAGCUCCACAUCAUGAGUAUCACCUACAGAGAGAUUGUGACAGAGGACGGAGAGUUGAUGGUGACCGCCACCGCCACAGACGCCGUGCAGCCGGCCUUCGACACGCCGGUCAAAAACUACAGGAUCAUUGAGGGAAUGGGCGUCACUUUCCACUGCAAAGCAGCUGGAACGCCACUCCCUAAGAUCGUUUGGUACAAAGACGGCCAGCGCAUCAGGCCUGGUGGCCGGUACCAGAUGGAGGUUCUUCAGGAUGGGCGAGCCAGCCUGCGCCUGCCGGUGGUGCUGCCUGAGGACGAGGGCGUGUACACCGCCUUCGCCGCCAACAUGAAGGGAAAUGACGUCAGCUCUGGGAAACUCUAUGUGGAGCCGUCCGGAGCUGUCACACCUCAGAGAUACACACCACAGCCAGCAAUGCAGAGGAUCAGGUCCACCUCUCCUCGUUCCAUGAGCCGCUCCCCAGGUCGCUCUCCCAGCCGUUCUCCCGCCCGCCGUCUGGAUGAGACAGAUGAGGCUCAACUGGAAAGACUCUACAAACCUGUGUUUGUUAUGAAACCGUCCUCAUGUAAAUGCUCUGAGGGACAAACUGCCAGAUUUGACUUGAAGGUUGUUGGCAGGCCCAUGCCAGAGACCUACUGGUUCCACAAUGGACAACAAGUGGUUAGUGACUACACCCACAAGAUCGUUGUCAAAGAAGACGGUAUCCAGUCCCUGAUCAUUGUCCCGGCCAUGCCACAAGAUUCUGGAGAAUGGACAGUCAUCGCUCAGAACAGAGCUGGACGCUCGUCCCUCUCCGUCACUCUCACUGUCGAUGUUAAAGAAACGUUGGUGCGACCUCAGUUCACCGACAAGCUGAAGAACAUCAGUGUGAAACAGGGCACUCUGGUGGAACUGGCUGUUAGAGCCAUGGGAAACCCUCUGCCUGAUAUCGUCUGGCUGAAAAACAGUGACAUCAUCUCACCGCACAAGCACCCCAACAUCAGGAUUGAAGGAACCAGAGGAGAGGCCAAAUUCCAGAUCCCAUCUGCUUCAGGCUCAGACAGCGCCUGGUACACAGCGACAGCCAUCAACAAGGCUGGUAGAGACACCACCCGCUGCAGAGUCAAUGUGGAGGUGGACUAUGCUGAACCGGAACCAGAGAGAAAACUUAUUAUUCCCAAAGGAACGUACAAGGCCAAGGAGAUUGCUCCUCCGGAGUUGGAGCCCCUUCAUCUGCGAUAUGGUCAAGAGCAGUGGGAGGAGGGCGACCUCUACGACAAAGAGAAGCAGCAGAAACCACUGUUCAAGAAAAAGCUGACCUCUAUCAGAAUGAAGCGGUUCGGUCCUGCUCAUUUUGAGUGCCGACUGACCCCGAUUGGUGAUCCCAUCAUGGUAGUGGAGUGGCUGCACGAUGGCAAACCCCUGGAUGCUGCUAACAGGCUACGCAUGGUCAAUGAAUUUGGCUACUGCAGCCUUGACUAUGAAGCUGCUUACGCUAGAGACAGCGGUGUCAUCACUUGCAGAGCCACAAACAAGUUCGGAGUGGACCAGACCUCGGCCACCCUGAUUGUCAAGGAUGAGAAGGGUCUAGUUGAGGAGAGUCAGCUUCCUGAAGGCAGGAAGGGAGCUUACAGAAUGGAUGAGAUGGAGCGCCAAGCUCAUCAGGGAGGACCCUAUGGAGUUAGUGCUGACGACGAAUCUGAAAAGUCCAAACCUGAAAUUGUUCUCCUUCCUGAACCAGCCAGAGUGCUUGAAGGCGACAUUGCUCGAUUCCGUUGCAGGGUGACCGGUUAUCCAGCACCCAAAGUGAACUGGUACCUCAAUGGACAACUUAUCCGCAAAAGCAAGCGAUACAAACUUCGUUAUGAUGGUAUCUACUAUUUGGAGAUCACUGAAAUCAAGUCCUAUGACUCAGGAGAGGUCAAAGUGGUGGCAGACAACAACCUGGGCUCAGCUGAGCACACAGUAAAGCUGGAGAUUCAGCAGAAAGAGGACUUUAGAACUCAUCUGCGUCGUGCUCCUGAGGCGAAGGCAGCCGAGGCCGCACCUGAACCGGGAAAAACACAAUUCGAGGUGGUGAAGGCUGAGAAACCUGCAGAGGACUCUCAGGUGAAAGAGGUGGUCACGCUCAAGAAAGCCCAGAGAAUCAUCCAUGAGAAAUCCACGGAGGAGUCAGAGGAGCUGAGGGGUAAGUUUAAGCGUAGGACAGAGGAAGGCUAUUACGAGUCCAUCACCGCGGUGGAGCUCAAGGCACGUAAGAAGGAUGAAAGCUAUGAGGAUCUGCUGAAGAAAACAAAGGACGAUCUGCUUCACCGCGCCAAGAAGAAGGCGGAGGCCGAGAAGAAGAAGGAGGAGGAGCAACGCAAAGUUACAGCCAAAUCUCUCAAACCAGAGAGAGUCAAGCUCUCAGCCAGUAUGGAAGCUCCUAAGAUCCUAGAGCGUAUCACAAGCCAGACCGUAGCACAAGGUGAAGAAGUUAAGUUCAGAGUCAGAGUUGUGGGCAGACCAGAACCAGAGUGCCAGUGGUACAAGAACGGUGUUCAGCUGGAGAAGUCUGACCGUGUUUACUGGUACUGGCCUGAGGAUCAUGUGUGUGAACUGGUGAUCAGAGACGUCAGAGCAGAGGAUUCUGCCAGCGUCAUGGUAAAAGCUUCAAACACUGCAGGAGAGACUUCCAGCCACGCUUUCCUGCUGGUGCAAGCAAAGCAAGUCAUCACAUUUACACAAAAACUGGAAGAAGUUAGUGCCAAGGAGAAGGACACCAUGGCAACCUUUGAAUGUGAGACCAACGAGCCAUUCAUCAAGGUCAAAUGGCAGAAGAAUAAUGUGGAUAUCUUCUCUGGAGACAAGUACAGGAUGCACUCUGACAGAAAGGUUCACUUCCUGUCUGUGCUGACGAUCGACAUGAGGGACGAUGCAGAAUAUUCCUGUGUAGUUAUUGACGACGACGUCAGGACGACUGCGAAGCUGAACGUGGAAGGAGCCCCUCUGGAGAUGUUGAAGCAACUUGAGAGUACAGAGGUGCCGGAGACAUACUCUGGAGAGUUUGAGUGUCUCGUGUCACGCGAGGAUGCGGAAGGAAGCUGGUUUUUCGGACAAAAGCUGUUGUCUCACGGAAGUAAAUACGUCAUGUCCUCCCGUCGUGGAAGACACACCCUGUCUGUCAAAGAUGUCAAGAAGGAGGACCAAGGAACUUAUUCCUUCAAAGUGAGGGAGUUCAAGACGAGCGCCUCACUCAAGAUGAAAUUGCGCCCAGUGACCCUCAUGCAGCCGUUGACUGACCUGACGGUCUGCGAGGGCGACAUUGCACAGAUGGAGGUCAAGUUCUCCCAGGAGAACGUUGAAGGAACCUGGAUGAGGAAUGGGCAGCCUGUCACAGCCUCAAACCGAAUCCACAUUGUUAUCGACAAACAGACCCACAAACUCUUGUUUGAAGACACCAACAAGAGCGACUCUGGAACAUACUCCUUCGUUGUUCCCGAUCAGGAGAUCUCAACCUCUGCAAAGCUGAUCAUUCAGACUAUCGGAGUGCUGAUACCACUAAAGGACACAAAUGCCAUUGAGGGCACCAAAGCCGUUCUGGAGGCCAAGAUCUCCGCUCAGGACAUCAGCUCAGUCAAAUGGUUCCACAACGACAAACUGCUGACACCCAGCGACCGAAUCCAGCUGGUGGCGAAAGGAUCCAAGCAGCGGCUGGUCGUCAACAGGACGUACGCUUCUGAUGAAGGACACUACAAACUGGUGGUCGGUCGAGCUGAUACCAGCUGCAGAUUCACUGUUCAGACUGUCCAGAUCGUGACCCCGAUGAAAAACAAGGAAUGCUCCGAGUCUGAGAACGUCACCUUCGAGGUCGAGGUGUCUCACCCGGGUAUAGACGCUUUCUGGACCUUCAAGAGGCAGCCUCUCAAAGCAGGCGCCAAAUACAAGAUGGAAUCCAAAAACAAGCGCCACACCCUGACUGUCAUGAAUGCCAUGAAGGACGAGGAGGGCGAGUACAUGUUUGCUGCCGGUGAGAAGAUGUGCAGUGCCUCUCUCACUGUGACAGGUGGCGCUAUCAAGAAGCCUCUACGUGAUCUGGUGGUGGCUGACUCCCAGACUGCCGUGCUGGAGUGUGAGGUCGCCAACCCUGCUGCCGAGGGCAAGUGGCUGAAAGACGGCCAGUCUGUUGACUUCAACGAGAACGUUGAGAGUCAGGUGAAUGGCACUGUCCGACGCCUCGUCAUUAUCAUCACCAAAGCAAGCGACAUCGGAGAGUACACCUAUCAGGUCGCAACCUCCAAGACCUCCGCCACCCUGAAAGUUGAGGCUGUGAAGGUAAAGAAGACCCUGAAGAACCAGAAUGUGGUCCAGACUCAAGACGCUGUUUUCAUCCUGGAGCUCACCCACGAAGAUGUGAGGGGAGCACAGUGGAUCAAGAACGGUGUCGAGAUCCAGCCCAGCAACAAAUACGAGAUCAGUAUCGAAGGCAGCGUCCACACCCUGAAGAUCAAUAACUGCACCACACACGAUGAGUCGGUUUACUCCUUUAAACUUGGAAAACUGUCUGCAAAUGCCAGACUGAACGUGGAAUCAAUAAGGAUCCUAAAGAAGCCAAAGGACGUGACUUCACUGUUGGGUGCGAGCGCUGUAUUCGAGGUCGGCAUCUCCGAGGACGACAUUCCGGUCAAAUGGAUGUUCAACAAAACGGAGCUGAGGCCGAACGAGCACUAUAGGAUGCUCUCUGAGAAGAAGACGCACAAACUGUUUGUCCAGGAUGUUGACAACAGCAAAGAGGGAGAGUACACCGUGGUGGUUGGACACAUGCAGUGCAGCGCGCGCCUCAUCGUCGAGUCUCUGCGAGUCACCAAAUCCAUGAAGAGCGUGGAGGUGCCAGAGACUCAGGUGGCCACGUUCGAGUGUGAGGUUUCUCACUUCAACGUCCCGUCCACGUGGCUGAAGGACGGCGUGGAGAUCGAGAUGAGCGAGAAGUUCAGGAUCGUGGUUCAAGGAAAACUUCACCAGCUGAAGAUCACGAGCAGCAGCAGGGACGACUCUGCCGAGUACACCUUCGUCUGUGGCAACGACCGAGUCUCCGCCACGCUCACCGUCAGCCCAAUUCUGAUCGCGAUGAUGUUGCAGAACGUGAACGCUCAGGAGAAAGACUCUGUCACAUUCGAAGUAAACAUUAACUACGAGGGAAUUGCUUACAAAUGGCUGAAGAACGGAGUGGAGAUCCGGUCCACAGACAGAUGCCAGGCUCGCUGUCGACAGCUCACGCACACUCUUUGCAUCAGGAGCGUCCAUUUUGGAGACAGUGCUGAAUACGCCUUCAUGGCUGGUUCUGCAGUGACCACAGCCAAACUUUAUGUUGAGGCUCGUGUGGUUGAGUUCACCAAACAUCUGAAGGACCUAAAGAUCACAGAGAAGAAGAGGGCGACGUUUGAAUGUGAACUCUCUGAACCAAACAUCCAGGUGAUGUGGAUGAAAGACAGUCAAGAGCUGGAGAUGUCUGACAGAUACAAAAUGACCUCAGAUAAGUUCCUGCACCGUCUGGUUCUGCCGUCUGUCCGCCUGUCUGACGCCGGAGAAUACACCGCCGUGGCAGGAUCCAGUCUGUCCAAGGCGCACCUGGCGGUCGAGGGACGAGACGUCCAAAUCUCUGAGCCUGCGAGCAGGAACAUCACAGUGGUUGAGAAACUCAGAGCGACCUUUGAGUUCGAGGUGAACGAGGACGACGUGGACGCUCGCUGGAUGAGGAACGGGGUGGAGAUCCAGUUCUCAGUGGAGGAGAGGUUCAGCUACGCCACCAUCAGGAGGCUGCACCGCCUCACCAUCUCCGAGACGUACAGGAGCGACGCCGGCGAGUACACCUUCUCAGCCGGGAAGAACAAGAGCACCAUGAACCUCCACGUGAAAUUGCCGGAGCCUCCGGAGAUCGUGCGCCCGCUGCAGCCCCAGAGCGUGGUGUCCGGGAGGUCGGUCCGCUUCUCGGUGCAGGUGAGCGGCCUCCCGGCGCCUCAGGUGUCCUGGUACAAGGACUCUCAGGCUCUGUCCGUCAGCGACAACUGCAAGUUCCUCCACGACGGAAACGAGCACACGCUGCUGCUGCUGGAAGUUCUCCCCCAGGACGCCGCGGCCUACAGCUGCGAGGCCAGGAACGACUACGGAGCGGCCACCAGCUCGGCUCUUCUCACUGUCGAAGUUCCUGAGGUGGUGGAGACGCUGGCUCGGGUCUCAGCUCCGGUCCUCGUCGCUCCCUUGAGACACGUCCUGGUCACUGAGGGACACUCGGCCCAGUUCCAGUGCACUGUGUCUGGGGAAGAUCUGCAGGUUUCAUGGUUCUGUAACAACAGAGAGCUCAGAGACUCGGACAUCUUCAGGAUGUCUCAUUAUGGGGACACCUGCCAGUUGGACAUUUCCAGAGUUCUCCACGACCACGAAGGAGAGUACUCAUGUGUCGCCACAAACUCUGCGGGAAUGGUCACAUGUGAGGCUUCGUUGAAUAUCGAUGGUGAGUCUGUCAGGAGUGCUGGGGCUGAUGCUAAGCUAAGUGAGAGGCUGGCGGCUCAGAGCUUCAGCUCUGUGUCCGUGGGACAAACAGCCCACAGUGUUGAGUUUACUCAGAUGGUCUCUCAGAGUUCCUCCAUGUCUUGGAGGACGGUUGAGAUUCAGAUGGAGAGCGUGAGCUCAGAGACGAGCUCCGACAGCAGCUUUGAUAUCAAACUCUCAGCCAGCCCCAAACUGCUGAUGGAGAUGAGCGACGUCCGGGUGAGAAGCGGCGAGAUGGCAGAGUUCAGCUGCACAUUCAACGGGCAGCCCUUCACCGGGGUGGUAUGGCAUCACAAUGGCCAGAGCCUGGUUGACAUGGAGCGGGUGAGGAGCUCUGAGAGCAGGGGCUCAAUGUCCCUGGUCAUCCAGGGUGUUGGUGUGGCGGACCAGGGCGUGUACCGCUGCACCGCCACCAACCGACAUGGCCAGAACAGCUCCUCUGCCCGGCUCACUGUUGAAGCUAAAGAAGCAAAUCUCACAGCAGAAACCCCCAUCCCUACAGAUUCUGUACGCAAAGUGUCUCAGGCAGACAGGGAGACUCUUAGAGAUCCCCCUGAGCAAGACAAGAAGGAGGCGCUGGAGGAGCUGGGAUCAUUGCCUCCCUCUUCCCAGAGACCGUACAGUUUCAUCAGCCACCUGUAUUUCCCUGAUGUUCCGCCUCAUGACGAGCGAGGUCAACGUCUCUCCAGCUGCCCCGAGUUCCUGGUCAAACUCCCCCCUGAGCUGCUGAGCAGGAGCAGACACUGCGGCUCCUUGUUGUGUGUUAUGAAGGGGCUUCCCACUCCGUUUUUCAUGUGGCUUUACAACCGGUUGAAUUUUGAGGAUUCUGUGUCCUUCUCUCUGAAACAUGACGACCCCCUGUGCUCUGUAAAUGUUAAAAAUGUGAGAUCCGGACACAGAGAAUCUCACACUUGCAAAACUGUCAACUCAGCUGGGGAUGCUGAGAGCAGCACAGGGAUGAAAGUCACUGCAGUGGAGAAGGAACCAGUGACUCAGGUCGUGGAGGAAAUAAAAGCUUCCUCUAGCUCCUCCGUCACAGUGGAAGAGGAAACGCAGCAGUCGUUCUUCACCGGCCUCAAGGUUCCAGACAAAACCACAACACUUGAACUCAAACCAGAGUCUAAACGUUUCCUAAGCUCGUUGGAGAAGAAAAAAGAAAAGCCGGUUUUCAUCAGCAAACUUUCUCCGACAGUUGUGACUGUCGGAGAAAGUGCUGUGUUUUCUGUCAAAGUGUCUGGUUUCCCGAAACCCACGAUCAAAUGGUUCCAUAACGGGCAGACGAUAACCAGUUCAUCCGUGUACACGUUCAUUCGCGAGCAAGAUGAGUUCAGUUUGGUCAUUGACAAAGUUCAGAGGGAGUUUGAAGGAGAGUACUCAUGUACAGUCAGCAAUAGAUUUGGUCAAUCCACUUGCACGUCUUACCUGCAUGUUCAGCUGAUGAAACAAGAACCAGAGGAAAAAGCAGCGGGAACAACUGGGAAACCCCCAAAGUUCCUUCAAACAAUGGAGUGUGUUGAGUUGUGUGAGGGAGGAGAGGUCUUCUUCAGGUACGCUUUGACCGGAGAUCCACUCCCGGAGGUUCAGUGGCUCAAAGGCAGCAUCCAGAUUCAGCCCAGUGGGUUCUGUAUCAUUGUGAACAAUCCAGAUGGGACAGGUUUCCUUCAUAUAAAGAGCAUCAAACAAGAACACAGUGGCUUCUACACCUGUAAGGCCUCCAACCAAUAUGGGGAGGAGUCUUGUUCGGCCAAGCUGCUGGUUUUCAGGGAGAAGGUUCAGGACGAGACGUCGAUAGUGAUGAAAACUAAAGGUUUGAAAAUAUCCAUGACGGAACAAACCACAGGAUCCAGGCUACAGCAGGAAAGAAGCCGGUCUGAUCAGAUGAUUUACACCAUUAGCACUGACGACCGGCAGAUUAUUCCCAGCGAAGAGGUGGGAACGCUCAGAGAGCUUGAGAUCUCGGCUGCCACUCUUCAUCGAGAGCAGCUCCCCCAGCAGGCAGCAGUGCUACAGUCUCAUGAAGUACAGGAGAGGGUUUGUUUGGCUCCUACUUGUCCUCCUCAGGUCUCAGCUGUUCCUAUGAGACAGCUUCAUCUGGCCACGUUCCUGUCUUCAGUGCACGAGAGUCAAAAGAUCACAGAGCAGCACUCGGAGAGGAUCCUCAGCCCUGAGCUACUCGAGCUUGAGUUAGCCAAAGAGCAGCCGUCGAAACUCAUGUCGGCUACAUCUGAAGAGGUUCUCCCGCUCACCACAGUGAGAGCCGAGGUCUUGAUGGACCAGGCUCCAGAACAUAUGAAGACCUCCACUGAGCCCAGGCAGUUUGUUAGUGGUCCCCAAAUCCAGUCCACUCUAACCUUCCUCGGUGAAAGGUCAGGUGUGGUGCAAAGACCAGAGGAAGAGAAGAGCUUUAGAAUCACAGAGGGGGUAAAAGUUUUAUACUCGGCUCAGUCCACAGGGCAACUGCCGAUCACUGAGGGGCACUCUGAGCCUUUACCAGCUCUAGGCUCAGCUACCAAACCUGUCAAUGAGAAAGAGCUGUACAGACCAGUCAUCGCUCCAGUGAGUGAAACUACAGUGACUUUAUCGAAAGAGCAGGAAUUAAACAUUCACAGACCAGAGCAAGAGAGCAUCAUUCCAUGUGAAGACGUAUUGUUUAAGUCAGCGAUAGCUGCUGAAGAGAAAUACAAACUCCGGGCUGAGCAGGUCGGAAAUGUGCCAGGUCUAGAUUCAUCUGUGUGUGUGCAGCCUGAGCGAGAGGGCGAGAGCCUCCUGAACCUGCAGGUUAUCAGUGACCAGAAUGUUUUACAGUCUGAGGGCAGGUUCAGCAGCCACAAGCCCGUGGCCGAACAGGGAGCGACGAGGACGAGUCCGACUCUGGUGCAUUCAGUGACUCAAGAAGAGCAGAGGACUGUUGUUUGUGAGACAACCUCAGACUUUACAACAAAGAUGGACCCCACAUCAAUUCAGCCAAAGAAAGAGAUACCACAAACAAAAUACCUUCAGUCCAUUAAUUCUUUAUCAGUCUUACCAAAAGAAGGCAUAAUUACAAUCAUUAAACCUGACCAGCAGGUGGCGAUACCGAAAAAAGAAAAGAGUAGAAGGCAUGCAGCUACCUCAGAGGAAAAACGACAGAUCACAGCAUUGUAUCACAAAGAACUUGAUUUGAAAGUAAACAGGGAUCAGUCACUGCAUCGCACAGAGCCCAGAGCUCCCCACAUCCUUACAGUCUCCUCUCAGCCCAUGCAGCUCCCGAAGGAGACGCCUUUCUCUGCUGACAUGAAACAGCAGAGGGCGCUAGUCCAGAGAGAGGAUGACUGGAAAAUCAUGCAGUCUUUGAAUGUCACAGACACUCAGACUCUGGAGGAAGGUCACACCAUUGGUCUUAACACUGAUGAGAAAUUCAGGCUUGAGAUGACAGUUGAGCCCAAAAUCCCCAAAAAGCCUGUUUUCAUAGAGGAGAAGGGCAUUGCCACUGAGAGCUGUGCUGUUCUAGAAGCUGCGGAGCAGGACUUUGCAGUCCAGAUCCAAGAGGGACAGUCGGUCCGACAGUCUGUGUUGCUGGAAGAAAAGCAGGUGAUUGUUGGAGAGCAUUCAACUGAGAUCCAUAAAUCUGAAGGUUCAGCUGUCAGCGUGAUGAAGCAGCCUGAAGAAAUCCUGUUUGUCCACGAGUCUCAGGAUGCUCUGACUCUGCCUAAAGAGCUAAACUUUGUGAUUCAGAUCCCAAAACCAUCCAAUGUGAAUCUGCGUUGUCAGCUCCGAGACGCUCUGCAGUCUGCUGUGGCCACUGACCAGCCGCUGCUACUGGCUGAUGUUGUGGGUAGGUUAGAGGCAGUGGAGGUGCAGGAGGCGAAGGUUCAACGAGAACCAAAACGAGCCAUGCACACUUAUCUGAUCACAAACCCAGGUUCUCCCAUGGAGAUCAAUCUGUCGUUUGUGGGUGAAUACCCUCAGACAGCUGACCUCAGGUCGGAACUCCAGGUCGCGCUGCAUGCGAUGGUUUUCCAGGAGCAACAAAGUCUUACAUCAGAGCAGCCCGGUUCCAUGCAGAUCGAAAAGCCUCACAAAGUGCUGGUCAGCUCAGCAGCAUCCAAAGAGGUGCUGUCCUCCGUGGUGGCCACUGUGAUGGUAGCAGAGAGUGCAGCCGGGCUUCCUGCUGCUGCGUCUCAGUCUGCAGCCGUUAGAACCGAAGCCAGGGCGUCUUUCCAAAGUGCAACAGUUCAGAGUCGAUCAGAGAUCCGUGAGUCUAAACAGGUGAGCAGUGAGAUGCAGAGGUCAGAGAGGGAGGUCACUGUCUCUGUGGCCCAACAACGACUGGACACGUUUGUCCACACAGUGACCAGAGAGGAGUAUCUCUCAGAGGCCAUCAUCGUCAGUGAGUCCUCGGACAGUCUGGUAGUUCGUCCUGUUGUCGUCGGGUCUCUGGAAGACAUUCAUGCUGAGGAAACUGGCAAGGCUGUUUUUACUGCAACCGUAAAGUAUGUCACCAACGUAAACUGGUUUUUAAAUGGGCAACUGUUAAAAUCUGGCAAAGAGUUCAAGUGUUCCAAAGAUCACGAUACAUACACACUAGUUAUCAGCAAGGUUCUGAAGCAGAAGCAUCAAGGAGAAUAUGUCUGUGAGGCCGAGAACGAAGCCGGCAGGACGACCACGUCUUCAAGACUCACUGUGGUGUCAAGAGUGAAACCUGUGUUCAGACACAGAAUCGUCCCUGUGGAGAUCAACAUUGGCAACACCGCCAAGUUCGAAUGUGAAACUGAAGACGCUCCGAAUGUGAGCUUCAAGUGGUUCAAGGAUGGAAACCCCAUCAAAGAGGGGGAUAAGUACCGGAUCAUCAGUCGCUUCAGCAUGUCCUCACUGGAGCUUCUGACCCCGACCAGGGACGACAGCGGUGAAUACAGCUGCAAGGCGUCCAACCAGCAUGGUGGUGACGAGUGCUCCGCCUCUCUCAGCGUGACAGAACAAUGUCCUCCUUCCUUUAUAACUGAGCCUGAGCCUCAGACUGUGUUUGUUGGUAAGAGGGCAGUGAUACAGUGUGUUAUAUCAGGAUCUGCUCCUCUCAAUGUCGUCUGGCUCAAAGACCAGCAGGUCUUACCCAAAGGGCUGACACACUUCCAUACCUCUUGUGAAAAGAACAAACACACUCUUGAGAUAACCGUCCUGGAGGCAGCCAACAGGGGGCACUAUGUUUGCAAAGUGUCCAAUAAUGUUGGGACGGCUGAGAGCGGCAUGGAGCUGCAUGUCAUUGACAAACCCUCCUUUGUGACGCCCCUGGUCACUGUGGCUGCCGUGGUCGGUGCUCCUCUGCACCUGGAGGGUCAGUUGGACGAGGACACUGGAGUCAGUGUCUCAUGGACCAGAGAUGGUAGAAAGGUCCACCAGUCUCCAGACUGUAAACUGACUUUCGAGGAUAAGACUGUCACACUUGAUAUCCUAAAGACCACACUGAAGGAUUGUGGACAGUAUAUAUGCACGGUGACAAAUGAAGCUGGGAGUGCAAUUUGCUCCACUGUGGUGAAGGUCCAAGAGCCGCCCGUCUUUGUGAAGAGGCUGGAGGCCUCUGCGGUGUGGAAGCAGGGCGGCGCCGCUCGGCUGCAGUGCUCCGUCAAAGGAUCGCCUGAGCUUCACACCAGCUGGUUCUUUAAUAACAGCGAGCUGUGUGCUGGCAGCAGACACGGCGUCAGGCUAAUAGAGGGCGUGGCCACUCUUGAAAUUAAGGACGUCAUGUUGACUGACGGUGGAAACUACACCUGUGAGGUUCUCAAUGAGUCCGGGUGUGAAAGCUGCAGCACUAAAGUGACGGUGAAAGAGCCGCCAUCAUUCAAACAGGAGCUGCUGUGUGUAGAGGCGCUCAGAGGAUCUGUGGCCGUGUUGCACUGUGAAAUAUCUGGCUCUGCACCGUUUGAGGUGUCAUGGAGAAAGAAUAAGAAAUGUCUGUCAUCAGAUAAGAAGCACAGGAUAGUGUCUCAGGGAUCCCUGAGCUCUUUGGAGAUCCACUCGUUUGAAAGCGCAGACUCUGGUGAAUAUGAAUGUGUCGUCUCCAAUGAGGUCGGGUCUGUGAGCUCAAAGUCCACAACUAAACAGAAAGAGCCACCUAUGUUUUCAAAGAGGUUUGACAGCGCCACAGCAGUUUUGGGAAAUACAGUGAAGCUACAGGGAACCAUUAAGGGCUCCGCUCCCAUCACUGUAAAAUGGAUGAAAGACUCUGAUUUGAUCAGAGACGACGACCCAAAUGUCCAGAUGAAGUUCGAACGUAACAUCGUUAGCAUCGCCUUCUCCUGUGUCGAGAUCAAACAUGGUGGCAAGUACACUUGCAUCGCCGAGAAUGAGGCAGGGCAGCAGAAAUGUGAAGCAGUCUUAACAGUUCAAGAACCUGCCAGGAUCGUAGAGAAGGCAGCGUCCAUCAGUGUGAGCGCAGGAGACUCAGCCACACUCAGCUGCACCAUCUCUGGAAGCCCCGAGCUCAGAGUGAAGUGGUUUAAAGACGGGAAGGAGAUGAUCAGUGGCCGUAAAUAUAAAAUGACGAUAAAGGAGAACACGGCCAUCUUAAAGAUCCUCUCCGCAGAUAAAGGAGACACCUCAGAGUACAAGAUGGAGGUGUCCAAUAAAGUGGGAAAAGACCAGUGCAGCUGCUCGGUCACUGUUAUAGAUCGAGCCGUUCCACCGUCCUUCACCAAAAGUCUAAAGAAAGUGGACGGACGUGUUGGUAGUCAGGUUUCGUUGGAGUGCAGAGUUUCUGGAUCUCAGCCAAUGGUUGUGUCUUGGUUCAAAGACAAUAAAGAAAUCCACAGUGAUGAGAGAUAUCAGGUUGAUUUGAGUGAGAGCUUGGUGUCGGUGAAGAUCACCGACCUGCAUCAGAACGAUGGUGGUGUUUACACCUGCCGAGCCUCCAACUCUGCCGGGCAGGAAGAAACCAGCGGCACUCUGUACAUCAGAGAACCUCCGGCCUUCACGGUGAAACCUGAAUCUCAGAAUGCUUCACCUGGAUCGAACAUUGUCAUAAAAUCCGCAUUUACUGGAACAGCUCCUCUGGUGGUGAAGUGGUUCAGAGAGGAGAAAGAGAUUUUCACUGGAGGAAAAUGUUUCAUAAAGAAAGAUGCUUCCUCAAGCUCAUUGGAGCUUCACUCUGUGAAACCCAGUGAUUCUGCUAAAUACACAUGUCAAGUAUCCAACGACGCCGGAAAGGUGGACUGCACCGCGGGGCUGUUUGUGAAAGAAGCACCAACAUUUACAAUGAAGCCAGAGCCGUCACAGCUGCUCAGAUCCGGACAGCCUCUGAGGUUGUCCUGUAAAGUUCAGGGCAGUCCUGUGAUUGUCAUCACAUGGUUUAAAAACGGCUCAGAGAUGCUUCCAGAGCCCAGACACACCACGACCUUUGACAGCUCCAUAGCGACUCUGGAGGUCGAGAGCUGCUGUGUAGAGGACAGUGGACAGUAUGUGUGUGUGGCGUCCAGCGAUGCUGGUUCAGACCAGUGCAGCAGCUCAGUGACAGUCAAAGAACCUCCGGUGUUUAUGAGGCCGUUUGAAUCGGCUGAGCUCGUGAAGGGAUCUGAUAUCGUCCUGGAAGGAACCAUUUCAGGUUCUGCUCCAUUUGAAAUCAGUUGUUUCCUCAAUGAUGCGUUGAUCAGAAACGACAAAAGACACAAAGUCAGCAUCGAAAACGACACAGUCACUGUUGACAUCUCAAACUGUGUGAGCGGAGACGCUGGCACAUAUCGGUGCACGGUGACCAAUGACGUUGGGGAGACAUCGUGUUCUUGCCAGAUUUCACUGAAAGAACCUCCGUCAUUUGUUCAGAGACUGGACAACAUGUCCUGCACGGUGGGCUCUGACGUUACUCUGAGGUGCAUGUUGUCUGGAUCACUGCCCAUGUCUUUCUCCUGGAUCAAGGACGAUUAUGAGCUCACACAAGACGAGCAUGUUCACAUGUCCUUUGAAACAGAAAGUGCCAUGUUGAAUGUGAAAAAUGCUCAGUUGUCACAUGGUGGGAAAUAUGUGUGUGAGGCCCAGAACAAAGCCGGGACUCAGAGAUGUGCUGCUGUGCUCAUAGUCACAGAACCAGCGAGUAUUUCAGAACAGGCAAAGUCCGUCAGUGUAACGCAGGGUGACCCAGCCAGGCUCGAGUGCAGAUUCUCAGGCACCAAACCGCUCAAGUGCAGAUGGAGGAAGGCGGGAAAAGAGCUGACGUCAUGUCGGCGAUACCGAGUUCAGAGCACAGACUGCAGCUCUGUGCUCAACAUUGUAAAAGCACAAACCAAUGACGCUGGUGAAUACACCUGUGAGGUUUCUAAUGCUGCCGGGUUAAGUUCUUGUGAAGCAUCAGUAUACGUCUUAGAUCAGAUUAUAAAACCGUCUUUCACAAGAAGACUGAAGCAGGCAGAAGGAAUCAAAGGGUCGUUUGCUCAUCUGGAUUGUCUUGUGUCUGGCUCGCUGCCGAUGACCAUCCAGUGGUACAAAGACCAGAACGAGCUCCAGACUGAUGACAAACAGAAAUGUUCAUUUUUUGAAAAUGUCGCGUUUCUGGAGAUUGCUGAUAUUGACAGUAGCGACAGCGGCAGUUUUACCUGCAUGGCUACGAACUCAGCGGGAUCUGUCUGCUGCUCCGGCUCUUUGUUUGUUAAAGAACCUCCAUGUAUUCUUGAAAAGCCUGAGUCCAUGAACGUGUUGCCGGGCUCUAAGGUCCAGUUUAACGUUCUGCUCUCUGGCACGCCGCCACUAACCAUCAAAUGGUUCAAUAACAAGAAGGAGAUUCUGUCCAGUGCCGGCUGCUCCGUGACCAAAGACAACACCUGCAGCUCAUUGGAGCUUCUCUUUGCUAAAACCUCAGAUUCUGGAGAAUAUGUGUGUGAGAUCCAGAACGAUGUCGGCUCCACUUCCUGUCAGACGACACUCUUUGUCAAAGAGGCUCCUUGUUUUACUGACAGACCUGAAGGUGCGUUGAUAGUCAGAGUAGGAGACAGUGCGAUGUUUGACCGUGAGGUCGCAGGUUCUCCACAGAUCUCUGUGUACUGGUUCAGAGAUGGAGCCGAGAUUCAGCAGAGUGUCAAACACAAGAUGUCUUUCUCAGACUCUGUAGCCAUUUUAUGGAUUCAUGAAGCUAGUGAACAAGACAACGGGAAAUAUUUCUGCGAGGCUCGAAAUGAAGCCGGCACACAGAGCUGCUGUGCGGAGCUAGAAGUGAAAGAGCCUCCAUCAUUCGUUGAUGAGCUAACGUCUCUCGAAGUCAUUAAAGGUUCCACAGCAGCGUUCAGCUGCAAAGUGGCAGGAAGUUCUCCGUUAAAGUACACGUGGUUCAAAGAUAGAAAGCUGAUCAAAUCCAACCACAAGUGUUUCACUGUUGAAGACCAGGGCAGCUUGAACAUCCAGGACUGUAAUGUGGAAGAUGUUGGUUCUUAUCAGUGCACUGCAGCCAAUGAGGUUGGAAGUUGCACUGGUUCUGCAACCUUGUCUCUGAAAGUUCCCCCAACAUUUGUAAAGAAGAUGGAAAAUGUCUCCAGUGUUCUGGGAGACGCUGUGGUAUUUAGCUGCGUCGUGUAUGGUUCUCGGCCUCUUUCUGUAGAAUGGAAAAAAGACGAGAACUGGAUCUCAGAAGACUCAAAGAUCGAGAGAAAGUUUGAGAGCGAAGAGGCGACUCUCAGGAUUCCUGCCUGUGAGGCCGCUCAUCACGGAACAUACACAUGUCGGGUCGUAAACGAAGCCGGGCAGGACAUAUGCUUUGCCACUCUUUUAGUGAGAGAACCACCUUCAAUCCAACAGAAGCCAGAGGUAGUCAAAGUGACGUGUGGAGAUCCUGUUAGUCUUGAAUGCAGCGUAGCUGGAACUCCUCCGAUCAGUGUUAGGUGGAGCAAAGAGGGCAAAGAGUUCCAGAACAGCAGAAAACAUCGUCUCUGCUUCGAGAACAACCGGAGUCGUUUGAACAUUCAGGCGUCUCAGCUGGACGACAGCGGACAGUAUCUGCUUGAAGCUACAAACUCUGUUGGAACUUGCAGCUGUAAAAUCAUGAUGGUUGUUUUAGAAGAGGUAAUUCCUCCAACGUUUGUCAGGAAAUUAACAAACAUUCAAGCAGUUAUGGGUUCGGUGGUCACGAUGGAAAGCAAAGUGUCCGGUUCUCUUCCUCUGUCAGUCGAAUGGCGCAAAGGGAAACAAAGCAUCAGCAACAGCUGCAAAUAUAAACUUCUGAACGCCGACAACACAGUUUCACUGGAGUUAGCUCUGACAGAGAGCUCUGACACAGGAGAGUAUUCCUGUACAGUGACCAACCAAGCAGGCAGCUGUGUGUGCAGUGGAGUUCUCACAGCUAAAGUGCCACCAAGAUUUGUUGCUGAGCCUGAGUCUCAUGCAGUUGUUCCGAAGUCAACUGCGCUCUUCCGAAGUAUUUUUGAUGGAACGCCUCCACUUACAGUGAAAUGGUUCAAGGACGACAUCGAACUCAUCACUGGGCCAUCGUGCUCGAUUAGACUGGAGACCUAUUCCUCCUCUGUAGAGCUGAACUCCGUUGGAACUCUGCAUUGUGGGAUUUAUUCCUGUCAAGUUAGCAACGAGGCCGGCUCCGUGAAGAGUGCAGCAGAGUUGUUGGUGAAAGAACCUCCUCAGUUUGUCCUUAAACUGCCUCCUACUACCUUUGUGAAGCAGUGCCAGGGACACCGCUUCCAAUGCAAGGCCACCAGCUCACGCUCCCUGAACAUGAGUUGGUAUAAAAACGACCAAAAGAUAACCGACGGAGGCAACUAUAAAAUAAUGUUUGUUGACUCGGCUGCGUACCUCCAACUGAGCACCACGAGGUUGGAGGAUAACGGAGUCUACACCUGUGAGGCUCACAAUGAUGCUGGCAGUGCGAGCUGCAGCAGUGUCCUCUCAGUUCAAGAGUCUCCAUCCUUCAUCAAAACUCCAAACCCAGUGGAGGGCAUUGAAGGGAAAGAGGCCCGCCUACAUUGUGAGAUGUAUGGCACUCCACCUUUCCAGGUUAGCUGGUACAAAAACAAAAGGCCGCUAAAGGAGAGUAGGAAAUAUAAGAUGGUGAGUGAAGGAAGCUCGGCCACCCUUCACAUUCUGAAACUGGACCGAGAGGACGCUGAUCUUUAUGAGUGCAGGGUGUCCAACAGUGUAGGAAGUGAAUCCUGCAGUACGACCAUUACUCUUAAAGAACAACCGGCGUUCGUCACAAAGCUGGUCGACCAAUCAGUGAAGCUCGGCGAGAGGCUGACUCUCACAGCUACAGUAAAAGGCUCUGAGCCUCUGACUGCGUCCUGGGUUCAGGAUAAAGAUCACAUUCUCAGAGACGGUGACAACAGGAAGAUCAUGUUUGAGAACAAUGUGGUAACGCUUGUCGUUCCCAAGUGUGACUCCACCACGGCUGGUCAAUACACCUGCCAGCUGAAGAAUGACUCAGGAAUCGUGCAGUCUGCUUCCCAAGUGGCCGUUCUAGAACCUGCUGCUAUUGUGGAUAGUCCAGACUCCUUCAACGUGAAAUCAGGGGAAAACACAGCUCUUGAGGUCAGAGUAUCUGGCUCUGCAGAGCUGAAAAUUAAGUGGUUCAAGGAUGACAAAGACCUCUCUGCUGGUGCCAAGUAUCAGAUGUCCUUCACAAAGAAGGUUGCCACCCUAAAGAUUCGGUCUACUGACAAAGCAGAUGCUGGAGAAUACAAAUUAGAGGUCACCAACAACAUUGGUUCAGCCUCUUGCAAAACUAAACUUUCUGUCUCAGAUAAGUUGAUUCCUCCAAGUUUUAUAAGGAAGCUGAGAGACACCCACCUCGUUGUGGGUAAGCCUGGUGAGAUGGAGUGUAAAGUUACUGGUUCUUCCCCUUUAACAACUUCCUGGUUCCACAAUGGCCAGGAGAUCAAGAGUGGUCCGAACUAUGACAUCAGUUGCUUUGAUAACAACUGCAAACUGGUAGUUCCGAUUAUCAAGAUGUCAGAUUCCGGCAAAUACACCUGCAAAGCUGUAAACGCUGCAGGAACCAGUGAGACAAGCACUUCCAUGAGUGUGACAGAACCUCCAUCUUUUGUGGAAACACCCGAGGCGAAGGAAAUGUUGGCUGGCAAAAAUGUGUCUUUGUCAGCUAAAGUGCGAGGCAGUGCCCCGCUGAAAGUGAAAUGGUUCAGAGGAGCCAAGGAAGUUCAGCAUGGACGAGGCUGUGAGAUUUCCCUGAAGAACGACGUCGCCACUUUGGUUCUUCACAAAGUGGAAAAGUCCCAAGCUGGAGAAUACACCUGCCAGAUCAUAAACGAUGCUGGGACGGAAAGCUGCCCAGUUUACCUGUUUGUCAAAGAACCAGUACACUUUGUGAAGAAGCUGAGGGACAUUUCCUCUGCAAAGGGAAAGCCUCUGAGGCUUGAGGUCACAUUUGCUGGAACCCCCAGUAUCAAUCUGUCCUGGAAGAAGGACGGUAAACUCAUCUGGGCCUCGUAUCAGUACAAUGUGAACACCACAGACACCUCCUGCAUCCUAGAGGUUCUGAACUCGGACAGGCUGGAGGCAGCUGGCAGAUAUUCUUGCGAAAUAGACAACGGAGUUGGAAGUGACAAGUGCGAAGCCCAAGUGUCAAUUCUAGAACAACCGUACUUUGUUGAACCACUGGAGCCGGUGGAGGUCACUGUGGGUGAACCAGUGACCCUGAGAUGCCGUAUAGCUGGAACUCCUGACAUCUCCGUAGCUUGGUUUAAGGCCGACGGAAACCUGCGCAAGUCUGAAACUUGCUCAAUGGAUUUCUCAAAUGGUGUCGCGACUUUGAAAUUGAUGAAAACUACCAAGUUUGACGACAGUGAAUAUAUCUGCAAGGCCGAGAACCGAGUGGGAUCGGCCUCCGUCAGCUGUAAUGUGACAGUGAAAGAACCUGUGCGCUUUAUCAAAACGCUGGAGGACACAACUUUCAUAGUUGGUCAGCCACUGAAGCUCGUCUGCACCUACGCUGGCAGCCAGAGGGUCCACGUCACUUGGAAGAAGGACAAUAAGCUGAUUUGGGCGUCUUAUCAAUAUAAUGUUAAAACAACCGCGUCAACCUGCAUUCUGGAGGUGCUCAACAGCGACAGACCUGAGGCAGCAGGAACUUACACUUGUGAAAUUUCCAACGGAGCUGGAACCGACGUCUGCCACGCUCGUGUCAGCCUAGAGCCCGCUCACUUCAUGAAAAAGCUUGAAGACACGUAUUUCAGACUCUGCGAACCUUUGACCCUCAAGUGCACGUACACUGGUAGCCAACGAGUAUUUGUGACCUGGAAGAAGGAUGGGAAACUGAUCUGGGCUUCGUAUAAGUACAACGUUAAGACCACCAAGGACACCUGCAUCCUGGACGUCCUCAACAGUGACAGAGAAGAGGCUGUCGGAAGAUACACCUGUGAAAUCUCUAACGCUGAAGGAUCUGACGUCUGUCAUGCUAACGUAACUCAUUUCUUAGAACCUGUUCGCUUUGUGAGAAAACUGAGAAACACCUUCUAUAAAAUUGGCUACCCUCUGACGCUGGAGUGCACGUUCACCGGCAGCCAGAGGAUUUACGUCAGCUGGACCAAGGACGGAAAACCCAUCUGGGCUUCGUACAAAUACAACGUCAAGACGACCAACUUCUCCAGCACCCUGGAAGUUCUCAACAGCGAUUGUCGGCAAGCCGUUGGGAAAUACUCAUGCGAGAUUUCCAAUUCUGAAGGCACUGCUAUUUGCCAAGCUGUGGCAACUAACAACUAAUGUGCUUGCUUCCUAGAACCUGUGCGCGUUGUGAAAGCGUUGGAGGACACCAUCUACAGGGUUGGUCAGCCUCUGAAGCUUGAAGUCACGUACACAGGCAGCCAGCUCAUCUAUGUGAGCUGGAGUAAAGACGGCAAACCAAUCUGGGCUUCGUAUAAGUACAACGUCAAGACAACAGACACCAGCUGUGUGUUAGAGGUUCUCAACAGUGACAGAGAAGAGGCUGCUGGGAGAUAUUCCUGUGAAAUAUCCAAUGCUAGUAGCUCUGCUGUCUGUCACGCUCAUGUCAGACUAGGAACAGAAAGAAAGGUCGCUCCAAACUUCACCAAGAGGCCCUUGGAGUCCAUGGUGGAUUCAGUGGGUAAGACGGUGAAGAUGGAGGGUCGGGUGUCUGGCUCACAGCCACUCAACGUCACGUGGUUCAAGGACAACAAUGAAAUCUAUGCCUCUGACAAAUAUGACAUCAGUUUCAAGAAUAAUGCGGCUGUGCUGUGUGUGAAAGCCUCCAGCAGCUCGGACGGCGGCGCCUACAGCUGCGAGGCCACCAACGAGGCUGGAAAAGCCUCCUGCCGGGUUUCUCUCACCAUUUCAGAAACUAGCCAAGCUCCUAAAUUUGAUGUUCGCCUGGAGCCUGAGACGGUGAGCGAGGGCGAGAAGCUGAGCCUCAAAUGCCACGUGAGCGGCUCUCCUCCACUCACCAUCCAGUGGAUGAAGGACAGGAGGGAGCUGAAGUCCAGCGGAAACACCAGGAUCACGUUUGUUGGUGGGAAGGCCUGUCUGGAGAUCAGCCCGGUGUCAAAGGGUGACGCAGGAGAUUACCUGUGCAAGGCCAGCAAUGCUACGGGCAGCGACUUCUGCAAGUCCAGGGUCAAUGUGCAAGACAAAGGAUCCAAGGCCGCCCCUGCUGAGGCCGCCGCCCCCCCCGCCCCGGCUGCAGCGGCUCCGGUCAAAAGACUCGAGAACUUAUUUUUCAUCGAGGAACCUAAAAAUGUUUCUGUCUCAGAGAAGGGCACAGCAACCUUCAUAGCCAAGAUUGGAGGUGACCCGAUCCCAAGCGUGAAGUGGAUGAAGGGCAAAUGGAGGCAGAUCACUCCCGGUGGUCGUAUCUCCAUCCAGCAGAAGGGCCAGGAAGCCAAACUGGAGAUCCAGGAGGUGACCAAGUCUGACGCCGGGCACUACAGAUGUGUCGCCGCCAACAAGCAUGGAGAGAUCGAGUGCAGCUCUGAGAUGGAGGUUUCCAAAAAGGAGGAAGUGGAAGGACUUGGAGACAUAAGGACAAGACUGAAGAAGACUCCCUCGAAGCAGAAGAGCCCAAAGAAAGAACAAGAAGUAGAUAUCGUGGAGUUGCUGAGAAGUCACGACCCCAAAGACUACGAGAAGAUCCUGCAUGAACAUGGGAUCCACGACUUCCGGGCCAUCCUGCAGGCCAUGGAUUUCCUGAAGCGGGAGAGGGAGACGGAGACUGGAAAAAUGGUAAGAGACGAGGAUAUGGCCAGACUCAUCCAGCAGCUGGAGGGACGCGUCGGCACUGAGCCUGUCUCUGUCCUGGAGGACAUCAGUGACCAGACGGCGACUGAGACCCAGAGCGCCACCUUCGAGUGUCAGAUCAGGAUCAACUACCCAGAGAUCGCUCUGACCUGGUACAAGGGAACGCAGAAACUCGACAACAGUGACAAGUAUGACAUCAGCAGCGUGGGAGACCGCCAUUAUCUGAAGGUCGUCAACUGCCAGGCCAAAGAUCAGGGCAACUACCGUGUUGUGUGUGGUCCUCACAUCUCCAACGCCAAACUCACUGUGUCAGAACCAGACGUUAACUGUCAUCAUCUGGUUUGAGCCGAAAAAAUUUCGUUCAGUAAAUGCAUCAGAAGGUCAGGUCAACGCCGCCCUGCCUCCUUCGAGUGCGAGUUGUGCUUCGACUGCACCAACGUCACAUGGUACAAAGACUCAUGGCAGCUCAAAGAGAGCCCAAAUAUGACUUAUGAGUUUCAUAUCCACAGAGUCGACUCUAUGGUCGCUGGACCGGUGCCGAAGGGAGAAGCUCCAGGUUCCGCCGAGCUUCUCCUCGCAGACAAAGACAUUGUGUUAGGAAAGGUUCCUCAGGACGUCCCCGACGUGUCGCUUCCAGCAACAGAAACAGACUCUUAUGUUUUCAGAGAAGAGAGAAAGACCGUAGAGGAAGUUGUUGAGACGACUCAGUUCGAGAGCAGAGAAGAAAUCCCUGAAGUGACGGAGGUUCGAAGCAGAGCGGAGGAGAAACGCUCUGACGCUGCCGCUCCAGUCCAAGGUGUAAAUGCCUCAACCACAGAGCCACCUUUUAAACAGAAGGGUAAGGUUCCUGUUCAAGAGACAAAAACGCCUGAUUCACCAAAGCUGAGGAGUAAAUUCACCAGGAAACCCAAAGAGAAGGAACCAGAACCAGAGAUGGUGAAGCUGAAGAAGAUUCCAGUGAAAACUCCGGAGCCUGAGAAACAAGUUGAAACUCAUAAAGCUGAAGUGACACGGCGUCAAGACCCAGAAUUAAUGGCUCGUGGUCUUCAUGACAGAGAAGAUCGAGAGGUAAUAACUCUUGGAAGAACUGAUCGUCUCUUCACUGCAGAGGAAGAGACAGUUCAGUUGAGAUACUUUGAGGAAGCUGAACGAGUCGUAGUUGUUCAGAAAACAGAGAAAGAAGGUUGGACAAGAACUGUAAAACCACAGAAAGAGCAGGAACCUGACCGACCGAGUGUGGACAAGAAGAAAAUCACUAAACUGCCAAAGUCAGACGAGCCGAAAGAAUCAGUUAAACUCAAACCCUUUGAAAAAUCAGGGAAACCAGAAGAAGAACCGCAAAAGAUCCAACUCAAAAAGGUGCCAGCAAAGCCCAAAGAGCCAGAGAAGGAAGUCAUAACUCACAAAGUUGAAACGAUAAGACAUUAUGACACAGAACUAACAGUUCAGAAGCUUCGGGACAGAGAAGAUCGAGAGGUGAUAACACUCAGCAGAAGAGAAAGAGUGUUCACUGCAGCUGAAGAGACGUCUGAACUGGGAUCUGUGCAGGAACCUGAACAACCAGAAGCAGAAGAUGAGAAAUCAAGAUGGAUCAGAACUCCUAAAGCACCGAAAGACGAAGAGCCUGAACCAGAUUUAUCUAAGAAGAAAAUAAGGAAACUGCCAAAGACAGAGGAGGAACAAGAGGUGGUGACACUGAAACCAUUUGAAAAACCUCAGAAACCUGAAGAAGCUGAGCCUCUAAAAGCUCAGAAAGAAGCUCAAGCACAGACAGAUACCAAACGAACUCCGGUCCAGAGAGCUGAGACGCCACAGAGAGAUCAACCCAGUGCUGCAGACAAAGACAGAACACAUGAAGACGUUCCUGUCAAGAGUCCAGAGGUCGUUCACCUUGUUGACAAAGAUCAGACAGAAAUCCAGCAGAAGAAUAAGGUGGACCAGGUCCCAGAGCCUGAGGAACCUUCUGCUGCCAACAAGCUUCGUGGAAAACCUCCAUUUACACCAGAUAAAGAGAAAGAGAAGGUUCUGUUGAAACCCUAUUCUAAAGACUUCAAGACGGAAGACAAAACUGAAACAACACCUGAAGACGAGAAAAAUAAAUCUGUGGACAUAAAAAUACCAAAGAGAAAAAGUCCAAAAGAUGAAACUCCGCUCAGAAAAGUUGAAAAGACAAUGACACCCAAAAAGAAGGAUGAGAAACCUGGAGAUAAGGAAGAAGCAGUUGUUCCACUCAAGACACUGAUUCCACCAGGAGAGAAAGAAGUGAUCCUGCAGAAAGAGGCAGAGAGAGAACUCCCACAAAAACAAGCAGACAUCUUUAACAAAGGUGUCAAACUCCAAAAAACUCCAUCACUGAGAGUCAGGAAAGACAAGGUAGAAGAAGAAAAGUCCCUCAAGCCCACUGAGCAGCUCAAAAAGAUGGAGCUUAAAACGACACCUUCACCAAGAGACUUGACUGAAGCCCUGACGCUGAAGAAGGUUCUAAAGAAGCCGUCAGCAGAGGAGAAACCUGAGAGCGUGAGGAUUCCUCUUGUGAAGGAGGUGUCUCCUGGAGCUGUGCACAUGAAGAAGGUUCCCACGCAGCCGGAGGAGGAGGUGUUCGAAGAGGAGGAGGCUGGUGAUGAAGAGGAGGAGGCCUGGGGAUGGGAGCUGGUUCCUCCAGACGACUGGGAUGGUGAAGGGGUUGAUGGGGUGCUGGAGACUCCAGGAAUGCCUGGCGGUAAACGAGAUGGAAAACCAUCGGAGGAGCCGGUGAAAGGCAGAGGCCGAGGACUCGGUGCGAGACAGACGCCAUCACCAGGUGACGGCGGGCGGGGCCGCGGCCUGAGGCCCGGUGGUAAAGGUCCGUCCCCUCCAGAGGAUCCCUUCGGAGGGUUCAAGCUGAAAGCCGUCCCUCUGAAGUUCAUCAAGAAGCUGAAGGACAUCGUGCUGCAGGAAGCCGAGUCCAUCGGCUCCGCCGCGGUGUUUGAGUGCGAGGUCUCACCUUCCACUGCCAUCACCUCCUGGAUGAAAGAUGGCAGCAACCUGCGCGAGAGCCCCAAGCACAAGUUCACCUCUGACGGCAAAGAUCGCAAGCUGAACAUUAUUGAUGUUCAACUGUCCGACACCGGUGAAUACAGCUGUGUGGCCAAGAACGCUGGAAAGGAAAUAACGUGCACAGCCAAGCUCAUCGUAGAAGAGCUACCUGUGAAAUGGUUGAAAGACCUGGAGCCAGAGACCACGUGUAUGAAGAGCCAGCCCAUGUAUCUGACGUGUGAGCUGAACAAAGAGAGGGAGGUCAUCUGGAAACGUAACGGAGCUCUCCUCAAGCAACAGGCCGGAAAGGUGGCCAUCAACAUCAUCGGCAUGCAGCACGCCGUGACCAUCCAGAACGCCACCGAGGACGACGCCGGCGCCUACACGUGUGAGGUGGACGGACAGGAGGACGUCAAGACCACGACCAACGUGAAAGUGAUCGAAAUAAUCAAAGACUGGCUGGUGAAGCCUCUGAGGGACCAGCACGUCAAACCCAAGGCCAAGGCCACGUUCAAGUGUGAGCUGUUCAAGGACACGCCCAACUGGAAGUGGUUCAAGGGCGACGAGGAGCUCGCGCCUUCAGACAAGGUCGAGGUCAAAAAAGACGGGAAGGACAUGACCCUGACUGUCAACAGCUGUCAGCCCGACGACGUGGCGGACUACACCAUCCAGGUGGAGGAUCGCAGAUACACAGCCAAGCUCACACUGGGAGAGCGUGAGGCGGAGGUCCUGAAGCCGCUCGCCAGCGUGGAGGUGGUGGAGAAGGAGGAGGCGAACUUUGACACUGAGAUAUCUGAGGAGGACGUGGUGGGAGAAUGGAAGCUGAGAGGACAAGUGCUGAUCAGAUCCCCGACGUGCGACAUUAAAAGUGACGGCAGGAAACGAUUCCUGACGCUGAAGAACGUCCAGCUGGACCAGGCGGGCGAGGUGUCCUACCAGGCUCUGAACGCUGCCACCAGCGCCAUGCUAACUGUCAAAGAGAUCGAAAUGGGCUUUAUCGAUCAGCUGAAGGACGUUUCAGUGCCUGAGAAGAAACAGGCUAAGUUUGAAUGCACAAUCACCAAGGAUGUGCCAAAGGUCAUGUGGUUCAGGGGGGCGGAGAUAGUCACCCCGAGCCCCAAAUAUGAAAUAAUAGACGAUGGGAAGAAACACAUGCUGAUCAUAAACAGCUGUGAGUUUGACGACGAGGCCCAGUACACCAUCGAAGUGCUGGGACAAAAGUCCAGCGCUCAGCUGGCGGUGGAAGGCAUGAGGCUGAAGUUUGUGCAGCAGCUUCAGGACCAAACAGUGAAAGAAGGUCAAACCGUGACCUUUGAGCUGGCGCUGAGCCACGAGAACGUGCCGGUGGUUUGGUACCGAAACGAAGUCAAACUUCACGUGAGCCGUUCGGUUCUCACACAUGUGGAAGGAAAGAGACACAGUCUAGAAAUGAGGACGUUGACUCUAGAUGAUACCUGCCAGAUAAAGGCAGAAGCCAAAGGACUUUACACUGUCGCUAAACUGACGGUGAUAGAGGGCGACGCAGUCUUCGUGGUGAAGCUGCAGGAUUACACGGCCACGGAGAAAGACGAGGUGUCUCUGGACUGUGAACUGAGCAAAGACGUCCCGGUCAUGUGGUUUCACGAGGAGAAGGAGAUCAUCACCUCCAAGAUGGUGGUGAUGAGGUCAGAGGGAACUCGCAGGUCUCUGGUCCUGAAGAAGGUGGAGUCGAGCGGCAGAGGGAAAUACGUAUGUGACUGUGGAACCGACAAAACCUCGGCCAACAUCAGCAUCGAAGCUCGUGACAUCAAGGUGGUGCGGCCGGUCUACGGCGUGGAGCUGUUCGACGGAGAGACGGCUCGUUUCGAGGUGGAGAUCUCAGAGGACGACGUGCACGGCCAGUGGAAACUGAACGGAGAAGUCCUCAGUCCUUCCUCUGACAUCGACAUCAUCGAGGAGGGAGGCAAACACACUCUGAUCCUGUACAACUGCAGAGUCUCCAUGACCGGAGAGGUGGCCUACGCUGCCGCCAACGCCAAGUGUUCAGCUAACCUGAAGGUCAAAGAACUCCCUCUGAACUUCCUGGCGUCGCUGAACGACGUCCAGGUGUAUGAGAAGGACGAGGCCAGGUUCGAGAUCGAGGUGUCUCGGGUGGCGAAGAGCUUCCGCUGGCUGAAAGGCUCGCAGGAGCUGCAGAGCGACGACAAGUACCAGAUUACUCAGGAGGGAAACAUGUACGUGCUGGUAAUCCAAUCGGCCGCCUACGACGACGAGGCCAAGUACAUGUUCGAGGCCGAGGACAAGAGGACGACAGCCAAGCUGGUCAUUCAGGGAAUUCGUCUGGAGUUUGUCAAACCGAUCAAGGACGUGACAGUGAAGGAGCGAGAAACGGCUGAAUUCAGUUUCGAGCUCUCUCAUGAAAAAAUCUCUGUAGUUUGGUACAAAAACGACGUCCGUCUUCUUCCCAGCAAAGUGGUGCACAUGUCCGAUCAGGGAAAGAUCCACACGCUGGCCUUCAAGGAGGUCACCAUCGACGACACGUCCAUGAUCAAAGUGGAGGUCAUGGACAAGACCAUGACCGCCAUGCUCACUGUCAUCGAGGGCGACCUCUACUUCACCACCAAGCUGCAGAACUACACGGCCGUGGAGAAGGAUGAGGUGAAGCUGGUCUGUGAACUGAGCAAAGCAGUCGCAGACGUCAAAUGGUUCAAGGACGGACAGGAGAUGACUCCGUCCAAAAACAUUGCAAUCAGCAGCGACGGAAAGAGACGCAUCCUGAUGGUCAGGAAGGCGGAGAAAGCAAACACGGGAUCGUACACCUGCGACUGCGGCUCCGAUAAAACAACAGCCAUCCUCAACAUUGAAGAGCGCGACAUCAAGGUGGUACGUCCGCUGUACAGCGUGGAGGUCACAGAGACAGAAACAGCCAAGUUUGAGACAGAGAUUUCAGAGGAGGACGUCCACGGGAAGUGGAAACUGAAAGGAGAACCUCUGCACCAGUCGCCUGACGUUGAAAUGAAAGAGGAGGGAACCAAACACAUGUUGAUCCUGUACAAUGUGCGUAUGGACAUGGCAGGGGGCGUCGACUUCUGUGCAGCCAACGCCAAAUCCAACGCUCAGCUCCGAGUCAAGGCUCGCUCCAUCGGUCUCACGCGUCCUCUGCAGGACGUGACGGUGACGGCCGGAGAGACGGCGACCUUCGAGUGCGAGCUGUCUUACGAAGGCAUCGAGCUGCAGUGGUUCCUGGGAGGAAAGAAGAUGGAGGCCAGCGACCGGGUGAAGACCCGGGUGGCCGGUCGAGUUCACGCUCUGACCCUCAGAGACGUGACGCUGUCGGAGGCGGGCGAAGUCAAACUCACCGCCAAAGACUUCCAGACUCAGGCUCAGCUCAUCGUCAGGGAGCCGGCAGUGGAGUUUACGAAGCCUCUGGUGGACCAGACGGUGGAGGAGGAGGCGACCACCACGCUGGAGUGUGAAGUUUCCAGAGAGAACGCAGAAGUUCAAUGGUUCAGAGAAGGACAAGAGAUCCGGAAGACCAAGAAGUUCGACCUGAUCGCUGACGGCCGCAAAAGGGCGCUGGUGAUCCGCAGCUGCACUCCGGACGAUGCCAAGAUGUACACAUGUGACACCAAGGAGUUCAAGACUUCCUGUUUCCUGGAGGUCACACCUCCGCAUGUGGAGUUCACGAAGCCUCUGCAGGACGUGGAGGUCAAAGAGAAGGAAUCUGCUAAGUUUGAAUGUGAAGUGUCCCGCGAGUCCGCCAAGGUUCGAUGGUUCAAGGACGGCAGCGAGAUCAGGAAAGGAAAGAAGUACGAGAUGAUUUCUAAGGGAGUCCAGAGGAUCCUCAUCGUCCACAAGUCGGUGUUCGACGAUGAGGCCGAGUACGAGUGCGACGCCAGAACCUCCAAGACGUCCGGCCUGCUCACCGUCACCGAGGAGGCCGCCAGAUUCACCAAGAACCUGUCCAACGUGGAGGGAACAGAGACGGACAGCGUGAAGAUGAUCUGUGAGGUGUCAAAGGCUGGUGCCGAGGUCACAUGGUACCUAGGAGACAAGGAGCUGCCAGAGGGAGGACGCUACGAGCAGAUCAUGGACGGACGCAAGAGGAUCCUGAUCAUCCAGGAUCUGAGGAUGGAAGACGCCGGCGAGUACAACUGCAGACUGAGUCCGACCGUCAAGACGUCCGCCGCGCUCAAACUGAACGAACUGGCAGCUGAGUUCAUCGCUCGGCCUCAGAACCAGGAAGUGGUGGAGGGUGAGAAAGUGGAGUUCGCCUGCUCCGUUUCGAAGGAAACUCACGAGGUGAAAUGGUUUAGAGGCGAUAAAGAGCUGGAGUCCGGGGACAAGUACAGAAUUAUCAGCGAAGGAAAGAGAAGGGCUCUUAUUGUGAAAGACUGCAAACUGAAGGAUGAGGGCGGCUACGUCGCUCUGAUUGGCAGCGUCAGAGCGUCAGCUGAUCUGUGUGUGAUCGAAAAACUGAGGAUCAUCACGCCGAUCAAAGACACGGAGGUGAAGGAGGGAAGCGAGAUCGUGUUCAACUGUGAGACCAACACAGAGGGAGCAAAGGCCAAGUGGCUGAAGAACGAGGAGACCAUAUUCGAGAGCAGCAAGUACAUGAUGGCUCAGAGGGACAACGUCUUGUCUCUGAGGAUCCGAGAUGCUCAGAAGAGCGAUGAGGCCAUUUACACCAUCAGCCUGGCCAAUCACAGAGGAGAACAGGCCAAGUGCACCGCCAGUGCCAAGGUCGCAGAGGAGAAGCUGAAGUUCCUGGAGCCAAUCGAGGACAUCGAGACCCAGGAGAAGAAGACCAUCAGCUUCAACUGUAAGGUGAACCGGCCUGAGGUGACCGUGAGGUGGAUGAAGGCCGGCGCGGAGCUGACGCUCAGCAAACGCAUCGUCUACAGAGCUGACGGCCUGAAACACACAGUGACCAUCAAGGACUGCGUCAUGGAAGAUGAGGGCGAGUACACGGCUGUGAUCGGAGACGUUAAGUGUGCGGCCGAGCUGAUCAUCAGCGAGGCUCCGACCGACUUCACCACGCAGCUCAAAGACCAGACCAUCACCGAGUUCGAGGACGCAGAGUUCAUCUGCAAGCUGAGUAAAGAGAAGGCUGCGGUCAAGUGGUACAGGAAUGGACGCGAGAUCCGAGAAGGACCCAGAUAUCACAUGGAGAAAGAAGGAAACGUGUGCAGACUGAUCAUCAAGGUGUGCAGACCCGAUGAUGAAUGUGAAUAUGCUUGUGGAUUAGACGAGAGAAGAAGCAGAGCCAGACUCUUUGUUGAAGAGACGCCGGUGGAGAUCGUCCGACCGCCACAGGACGUGUUCGAACCCCCCGGCUCGGACAUCGUGUUCGAGGUGGAGCUGAACAAGGACCGAGUGGAAGUGAAGUGGUUGAGGAACAACAUGAUCAUCGUCCAGGGAGACAAGUACCAGAUGAUCAGCGAGGGUAAAGUCCACAGACUGCAGGUGUGUGAGAUCCGACCUCGAGACCAGGGCGAGUACAGAAUCGUCGCCAAAGACAAAGACGCCAAGGCCAAGCUGGAGCUGGCAGCUCUUCCCAAGAUCAAAACCACCGACCAGAAUCUGGUGACGGAUGCCGGUAAACCCUUCGUCAUGAGUGUGCCCUACGAUGCUUACCCACGUGCCGAUGCUGAGUGGUUCUUCGAGGGCUCGAGUCUGCCCGUCCAGAACAUCGACACGUCCGCUGACAAGACCGAGUUCCGUCUGAAGAGCCCCAUCAAGGGGGACCAGGGCCGCUACAGAGUGCUCAUCAAAAACAAGCACGGCGAGGGCGAAGCGAUCAUCAACCUGGACGUGAUUGAUGUCCCCGGACCUGUGAACAACUUGAGAGUGGUCGACACUGCUAAUGGAGAGGUCAGUUUGGCGUGGGAGGAGCCUAAGAGCGAUGGUGGAAGCAAGAUCGUUGCUUACGUCGUGGAAAGACGAGACGUGAAGCGUAAGACCUGGACACUGGCAACAGAUCGUGCUGAUGCUCUGGAGUACUGCGUCAGUGGCCUCCAGAAGGAAGCACUGUACCUGUUCAGAGUCUGUGCAAGAAACAGAGUCGGGAGUGGACCCGCUGUCGCCACCGAGGACGCCGUUCAGGCCAAGAACAAGUUCGACGUUCCUGACGCUCCAGAGAAUGUCACGGUCGCCAGCGUGAACAAGUUCGGUGCCACCGUCACCUGGGAGCCUCCCAAGUUUGAUGGCGGCUCUGAGAUCACGGCCUAUGUGAUCGAGCUGCGCGACAGGACCUCUGUGAAGUGGGAGGCGGCCCUGGUCUGCAGCGCCGCCGACCAUUCAGCUGCACUAAACGACGUCGUGGAGAACAAAGAGUACAUCUUCAGAGUCCGUGCAGAGAACAAGGCCGGCAUCGGCCGACCCAGCGCUGCCACAAAGCCCGUGAAGAUCAUGGAUCCCAUCGAGAGGCCGAGCCCGCCACAGAACCUGAACUACAGCGACCAAAUCAGUUCAGCCCUCAGUCUGACCUGGGAGACGCCCGCCAGCAGCGGCGGCAGCAUCAUCACCGGCUACAUCAUCGAGAAAUGUGACGAAGGCAGUGAUAAGUGGCUGCGCUGCAACGCCAGACUGUGUCCGGAUCUUUCCUACCGGGUGUCUGGUUUGAAACCGGGUCAGAAGUAUUUCUACAGAGUCUGUGCCGAGAAUGCUGCCGGCCUCUCCGAUCCAGCCCAGCAGGUCGGGCCGCUGCUCGCUGACAACCCUCAUGUCGGCCCGGCCUUUGACCUCAGCGCCUUCAGGAACGGCCUGGAGGUCAUCGUCCCUCAGCCUCUCACCAUCAGAGUCCCCAUCAGCGGGUACCCGACCCCCGUGGCCAAGUGGACGUUCGGAGAGAAAGAGCUGACCACGGCGGACGAGCGCGUCUCCAUGGUAACCAAGCCCACGUUCACGGAGCUGACGGUGACGCCGAGCGUCCGACCGGACAAAGGCAGCUACGCUCUGCAGCUGGAGAACGACGUGGCGUCUGUGUCCGGAGACAUCGAGGUCAACGUCAUCGCAUGCCCCAGUGCUCCUAAGGACUUCAAGGUGGCUGAGGUGACACGUCACCACGUCCACCUGAUGUGGGAGGCGCCGGAGCAUGACGGAGGAAGUCCUGUGACCCACUAUCAGAUCGAGAAGAGAGAAGUGUCCCGCAAGACCUGGGCCAAGGUGGCGACUGGCAUCCUGGACCUGGAGCACACGGUGACAGACGUGAUUGAAGGGAAGGAGUAUCUGUUCAGUGUCAUCGCCUGUAACAAGUGCGGCGCCGGUGAACCGGCGUACAUCGACGAGCCCGUUAACGCCUCCUCUCCUGCCACUGUUCCUGAUCCUCCUGAGAACCUGAAGUGGCGUGACAAGACCGGCAAGAGCAUCUUCCUGUUUUGGGAGCCGCCGAAGUACGAUGGCGGCUCCCACAUCAAGGGUUAUGUUGUUGACAAGUGUCAGCGUGGAACCGAUAAGUGGGAACCCUGCGGUGACCCCAUCCCUGAACUCAAGUUCCAGGUCAGCGGUCUGAUUGAGGGUCAUUGGUACGCCUACAGAGUGCGAGCGUUCAACAAACUUGGCGCCAGUCGUCCCUGCAGAGCGACCGAUGAGAUCCAGGCUGUGGACGCUCGAGAACCCCCAGAGAUCCAGCUGGACGUGAAGUUGCUCGCUGGUUUGACCACGAGAGCCGGGGCCAAGAUCGAGCUUCCCGCUGAUGUCAAAGGAAAACCCGAUCCCCGCGUGAAGUGGACCAAGGCAGACCACGUCCUGAGAGCCGACAACCGCAUCGCCAUCGACACGCAGCCAGGACACUCCAAACUGUCCAUCGCCGACACGACAAGAGGAGACACCGCCACCUACAUCAUCGAGGCUGUCAACACGUGUGGACGUGCCACCGCCACCAUUGACGUCAACAUCCUUGAUAAACCUGGACCUCCUGCGGCCUUCGAUAUCUCUGAGGUCACCAACGAGUCGUGCCUCAUGGCCUGGAACCCCCCCAGAGAUGACGGUGGCUCGGCCAUCACCAACUACAUCGUGGAGAGUCGUCAGACAGACAAAGAGGAAUGGGUGAAGCUGUCGGCCACCAUCAAACACACCACGUUCAAAGCCUGCAAGCUCACAGCCAUGAAGGAGUACAUCUUCAGGGUCAGCGCUGAGAACCAGUAUGGAAUCGGUGCUCCUGCAGAGCAUGUGCCAAUCAUUGCAAAGUAUUCCUUCGAUCCUCCUGGAUCCCCAACCAGAGUCACACCCUCUGACAUCGCUAAGGACGCCGUGACUCUGACCUGGUUUGAGCCUGAUGAGGAUGGCGGCAGUCCCAUCACCGGAUACUGGAUCGAGAAGUUCGAUCCUGAGAGCGACAAGUGGAUCAGAUGCAACAAGCUGCCCAUCAAAGACUCGACCUUCAGGGUGAAGGGACUCCCCACCAAGAAGAAGUACCGCUUCCGUGUUCUGGCUGAGAAUCUGGCUGGACCUGGGAAUCCCAGUGCGGAGACAGACCCUGUCCUCAUCAAAGAUCCCAUCGAUCCACCAUGGGCUCCUGGUAAACCUGUCAUUAGGGACAUCGCCAAGACCUCGGCCCUGCUGGCCUGGACCCGGCCGGAGCAUGAUGGUGGAGCCAAGAUUGAAGGCUAUAUCAUCGAGUUCCAGAAGACUGGAAGUGAGGAGUGGAUCCGGAUCGCAGAGGACAUUCCUCAGACCGAGCACCAGCUGCAGGGUCUGAUGGAGAAGCAGGAGUACUCCUUCAGAGUAAAGGCUGUCAACAAAGCCGGCGAGAGCGAACCAAGCGAGCCCAGCGACCCGGUGGUCUGCAAGGAGAGACUCUAUCCUCCCUCAUCUCCUCAGUGGCUGGAGGUGACUAACGUCACCAAGAUCAACGCCGCCCUGAAGUGGCAGGCUCCCAGCAGUGAUGGAGGCUCACCCAUCACCAACUAUGUGGUAGAGAAGAGGGACGUGAGGCGGAAGGCUUGGCAGGCGGUGGACACCACAGUCAAGGAGCUGAAGUACACCGUGAGCCCUCUCAACGAAGGAUCACUGUACGUGUUCCGCGUCGCGGCUGAGAACGCCAUCGGGACCAGUGAAUUCUGUGAGCUGGAGGACGCCGUGCUCGCCAAAGACACGUUCACCACUCCUGGACCUCCUUACGCUCUGACGGUGGUUGAGGUCACCAAGAGACACGUGGAGCUGAAAUGGGAAGCUCCCAAGAGCAACGGUGGACGACCUAUAACCAAGUACGUGAUUGAGAAGAAAGAGAAGUUGGGAUCUCGUUGGUUGAAAUCCUGCAAGACUCCAGACAAACAGACUCAGUUCAAGAUGACGGAUGUAGACGAAGGGUCGGAGGUUCAGUUCCAGGUCAGAGCAGAGAACGAGGCCGGAGUCGGAGAUCCGAGCGAACCCACCGAAGUUCUCACCAUCGAAGAUGCAACCAGUGUCCCGUCUCCUCCUCUGGAAGUCGCUGUCCCUGACGCCAGCAGGGAGCACAUCAACGUCACCUGGAAGCCUCCUACCAAAAAUGGCGGCUGCCCGAUUACUGGCUACCACGUGGAGGUGGCGGAGGCUCGUCCGGAGCUGAAGUGGCUCCGAGUCAACAACAGACCAAUCAAAGAGCUCAAGUUCAGGAUUGACGAUGGAAUCAAACCCGAGAAGAAGUACGUCAUCAGAGUUCGUGCCAUCAACUCUAUUGGUACUAGUGAUCCAUCUGAGAUCUCCGACAAGGUCUCUACCAAAGAUCCAGACUGUGCUCCAACCAUGGAUUUAGCGGCUCAGGACGUGGUUGUGGUUGAGGCUGAGAAGCUGCACCUGAACAUCCCCUACAGGGCGAUCCCAACCCCCAAGAUGACGUGGCAGAAGGACACGGUGGAGUGUAAGGCCGACGACCGUCUCUCCAUGACAGUCGAGAUGAACAGCGCUCACCUGGAGCUGCUCAAGUGCACGCGUGCUGAUGCUGCUGCUUAUUCCAUCACGCUAGAGAACAGCCUUGGAACUGCAACCGGAACCGCCAAUGUCAAAGUCAUCGGACUCCCCGGUAAGUGUAAAGACAUCACGUCCAGCGACGCCACUAAGAACUCCUGCAAGAUCAGCUGGGAAGCCCCGGAGGACGAUGGCGGCACGCCCGUCAUCAGCUACAGCCUGGAGCGCCGUGAGGCCUCCAAGAAGACCUACAUGCCUGUGACGUCAGGAGAGAACGUCCUGACGUGCUCAGUCAAAGACCUGUUCAUCAACUGUGAGUACUACUUCAGAGUGAAGGCGGUCAACAAGGUCGGAGCUGGAGAAUAUCUGGAGCUACGCAACCCAGUCAUCACCGAGGAAAUCAAACAGAAACCAGAUCCGCCAAUCCAGGUGGAGGCUCAUGACCCAACGUCCAAGUCCAUCACCGUCACGUGGAAGGCGCCGGACUCUGACGGCGGCUGUCCCAUCCAGGGCUACAUCGUGGAGAAGAUGGAGAAGGAUGGCGAGCGCUUCGAGCGAGUCAGCCCGAGCCUGGUCCCCGGUCUGAAGUUUGUGGUGAAAGACCUGACGGAGGAUAUGGAGUAUCAGUUCAGAGUCCGAGCCGAGAACGCCGCUGGAGUCAGCGAGCCGUCACGCAGCUCGCAGCUCGCCAAGGCCGCAGAUCCCAUCGAAAAACCAAAGGUCACCCUCCACCCCCGUGUACAGUCAGGUUUGUGCAUCAAGAGGAACGAGGAGAUCCGUAUCGACGCCUUCAUCUCCGGUUCCCCGUAUCCUAAAGUCACCUGGUUGAGGAACGACGAGGACGUCACCAAAGAGCCAACCAAAAAGAUCGUUCCUGUGGUGAAGAAGAAGAAGACCAAGGGCAAGGUCCCAGAACCAGAGCAGGUGUUUGUGUCUCCGAUGCGGGAGCGUCUGGGUCUGGAUCAGACCCAGAAGGGUCAGACCGCCCUGAUGAUCCGCGAGGCCACCAGAGUCGACCACGGAACCUUCACCAUCAAGGUGGAGAACACUCAUGGCGUCGCCACGGCAACCUGCAUUGUCAACGUCCUCGACAAACCCGGCGCUCCGAUAAACUUCACCUUCGAUGACAUCCGAAACACGUCAGUCAUCUGUAACUGGGAGGAGCCUGAAGAUGACGGUGGUAGCGAGAUCCUGAACUACAUCCUGGAGAAGAAGGACAACAGGAACGAUCAGAGCGACUGGAUCACCGUCACCUCCACUCUGAAGGGAACCAGCUUUCCCAUCACCAAACUCAUCGAAGGGAAGGAGUACAUCUUCAGAGUCACUGCUGAGAACAAGUUCGGCUGCGGGCCGCCGUGCACCUCCGAGCCGCUGGUCGCCAAGAACCAGUUCGACGCUCCCGAUGCUCCCAACACGCCACGAGUCCACGAGGUCAGGGCAAGCUCCGCCCACAUAUCCUGGCACGAGCCGAAGGACAAUGGGAGCCCAAUCCUGGGCUACUGGAUCGAGAGGAAGGAGGUGAACAGCAAACACUGGACCAGAGUGAACCGCGCCCUCCUCAACUCCCUGGAGGUGAAGAUCAGCGGCCUGAUGGAGGGACUCACCUACAUCUUCAGAGUGUGUGCCGAGAACCUGGCCGGCCCCGGGCCCUUCAGUGAGCCCACAGAACGAACCCUCACCAUGGACGCCAUCCUGCCUCCUGGUCCCCCCACGCCAUGGAUCGUAGACACUGGGAAGAAUUCCGUCAUGGUGGCGUGGAAGCCGCCGCUGUACAACGGCGGAGGAGACAUCCUAGGGUACCACUUGGAAAAGGUUUUGGCGGGAGAGAAGGAUUGGAGUCGCAGCACAGAGUUCAGGUGUAAGGAGCUGAAGUACACAGUGACCGGCCUGACCGAGGGAGCGGAUUAUUACAUCCGAGUCAUCGCCAUCAACGACGCUGGUCCCGGAGCUCCCGGCGUUACCGAACCUGUCACCGUCAUUGAGCCUCAAGUUCCUCCCGUUGUCGACUUUGAUGACUCUGUGAAGAACGGCGUCUUCAUCAAGGCGGGCGAGUCUCUGAGGCUGCCGGCUGUGGUGACUGGUCGACCCCAGCCAGACGUCAAGUGGGCCAAGGACGAGGGCGAAAUUGACAAAGGAAGGAUGAUUGUGGAGACAGAGGGAAAGAACAGCACUUUGUUCAUCAAGAAGACCGUCAGGGCUGAUCACGGAAAGUACCAGGUCUCUGGAACCAACAGCAGUGGAUCCAAGACGGCUGAGACCAGAGUAGAGGUCAUGGAUGUUCCUGGACCUGUGGUCGACCUGAAGGCGGUGACUGUAACCAAAAAGAACAUCACCCUCACCUGGUCCGACCCCUUGGACAACGGUGGCAGCGACAUUGUCGGCUAUGAGGUGCUGAGGAAAGAUGCCAAGAUGAAACUCUACCGCCAACCCAUUGAGAUAGCUUCCUGUAAGUGUGAUGUCCAGGGCCUGCUGGCCGGUGAGGAAUACGACUUCAGGGUCAUCGCCAGGAACAAGUAUGGUGAUGGAGCUCCUGCUGACCUGGGACCAAUCCUGGCUGAGGAUGCUAAAGGAACUCCGUCUGCCCCAGAGAAGCUGCACUACACCGACAGAAGCAAUAGCACCAUUACUCUGGCCUGGGAGCCACCUCGCACUGACGGCGGCAGCCCCAUCGCAGGCUACUAUGUGGAGAAGAUGAGGUCCGAUGGAACAGAGUUUGAAGUGGCCAACCGCAAGAUCUUCACAGAGUGCUGCGGAACCCUGGAGAACCUGUCAGAGAACCAGGAUUACCAGUUCCGCGUCAAAGCCGUGAACGAGGUUGGGGACGGAGAUCCUUCCAAACCAAUCGCAGUGAAGAUCCAGGAUGAUGAAAUUGCUCCUGUGAUUACGAUCCUGAAGUUCUUCAAGAGGAACUCAAUCAUCGUGAAGAAAGGUUCCGCCAUCGACAUCCCAGCUGAGGUGAAGGGACUUCCUCUUCCAACCUUCCACUGGAUGAAGGAGGACGUGGUGAUUGAGAAGCCGGAAGGCGAGAAGAUGACAAUAGAAACUGAGGAGGUCAACAGAACAACUCUUACAACAAAGAUAGCCAUCCCAGAAACCCUCAGGCAGGACAAGGGCAACUACAAGCUGGUGGCUGAGAACUGCUUCGGCAAAGCUCAGCAAGUCAUCAGAGUCGAGAUCCUUGACCGACCUCUUCCUCCAAAGAACCUCGUGGUCUCGGACAUCAAGGCGGACUCGUGCUACCUGACCUGGGACGCCCCCGAAGACAACGGUGGCAGCGAGAUCACAAACUACAUCUUGGAGAGCAGAGACGCCAGCAAGAAGAAGUCUGACUACGAUGUUCUCACCAUCCACCUGAUUGACAGGAGAUACGGGGUUCACAAGCUGGACCUGAACGGGGCCUACCAGUUCAUGAUCAAGGCAGAGAACAAGUACGGCGUCAGUGACGGCUGCGAAUCAGAGAAAGUGCAGCUGAGGGAUCCCUUCGGCCUGCCGGGCCCGCCACGUAACCCCAAGAUCAUCGCUGCCACAGCGACCACCAUGACUGUGGCAUGGGACCCUCCUCUGGACAACGGUGGCUCGACCAUCCAGGGCUACUGGCUGGAGAAGAGGGAGCGCGGCGCCGUGUACUGGGGUCGUGUCAACCGAGCUCCCGUCACCAAACCGGCAGUGAAGGGUCUCCAGUACACUGUGCUCCGACUCAUCGAAGGAACCGAGUACAUGUUCAAGAUCGCAGCCUGCAACGCAGCCGGAGUCGGCCCCCCCAGCGAGGCCACGGAGUGCCGCUUCACCGUGGAUCCGUGCAACCCUCCCGGCUCACCUGGAACCCCCGAGGUUAAAGACAAGACCAAGAGCAGCAUCACUCUCAGCUGGUCUCCGCCAGACAAAGAUGGUGGCAGCCCCAUCAAGGGUUACAUCAUCGAGGUCCACGAGGAGGGCUCUCCUGAUUGGAGGAGGGUGAACCCCAAAGACAAGCUGCACCCGUCCACCGAGAUUACCGUGCCCGACCUGAAGGAGGGCAAAAAGUGCAAGUUCAGGAUUUAUGCUGUGAACUCCGCCGGCAACUCCGAGCCUGCGAGGCUGGCUGACAUCCUGGUUCAGGACAUCCUGAUCGAGCCGACUGUGUCUCUGGAUCUGAGCGCUCACGACCUGAUGAACUGCAGAGCAGGAACAGCCAUCAAGAUUCCUGCCACCAUCUCCGGACGGCCCGUUCCCAAAGUCACCUGGACCUUCGAUGGAACCGCAGAGACUGAGAAGAAGAACGACAUACACACGCUUCCCGUGGACUCAGAGAUCUACUCCACCGACACAACCUCAGUGAUUGUUAUCCCAGAGAUCAAACUGAAUCACAGUGGCCGAUUCAUUAUCAACGCUGAGAGUGCGGCUGGUCACAAGGUGGUGAAGGUCAGAGUCAACGUGCUCGACCUGCCCGGACCCCCCAGAGAGCUGAAGGUGAGCGACGUGACGAGAGGAACCUGCCGACUCACCUGGAAAGCUCCUGAGUGUGAUGGAGGAGACAGAGUGAAGAGCUACUUCAUCGAGAAGAAGACGGUGACGGGCAAAGCCUGGACCAAGGUGAACCCGGCCUGUGCUGCUCAGUCUCUGGUGGUUCCAGACCUGGUGGACGGGAAGGACUACCUGUUCCGCAUCCGAGCUGAGAACCGCUUCGGCUUCAGUCCAUUUGUCGAGACCCUCGAGAUAACCAAAGCCCGAGAUCCCAUCCAUCCACCUGAUCCUCCAACCAGGCUGAAGAUCCAGAACGUGAGGAAGGGCACAGUGACUCUGACCUGGAAGGCUCCGAAGAAUGACGGCGGUUUACCUGUGACCCACUACAGCGUGGAUCUCCUCUGCUGGGAGGCCAGUCGCGCCGAGAAGGAGUCGUGGAGGAGGUGUAACAGGAGAGACGUGGACACCACCACCUUCAAGGUGGAGGACCUGACAGAAGGAGACGAGUAUGAGUUCAGAGUGUUGGCGCACAAUGAGGCUGGAGCGAGUCGACCCUCGUCCACCGUAGGACCCAUCGUCAUCCAGGACCAGACCUGCGCUCCGUCCAUAGAGCUGAAGGAGUUCAUGGAGAGCGAGCAGGGCAGCGACAUCAGCAUCGUGGCCAAGAUCCACGGCUGUCCGUUCCCCACACUCACCUGGUACAAAGCUCCCCCCCACAAGUCCGACGCCAAGGUGGAGGUUCAGUACGACGAGCACAUCAACAAAAUUGUGUCAGACGAAAGCUGCACGCUGCUCAUCCAGCAGGGCAAGCGCCCCGACACCGGCCUGUACACGCUGGUGGCGUCCAACAGCCUCGGCAAGGCGUCCAAGGAAAUGAGGCUCAACGUGCUCGGUCGACCAGGUCCUCCCUCUGCUCCCAUUAAGUUUGAGGAGAUCGGAGCAGAGAGGAUCACGCUCUCCUGGCUGCCACCAAAGGACGAUGGAGGCUCCAAGGUCACAAACUAUGUCAUCUGGAAGCGGGUGGCGUGCAGGACCAACUGGGUGCCUGUCACCAGCGAACCCAAAGACCGGAUCUGGACGGUGGAGAGCCUGAUGGAGGGACACGAAUACGUGUUCCGGAUCAUGGCCCAAAACAAAUAUGGCGUCGGAGAGCCACUGGACAGUGAGCCUGAGGUCGCCCGGAACCUCUACACCGCCCCUGGUCAGUGUGAGAAGCCCACGGUCACCAGCGUCACCAUGGACUCCAUGACGGUGAACUGGGAGGAGCCAGAGGACGACGGUGGCACCCCCAUCAUUGGCUACUGGCUGGAGCGUAAAGAGACCACAGGCAAACGCUGGACUCGCGUUACCCGCGACCCCAUCCGUCCCAUGAGCCUGGGCGAGUCCUUCGUGGUGAGCGGACUUAUCGAGGGCUCCCAGUACCUGUUUAGAGUCUCUGCCAUCAAUGCUGCUGGACCGGGACUCACCAGCCCCCCCACAGACCCCAUCUUUGCCAGAGACCCCAUCUCUCCACCCUCUCCUCCAACCCCCAAGGUUUCUGAUUGGACGAGGUGCACAGUGGACCUGAACUGGAUCCCUCCCUUGAAGGACGGAGGCUCGAAGAUCCUUGGCUACUGGGUGGAGUACAAGGAGGAGGGCACAGAGGCCUGGGUAAAGGCAAAGGAAACAGAAAUUCGUGGCACUCGUUUGGUGAUCACCGGUCUGAAGACUGGCGGUCAGUACCGCUUCAGGGUAACUGCCUUCAAUGCUGCCGGUAAUGGCGAGCCAGGUGAAGUCCCGGAGCUGCUCGAGGUCAACGACAGAACCAUUGCUCCAGAAGUCGACCUGGAUGCUUCGGUCAAGGAGAGGAUGGUGGUCCACGCCGGCGGUGUGAUCCGCAUCAUCGCCUACGUGUCUGGCCAGCCGUCCCCUGACGUUACCUGGAGUAGAGAUGGAGCUGCGCUGCCCCCUGAGGCUAUAGUGGAGACGACAGCCAUCAGCUCAUCUCUGGUCAUCAAACCCUGCACCAGGAGACACUUGGGCGUUUAUACACUGACUGCCAAGAACGCAGGAGGCGAGAAGACAAAGAAUAUCACUGUGGAAGUUCUGGACGUCCCUGGACCUGUUGGCAUCCCCUUCACUGCGGAGAACCUGAGCACCGAUUCCUGCAAGCUCAACUGGUUCUUCCCCGAGAACGAUGGUGGCUCCCCCAUCAGUAACUACAUCAUUGAGAAGCGUGAGUUUGAGCGUAAGGCCUGGACCUCGCUCUCCUACACCGCCAGCCGACAGAACGCCGUGGCUCAUAACCUCACCCAGGGAAAGGCCUACUUCUUCAGAGUGGCUGCGGAGAACGCCAUCGGCAUUGGACGCUUCGUGGAGACUGCAGCUGAGGUUGUGGUCAAGGAACCCAUGAGUGUGCCUGAACGCCCUGAGGAGCUGGAGGUCACCAAGGUGACCAAGGACUUGAUCAGCCUCACCUGGAAAGCACCCAAGUCUGACGGCGGCUCAGAGAUCACCAUGUACAUCCUGGAGGCCCGUACGAUUGGCAAAGACAAGUUCACCAGACUGACGAAGGAGAAGUUGAUGGAGAGAAAAUACAGCUUUGACGGCCUGAGGGAGGGCGAUACCUACGAGUUCAGGGUCAUCGCCGUCAAUGAGGUCGGACCCAGUAAACCAUCUUUCGGCACAAAACCAAUCACGUGCAAGGACGAACUGGAGCCACCGACCAUCGAGCUGGAUUUCCGUGAUAAGAUCAUUAUCCGUGUAGGAGAGAGUUGCCUGCUGCAGGGACGCUACACCGGCAAACCUUCUCCGUCCAUCAUCUGGUAUCGUGAAGACAAGGAGCUUAAGGCCGACCAACACAUCAUGUUUAAGAACACGCUAACCACCAUGUCACUGGGCCUGAUGAAGGCCCGGCGUGAGCACAGUGGCAGAUACAUGGUGGUGGUGGAGAACAGCACUGGAUCCAGGAAGGGAGUCUGCAACAUCACAGUUGUUGACCGUCCUACCCCUCCUGUUGGCCCUGUGGUGUUCGACGAGGUGCACAGGGAGUACAUGGUCGUCUCCUGGAAGCCUCCUCUGGAUAGUGGUGGUGUGAACGUCUCCAAUUACAUCAUCGAGAAGAGAGACGUCAACCGAGAUGCCUGGACCACGGUGACAUCUGCCACGACCAAGACCGUUUGCAAGAUCCCGAAGCUGACGGAGGGCAAGGAGUACAUCAUGAGAAUCUCUGCUGAAAACCUGUAUGGCAUCAGUGACCCACUUGAGUCUGAGGAGAUGAGAGCCAAAGACCUCUUCAGAGUCCCUGAGGCCCCUGAGAUGCCCACAGUUCGGGAGGUGUAUGCCACCAAUGCUCUUGUGCUGUGGAACCGUCCUCGUGACGGAGGCAAGCCCAUAAUCAACUACAUCCUGGAAAAGAAGGAGCCAGCAGCCAAGAGGUGGUCCAGAGCCACGAGAGACCCGCUGUACCCUGCCACUCAAUACCAAGUCCAGGACCUAGUGGAGGGCUGCGAGUACGAGUUCAGGGUCAUGGCUGAGAACGAGCUGGGAACUGGAGACCCCAGCGUCCCCUCCAAGCCAAUCCUCGCCAAAGAUCCUAUUGUGUGCCCUAGUCCUCCAGUGACCCCCGAGGCCUAUGAUAAGACCAAGGACUCCGUCAGCCUGAAGUGGCAGAUGCCCCGCCAUGAUGGCAAGGGCAGGAUAUUCGGCUACAUAGUUGAGUACCAGAAGCCGGGCAACGUAGAGUGGAUUCAGGCCAAUGAGACCCCAGAGCAGUGCCCCGACCUCCACUAUGUGGCAACGGGUUUAAGUGAUGGACAAGAAUAUUCUUUCAGGAUCUUCACUGUCAAUGCUGCCGGCAGAUCUGACCCUGCCUACGUCAAACAGCCCAUCAAAGUCCAUGACAGAAUGGAGGAGCCUGAGCUGCUGUUGGAUGCUAACAUGGCACGUGACCAUCUGGCAAUGCUAGGCACAGACAUCACCCUAAGCGCCACCAUUAAGGGUGUACCGACACCCACCGUUAGCUGGAAGAAGGACGAUGGAGAUGUUCCUUCUCACAUCACUGUCGCUGUCACCGCCACUGGCAGCAAAGUCUUCAUUCCCAAAUGCGUCCGCCCAGACUCUGGGAACUACACCAUCACCGUAGAGAAUGCUGCUGGGAAGAAAUCAGCAACUGUUGCUGUGCUGGUGUUGAAUAAACCUUCUCCUCCCAGAGACCUGGUGAUCUCUGAGGUGACUAGCGAGACUGCGUACCUGACAUGGAAGGCUCCUGAGGACAAUGGUGGUGCUGUCAUCUCCCACUAUGUAGUACAGAAGAAGGACGUGGCAGCAGAGCAGUGGGUUCCUGUCUCAGCAGGCAAUAAGAAGCUGAGUCUGAUGGCCUUGUACCUGAUGGAAGGAACUCAGUACAUGUUCAGGGUGGCUGCUGAAAACCAGUUUGGCAAAAGCGACUAUUUGGUAACCAAGCAGCCCAUCAAGGCUGUCGAUCCACUGUAUCCUCCUGGUCCUCCCAAGAACCUGCACCACACUGAUGCAGACAAGACAGAGGUGUGGUUGGAAUGGGAGUGGCCUGACCGCACUGGUGGAAGUGAAAUCACCGGCUUCAUUGUGGAGCACCAGGAAGAGGGCCAGACUGACUGGGUCACCUUCAAGACCGUGAGCAACAACCAUGCCCACCUCACCGGGCUGGUGGAGGGCAAGACUUACCGCUUCAGGGUCAAGGCUCAGAACGCCAUUGGUGUGAGCCAGCCAGACACUACUAUCCCUGUUACCUGCCAGGAAAAGACAUUGCCGCCAACUAUUGAAGUUGAUGUGAAGCUCAUUGAGGGUCUCGUUGUCAAAGCUGGCACCAACAUUGUCCUCCCAGGCAAAAUGACAGGCAUUCCCAUUCCUACUGCCAAAUGGAUGACAGAUGGCAAAGAGUUAGUUUCAGAAGGCCACUAUCACAUUGAGACUGCUGGAUCCUCCACCACCCUAAGUAUCCCUGAGUCCAAGAGAGGAGACACUGGAGAGUACCUCCUCACUGUUUCUAAUCCUUCAGGCAGCAAGACAGUUGCCCUGCAUGUCACUGUCCUGGAUGUUCCUGGUCCACCUAUUGAACCCAUCAAUAUCCUGGAGGUCACCCCUGAAUACAUGAUGAUUCAAUGGAGGGCGCCUAAGGAUGAUGGUGGCACAGCCAUCACUAAUUAUGUGGUGGAAAAGAAGGAUGUGAAGAAACCAUGGGAGCCCUGGUCUGUUGUUAGCUCCAGUGGCAUGAGUACAAAGGCUAAGGUGUCCAGGCUGGAGAAGGGUCGUGAGUACAUUGUUCGGGUCCGUGCAGAGAACAAGAUUGGCAUUGGUGCUGGACUUGAGAGUCCUCCUACUAUUGCUAAGCACAUGUUUAACCCUCCUGGUCCACCAGGCCCACCAGAGUGUUCUGAUAUUACAGAGAAUGCUGUGACAGUAGAAUGGUCCUUGCCCGACUAUGAUGGAGGAAGCCCCAUCAGCGGCUAUGUGGUUGAACGCAGAGAAAUGACAGGAAAGUGGAUCCGUGUCAACAAAACUCCAGUGCUGGACCUCAGAUACAGAGUUUCUGGCCUGUUUGAAGGCAACAGCUAUGAAUUUAGAGUUUUUGCUGAGAACGUUGCUGGUAUCAGUGAGCCUUCUCCCACCUCUCAGCCUAUCAAGGCCACACGCGCUAUCACCAAACCUGGCCCGCCUGGAAACCUUAAACUGAAGGACUGGAGCAAAUCCUAUGCUGAAAUCUGCUGGACUAAACCCACAAGAGAUGGUGGUAGUCCCAUUCUUGGUUAUGUGGUUGAGGUUCAGAAGUCAGGAAGUGCCCAGUGGGACAGAAUCAACAAGGAUCUCAUCAAGAUGUGUGCCUACAGAGUACAAGGCCUCAUUGAAGGAAUGGAGUACAGAAUUCGCAUCAGGGCCACCAACAAAGUUGGGGACAGUGAACCAAGGGAACUCCCUGAAACCAUCUUGGCAAAGGACAUCUUGGUUCCUCCAGAAGUUGUUGUUGACAUUUCCUGUCGUGACUCCCUGACAGUCAGGGCAGGUCAGAUCAUCAGUUUGAUCUCAAGGGUGAAGGGCAGACCGGAUCCCGAGAUCACAUGGACCAAGGAUGCCAGAGUCUUGUCUAGGGAUAAACGCACUGAAAUGACCAAUAAUUACCCUCUGUGUGAACUUGUAAUCGCCGAGGCAGUCAGGUCAGACUAUGGUAAAUACGCAGUUGUUGCCAAGAACAGCAGUGGACAGGCACAGGCCACAAUUAUUGUUAAUGUUCUGGACACACCAGGAGCUUGCCUGAACCUGAGAGUGGCUUAUGCAACCAAGAAAUCCUGCAUGGUGUCCUGGGAGAACCCUGAGGACAACGGAGGCACUGAGAUCACUCAGUACAUUAUUGAGUGCCGUCAGCCAAGCCAGAGAGGUUGGACGGUGGUCUCCAGUGACUGCACCAAGCGUCAGAUAAAGGCUCCUCUCACUGAGGGCUGUGAAUACUUCUUCCGUGUCAGUGCAGAAAACAAGAUCGGUGCUGGUCCACUUACUGAGUCCAAGACACCAGUGCUGGCAGUUGAUCCAAUUGAGAAGCCAGGCGAACCCAUUGACUUCCAUAUUUCUGAGAUUGGCAAGACCUUCUGCUUCCUCAAGUGGAGGAAGCCAGAUUACGAUGGCGGUAGCCGUAACCUAGGUUACCACAUUGAGAAAAAACCAAAGGAGGCUGAGGAGUGGGAGAGACUGCACAAGGGUGCCAUUAAGGAAACUUACUUCAUGGCUGACAGAUGUAUCGAGAACCAGAUCUACAUGUUUAGAGUUCAGACUAAGAAUGAGGGAGGGGAGAGCAACUGGGUGACCACACCUGAGGUCCUUGUUAAGGAACUGCUUGUGGAGCCUGAGAUCAAGAUCAAACUUGAUGGAACCCUCAUUGUCAAGGCAGGAGACUCCAUUCCUAUCGAGGCAAUAGUGAAGGGUAAACCACAGCCUGAUGUCAAAUGGACCAAGGAUGAAAACACAGAGGAGAUUAAGAAGGGCCCCAAGCUUCAGAUCGAAACAGGGGCGGACUUCUCAAAGCUGCUACUUACCAAUGCCAGGCGCACUGACAGUGGCAAAUAUGUUGUGUCUGCUUCCAACAGUGCAGGAACCUGCUCUGCUCUAGCCAAGGUCAAUGUACUGGAUAGACCAGGCCCCAUCAGGGAUCUCAAGGUGUCUGGUAUCACCAAUGACCGGUGCCAUCUGGCCUGGGAAAUUCCAGAGGAUGAUGGUGGCUGUGAUAUCUACAACUACAUCAUUGAGAAAUGUGAGACCAAGAAAGGAAUCUGGUCCGUCCACUCCAACGCUGUUAUCACAAAUAAAGCUAAAGUUACUCGCCUUACAGAGGGUAAUGUGUAUAUCUUCAGAGUUCGUGCGGAGAAUAAAAUGGGUCCUGGUCCUGCGGUGCAGAGUGAGACCAUUGUCGCUGGCACCCAGUUCAGUGUACCUGAUGCUCCCGAAGCACCAGAAGUCACCAAGAUUGCCAAGGAGGAGAUGACUGUGGAGUGGUUAGAGCCAGAGAAAGAUGGAGGAAAGCCAAUCACAGGUUAUCUGUUAGAGAAGAGGGAGGAACAUGCCGUUAGGUGGUCUCCUGUAAACAAAGAUCCACUCCCUGGAACUCGUUCCACAGUGGCCGGACUCCUGCCUCUCCAUGACUACCAGUACAGAGUCAAGGCUGUCAAUGAAAUUGGCAUUGGCAGCCCAAGCAAGCCUUCACGUGCCAUCACUGCCAAAGAUACAGUUGAACCUCCUGCCCCUCCAACCAACUUGAAAGUCCUUGACAGCACCAAGUCAAGUUUCACCCUAGGCUGGACCAAGCCUUUAUCUGAUGGUGGAGCUCCCAUUGUUGGCUAUGUUGUGGAGAUGAAGAUGCAGGGAGCUGCCAAGAAAGGAGAUGAUGGUUGGAAAAGGUGUAACGUAGCAGCUCAGCUGGUCGUGUGUGAGUUCACAGUCACAAGUCUGGAUGAGAAGCUUGUCUAUGAAUUCAGAGUGUCAGCUCAGAACCAGGUGGGCAUGAGCCUGCCCUGCAACAUGGAGGGUGCUGUGAUCCCCAGAGAGAUUCUAGAGGCACCAGAGAUUGACUUGGAUGCUAACCUAAAGCAGGGACUGACAGUAAGAGCUGGCUGUCCCAUCAGGCUGUGUGCCACCAUUAGAGGCAGACCAUAUCCCAAAGUAACUUGGAGAAGAAUGGGCAUUGACAACGUGUUCAGGAGGGGAAAAGUUGACAUCAUCGACACUAUGACCUUCAUGGUCAUCGCCGAUAGCACACGUGACGACACGGGCAAAUAUUCCCUGACUCUGCAGAGCCGUGCUGGGGAGAAGGCUGUGUUUGUCAACGUUAAGGUUCUAGACACUCCUGGACCUGUAAUGAAUCUGGAAGCAACCGACAUUAAACAGACAUCCGCCAUGUUGUCCUGGAGUCCUCCGGAGAGCAAUGGUGGAAGUGAUGUCACUCAUUAUAUUGUUGAGAAGCGUGAGAUUGAUCGUAAGACAUGGGCAACUGUCAAGGCUGAAGUUCAAGGGGACAAGAUUCCCUUCAAAGUCAGUGGCCUGGUUCCUGGAACUGAGUACAACUUCAGAGUCACAGCUGUCAAUGAGUAUGGUUCUGGUGUUCCCCGAGCCACACCCACUUCCUACCUGGCUUCUGAUCCUGUCAGCAAGCCAGAUCCUUGUGAAAAGAUCGAGGUUCUGGAGAUCACUAAGAACAGCGCCACAGUUGGCUGGGUCAAGCCUGCGAGCGACGGUGGUGCCAAGAUCGAUGGUUACAUAAUUGAAUAUAUUGAGGAGGAAGAGCCUGAAAAGGAGGUGUGGAAUGCAUACACAACUGUGAAAGGUCUGACAAUCAGCAUCAGUGGCCUGAAGGAGGGCAAGAGGUACAAGUUCAGAGUAGCUGCCAAGAACAUCAUGGGCAUAAGCUCAUUCACCGAGACGAGGGAGCCAGUCGAGAUCAAGGAACAGAUGUUGGAACCAAAAAUUGUCAUGCCGGAGAUGGUGAGCGCCAGAGCCGGAUCUAAGCUCAGAGUGGAGGCUCUGGUUUCUGGAAAACCUUCCCCAGUUUGCAAGUGGAUGCGUAGUGAAGAUGCAGUUAUCCCCUCCAGUCGUCUGGCAGUGCACCAGUCUGGCAACCUAUGUGUCCUGAUCAUCAAAGAUGUCUCCAGGACUGACAGUGGCGAGUACAGUCUGAUGGCUGAGAACAGCUCUGCAAAGGUUGUGGAGUCCCUGAAGAUCAUCAUCAGAGAUAUCCCCGGUCCACCUGAAGGCCCCGUGGUCAUCAGCGACAUUGACUCUGAUGCCUGCUCCCUGUCCUGGAACAAACCACUGGAGGAUGGAGGAACCAACAUCACCAACUAUGUGGUAGAGAAAUGUGAUGUGAGCAGAGGUGACUGGAUGACGGCUCUCUCUUCCUGUCCAAAGACCAAUUGCAGGCUUGGAAAACUCAUUCCUGGAAAAGAAUACCUCUUCCGCAUUCGUGCUGAGAACCGCUUUGGCGUGUCGGACCCCAUUCAGUCUGACAGGAUGGUUGCCAAAUUCCCCUUCGUUGUCCCCAGUGAGCCCCUCAACUGCCGCAUCAACAAGACCAACAAGGACUGCAUGUUCGUGGCCUGGGAUAAGGCAGAGAGUGAUGGAGGCAGUCCCAUCACAGGUUACUACAUUGAACGUAAGGAGAGGAACAGCCUGUUGUGGGUGAAGGCCAAUGACACAGUUGUCCGCACCACCGAGUACCCAUGUGCUGGCCUCAUUGAGGGCCUGGAAUACACCUUUAGAGUGUCCGCCAUCAACCGUGCAGGCCAGGGCAAACCAAGCAAGAAGACUGACUUUGUCACUGCCAGAACACCCAUUGACACGCCAGGCAAACCUGAGAUCCUGGAUGUAACCAAGAACUCUGUCACUCUGGUUUGGACCCGUCCCAAGAAUGAUGGCGGGAGUAAGAUAAUUGGCUACUAUGUUGAGGUUAUGCGAGUGCCAGGAGACACCUGGAUCCGCUGCAACACCAGCAGUCAGAAUGUACCAAGGGAGGAGUAUACGGUUACUGGUCUGGAGAGAGAUCUGGACUACCAGUUCAGAGUCAUUGCCAAAACUGCUGUCAACAUAAGCAAACCAUCUGAGCCCACAGACCCUGUCCUGGUCUGUGCUGAGAACGUUCCUCCCAGAGUGGAGCUCAAUGCCAGGAUGCAAAAAGGUUUUAAGGUGAAGGCUGGAGCCACAGUCCUCCUGGAAGCUGAGGUGUUUGGUAAGCCCUUGCCCAGAGUGACCUGGAAGAAAGGUGACGACAGCUUGAAGUCAGGCGAAGGCCAGGUCAUCACCCAGCAGAGGAAUCACUUCCAGCUUGAGAUGACAGGAGUCACCAAGGAACACACAGGGACUUACACAAUCCUGGCUGAGAACGCCAGUGGCUCCAAGACUGCUGAGAUUGAAGUCAACGUUCUGGACGUGCCUGGCCCUCCUGUUAGUUCCAAAUACACUGAGGUGUUGGCCACCAGUAUGAAACUGUCGUGGGAGCCACCUUUGAAAGAUGGUGGUGCCCCCAUCAAUGGCUAUAUUGUGGAUAAGCGGGAGACCAGCAGACCUAACUGGGCCCAGGUCUCCACCAAGAUCAAGGGUGAUGUCCUUGAGUUUAACGUUGAGAAGCUGAUCGAUGGUCACGAGUACCAGUUCCGAAUCCGUGCUGAGAACAUGUGGGGAGUUGGAGACCCCAUCAUAACAAACCCUGUCAUUGCCAAGAACCCAUUUACUGUCCCUGGUUCUUGUGAGGCCCCAGUGAUCACCAACGUGACCAAAGAUUGUAUGACUGUGAGCUGGAAGGAGCCUGCUGAUGAUGGAAAGACCAUCGUCCUGGGCUACAUGCUGGAAAAGAAAGAGGCAAUGGAGUUGCACUGGACAAAGCUGAGCAGGAAGCCUCUGACAGAGAGGACCCUUGAUAUUACAGGCCUCACAGAGGGAGCGGAGUAUGAGUUCAGAGUCACUGCCCUCAACAUUGCAGGGCUUGGCAAACCCAGCGAACCCUCUGCUGGCACCACUGCACAGAACCCCAUCACUCCGCCCGGCCCUGUUGUGAAUCCCAGUGUGAAGGACACCUCCCAAAGCGCCAUCAGUCUCAACUGGACUGCUCCUGCCAACGAUGGCGGAAGCCCCAUCAUCGGAUACUUGCUGGAGUGCAAGCGAACUGAUACAAAAGACUGGAUCCGCUGCAACGUCCCCAGGAACCUGCAGGACACCAGCUAUGUCAUUCAAAACCUCAUUGACAAUGCUGAGUACCAGUGUCGCAUCACGUCCGUCAACAAGGUUGGCUUCAGCGAGCCAGUUGAAGUACCUGGCAAACAUGUUGCCAAGGACAUCGUUGUUCUUCCAGAGGCGGAGCUGAGUGCAGAGCUAAAGACGCUCUUGGAGCUGCGCGCUGGCACCACCAUGAGGCUGCAGGCCACCAUCAAGGGUCGUCCCACUCCCAAGAUCACCUGGGCCAAAAUGAACACCAACCUCAAGGACCGCCAAGGCAUCAUCAUCAAGUCCACUAACACUGACACCAUGGUGAUGGUGGAGAAUAUCAACAGAUAUGAUGGUGGCAAAUACAUUCUGAACCUGGAGAGUUCGGCUGGCAUGAAGAUGUACACCAUUGUUGUCAAGGUUAUAGACACUCCUGGACCUCCAGCCAACCUGGUGGUGAAGGAGACAUCCAAAGACAGUUCUUCCAUCUACUGGGACCCUCCUAUGAUUGAUGGUGGCCACGAAAUCACACACUACAUUGUGCAGAAGCGUGAUACUGAGAGGAAGUCCUGGUCCAUCGUCUCCGACAACUGCACCAAGACAGAAUUCAAGGUGCCAGACCUGGAUGCUGGACGAUCCUACUACUUCAGAGUGUCAGCAGUCAACCAGCUUGGUACCGGAGAGUUCUGCGAAACAGCCGAUUCAGUCAGAGCAACAGAGGAGCCUGGGCCUGUCAUGGACUUCAAGACCCUGCUGGUAACUAAACACUCUUGCACUCUAAGCUGGAAGAAACCACUCACCGAUGGUGGCAGUCGCAUUACCUGCUAUGUGGUGGAGGUUCUCAAUGGUGAUGACAAGUACAAGGAGCUAAUGAGGUCCAAGAAUAUGCAAUACAGCGCCAAAGACUUGGUGGAGGACAGAGAGUACAACUACAGAGUCAAGGCUGUUAAUGACUCAGGAGAGAGUUCUGCCAAGGAGCUGAAAGUGGUUGCUAAGGACCAGAUCAUUCCUCCAAGCUGUGACUUGAGGGAGCUUCCCAACAUGUGCUAUAUUGCCAAGGAGGGCAGCACCGUCCGUCUGAAGAUCCCAAUCAUUGGCAAACCUACACCCAAGGUCUCCUGGAAGAAGGGAGAUGAUGAAGAUCUGACAGACACUGGCCGAGUUUGUGCGGAGUCCUCUGCGGUCAACACCACCCUCCUGAUCAGGGACUGUCAGAGGAGUGAUGCCUCCAAGUAUACCAUCACCCUGAGAAACAGUGCUGGAAGCAAGGAGUCCACCAUAUUCAUCAGGGUGGUGGGUAAACCUGGCAUCCCUAUUGGACCCAUGAAGUUCAAAGAGGUUACUGCCGAUGGCGCCACACUGAAGUGGGCCGUUCCCAAGGACGACGGUGGCUCAGAGAUCACCAACUAUGUCCUGGAAAAGAGAGACUCCGUUACCAAUAUGUGGGUGACUGUGUCCUCCUCUGUGGAGACCAACUCCAUGAGAGUGACCGGUCUCCAUGAAGGCACAGAGUACAUCUUCAGAGUCUGUGCUGAGAACAAAUAUGGGUUUGGAGAAGGACUCAAGUCUGAGCCCAUUGUUGCUAAACAUCCAUUCAACGUUCCUGAUGCUCCUCCUCCUCCUCAGGUCAUGAGCAUGCGUCACAACUCAGCUUACCUGGCCUGGUCUGACCCCAGGAAGACAGGAGGAUCUCCCAUCACAGGUUACCAUGUUGAGUUCAAAGAGAGGAACAGUAUGUUAUGGAAGAGGGCGAGCCCAGCUGCCUUAAAGAUGAGGGAACACAAAGUCACCGGGUUUACUGAAGGCUUGGAGUACGAGUUCAGAGUCAUGGCAAUCAACCUGGCUGGCAUUGGCAGACCGAGCGCUCCCACUGAUCCACAGGUGGCCCUGGAUCCCAUUGAUGCUCCUGGUAAACCUGAUCUCAUCAGCAUCACUAGGAGCUCCGUGACACUCCAGUGGACGGAACCACAGUUCGAUGGAGGCCACAGGCUGACUGGCUACAUUGUUGAGAGGCGCGACCUACCGUCUAAGAUCUGGGUCAAGGCCAAUAAUGUGAAUGUUGUGGAUCCUGCAUUUACUGUCACCGAACUGCAGGAGGGCUGCAAAUAUGAGUUCAGGAUCAGGGCGAAGAAUGCAGCUGGUGCUCUUAGCCCACCUUCCGAGCAGACAGAUACAAUCAUCUGCAGAGAUGAAUAUGCGGCGCCAACCAUUACUAUUGAUGCUCAAGUGUUGGAGGGUCUGACUGUCCGAGCCGGAGAUACCAUUGUCAUCACUGCCACAAGCAUAGAUGGCAAACCUGCUCCAACCUCAUGCUGGUCAAAGGGAGGAAAGUACUUCAAACCCUCGGACCUUGUUCAUAUUGAGAACACUGCAACUUCCUCUACUCUGUCCGUCAAAUAUGCCAGCAGGAAGGACACAGGGGAAUACAUCAUAACUGCCAGUAACCCCUUCGGUGUAAAGGAGGAAACUGUCAAGGUCAAAGUUCUGGAUGUUCCUGGUACUCCUGGGCCUAUUGAAUGCACUGGUGUCUCUUCUGAAAAGGUCACUCUUACAUGGGCAUCUCCAAAUGAGGAUGGAGGCUCUCCUAUCAAAUAUUACACCCUGGAGAAGAGGGAAACCAGCCGCCUGCUCUGGACUGUUCUGGAAGAAAAGGUCAUUGACUGUCACUAUGUAGCCACCAAGCUCAUCCAGGGCAACGAGUAUUUCUUCAGAGUCUCUGCUCUGAACCAGUAUGGUGCUAGUGAGCCAUCUCACUCUGAGGCCGUCAAGAUGGUUGAUAGAUUCGGGCCUCCUGGUCCACCAUCCAAACCAGAGGUUGAGAAAGUGGAUGGACAUUCCGCCACUGUCACCUGGAGGAGACCAACUGAGGACGGCGGAAGUGAUAUCAUAGGUUACUGUAUUGAGAAGAAGGAGAAAAAGGCUAUGAGAUGGAUCAGGGCCUCAAAGAAAUCUAUUGCCGAGCUGAGUUAUGAAGUCACUGGUCUGACUGAAGGCCUGGAGUAUGAGUUCCGUGUUUUUGCUGAGAACAAAGCUGGCUUUGGAGAGCCAAGUGAAACAUCUAUGCCUGUUAGAACAAUAGUUGCUGUCUAUUUGCCUGGACCUCCAGUCAAUCCAAGAGUCACAGACACAACAAAGACCACUGCCACCCUGAACUGGGGAAAACCUCUCGAUAACGGCGGUUGUGACAUCACUGGAUAUGUAAUUGAGCACAAAAAGGAAGGCUCAGAAGAAUGGGUCAAGGAUACCCCUUCAUCUCUACUUAGAAUAACCGAAUUUGUUGUUCCCGAGCUGGAAACCGGUGUAAAAUACCACUUUAGAAUUAGUGCUGUGAAUGCUAAGGGGGCAGGUGAACCUGCCAAAACUCAGGAACUGAUGGAAAUUGUGGAGCGUGCAGCUGAGCCAGAUUUGGAGCUAGAUAUUGAGAUGAGAAGAACCCUCGUCGUUAGGGCUGGCUGCUCCAUCCGCCUCUUUGUGCCAAUCAAGGGACGUCCUACACCAACAGUCAGCUGGACUAAGGAAGGUGGCCCUGUCCCACGUGCAGUCAUUGACAGCACUGAAUCAUUUACAAUGCUGAUCAUUCCUGAGAGUUCAAGGAUUGAUGCAGGCAAAUAUCAGCUUACUCUUGAAAACUCAAGUGGUAAGAAGAGUGCUGAUAUACAUGUGAGAGUUCUGGAUUCUCCUGGACCCCCACUAAAUCUAAAACCAAUCAAGAUUGACAAAGACAGCAUUACUCUCCAGUGGGAGAUGCCUCUCAUUGAUGGUGGAGCCAAGAUCACUAGCUAUGUCAUCGAGAAGAGAGAAUCAACACGAAAGGCCUUUGCUACUGCUAUUACAAAUUGCCCACACACUUCAGUCAGGAUCAGUGAACUGGGUGAAGGCUGUGAGUACUAUUUCAGAGUAUCUGCCGAGAACGAGUAUGGUAUUGGUGAACCAGUCGAAACUGCAGAUCCAAUCCGUGCAUCCCAGGCACCAACUCCUCCAGAGAGUAUUAUCCCUACUGAUAUCACCAAGAGUUCUGUGAGCCUGGCAUGGACUAAACCCAAGCACGAUGGUGGAAGCAGAAUUACAGGAUAUGUCCUGGAAGCCCAGAAGAAGGGAACUGAUCAGUGGGCCCAUGUAACAACAGCCAAGUGCAUGGAUUUCACAGUAAAAAAUCUGAAUGAGAAUGAGGAGUACAUUUUCCGAGUAAUGGCUGUCAACCUGUCGGGCAGAAGCACCCCACGUGAGAGCAAACACAUAGUUGUUAGGGAUUCCACAAUAGUGCCUGAGUUUGACCUGCGCGGCGUGUGUCAUAAGACUGUUAUUGCUAAAGCUGGAGAUGAAAUCAAAGUAGAAAUCCCAGUUAUGGGACGUCCUAGACCUACUGUCUCUUGGCAGAAGGAUGGUGCAGCCCUGAAGCUCACACAGAGAACCAAUGUGGAAACCACUUCUGCUACUGUUAUCCUUAGCAUCAAUGAAUGCAAUAGAGCAGACAGUGGUGUAUACACCAUGACAGGAAAGAACAUUGUUGGUUCUGUGACAGAUAACAUCACUGUGAAAGUACAUGAUGUACCUGGGCCACCCAAGGGACCAGUUAACAUUGUGGAAAUAUCCCGUACAAAUUGCAUAUUUGCAUGGGACCCUCCUGAGAAUGACGGAGGUGUUCCAAUUAAUAAUUAUGUGGUUGAGAUCAGAGAUACAACUUCCCAAACGUGGACAGAGCUGUCUUCUACUAUCAUCCGUACCAUGUUCAAAGCCAUUCGGUUAACCACUGGUUCAGAAUACCAGUUCAGGGUAAAGGCUAAGAACAGAUACGGUGUUGGACCUCCCAUCACAUCAGAGGCUGUGGUGGCAGCUUAUCCAUUUAAAGCCCCAGGACCUCCUGGUACUCCAAAUGUUGUUGCAUUCACCAAGGACUCUAUAACAAUAGGCUGGAAUGAGCCUGUGUCUGAUGGUGGAAAUGAGGUCAUUGGUUAUCAUGUUGAAAGGAAAGAAAGAAGCAGCAUUACAUGGCAAAAGAUCACCAAGAGUAUUGUGAAAGGAAACAUCUUUAAAUCAACCGGGCUUGAAGCUGGAGGAGCCUAUGAAUUCCGUGUCAUGGCUGAAAACAUGGCAGGCAUUGGUAAGCCCAGCAAGGCCUCCGAAGCAAUACUGGCCUUGGACCCAGUAGACCCACCAGGCCAACCUCUACCAAUAUUUGUCAAUAAAAAUGUCAUCACUAUUCAGUGGACAAAGCCUGAGUAUGAUGGUGGAUUCAAAAUCACUGGCUACACAGUGGAGAAGAGAGAACUGCCGACUGGUCGCUGGAGCCGAGCCAAUUUCACCAACAUCAUUGAGACGGCAUUCACUGUCAGUGGACUGACUCAAGAUGCGUCCUACGGGUUCCGUGUCAUAGCCAGAAACUCCGCAGGAGCAGUUAGCAUUCCAUCUGAGCCUUCAGACCCAAUCAUGUGCACAGAUGACAUAAUUGAGCCACGCAUUAUGGUUGAUGCCAUCUUCAAAGACGUUGUUCCCCUGAAGGCAGGAGAGUCCUUCAAGCUUGAUGCUGACAUAGCUGGUCAGCCAACACCAUCUAUGGUUUGGACCAAGAAUGGAAAAGAGGUUGAGAACACAAUGAAACUGGGCGUUAAGUUCACUGAACUGACAACCACGCUGACCAACAAGGACUCUAUCAGAUCAGAUGGUGGAGAAUUUGUUUUGACUGCCACUAAUGUUGGUGGAUUUGCAAAGCACAUAUUUAAUGUUAAAGUGCUUGACAGACCAGGGCCACCUGUUGGACCUCUUAAGGUAACUGAUGUCACAGCUGAUAACUGCGUACUGACCUGGGCUCCACCUGCAGAUGAUGGUGGUGCCAGGAUUGAAGGAUAUGUGAUCGAAAAGCGUGAGUCAAGCAGACUGGUUUGGACUAAUGUGGCUUCAGACCUGAAAGUAACACAACAUACGGUGACGAAGCUGCUCAAAGGGAAUGAAUACAUCUUCAGAGUUAUGGCAGUGAACAAAUACGGAGUUGGCGAGUCUCUUGAUUCAGAAUCCACUGUUGCAGACAACCCAUAUGUGGUUCCAGAUCCUCCAGAGAAUCCUGAGGUGACAGCUAUCACUAAAGAUUCAAUGGUUGUUAUGUGGCAAGCUCCCAAGAGUGAUGGCGGAACUCCCAUCACUAACUACAAUAUUGAAAGGAAAGACAAAAUAGGCCUUCGCUGGGUCAAAUGCAACAAGAGGAAGGUCAAAGAUCUUCAGUUCAGGGCAGGGGGCCUUGUUGUCGGACAUGAAUAUAAAUUCAGAAUAAUUGCAGAGAAUGCUGCUGGAGUUAGCACACACAGUGUCUCCAGUCCAUUUUACAAGGCAACGGAUGCACUCUACAUACCAGGGCCUCCAUGCAACCCUAGAAUCCUGGACACAACCAGGUCCUCAAUUACUGUUGCCUGGAACAAACCUGUAUACGAUGGAGGCUCUGACAUCACUGGCUACAUAGUAGAAACCUGCAUCCCAUCUGAAAAGGAGGAGGAGGAGGAAUGGACCAUUGUGACACCCAAAGAAGGUCUCCUAGCCACCUCAUUCACCAUUAUUAACCUGAAAGAGAACCAGGAGUACAAGAUCAACGUUUCUGCUCUCAACAGUGAAGGAAUUGGAGAGGCAGCAUCUGUACCUGACAAUGCCAAGGCAGAGGACAGGCUCCUUCCACCUGAAAUUAAUUUGGAUGCUGAUCUUCGCAAAGUUGUCAGUCUUAGAGCUUGCUGCUCUCUCCGACUCUUUGUGCCUAUCAGAGGCAGACCGUGUCCUGAAGCUAAAUGGACCAAAGGAGAUGGUGAGGCUAUUGAGAGGGCAACCAUUGACAGCACAACAUCAUAUACAUCACUUGUAAUUGAAAAUGUCAACAGAUUUGACAGUGGAAAAUAUAAUCUUACAGUUGAAAACAGUUCUGGCUCCAAGACAGUUACAGUCCAAGUCAGGGUGCUUGAUACACCCAGUGCCCCACAGAACCUGAAGAUUACUGCUGUAACAAAAGAAGCUGUCUCUCUGACUUGGGAUCCACCAGUGAAUGAUGGAGGAGUAAAGAUUAAGAACUAUAUUGUUGAAAAACGUGAGUCCACAAGGAAAGCAUAUGCCACAGUCAAUGCUCUCUGCCACCAUACCACCUUCACAGUUGACCACCUCCUGGAAGGAUGCAACUAUUACUUUAGAGUUCUGGCUGAGAAUGAAUAUGGCGUUGGUCUACCCAUUGAGACCGGUGAAUCAGUUAAAGUGUCUGAAAAACCACAGCCACCUCGCAAAGUCUCUCUUAAGGAUGUUACCAAAAAUAGUGUGACUCUCUCUUGGGAGAAGCCAGAGCAGGACGGUGGCAGCAGAAUAGGCUGUUAUGUUGUUGAGAUCCAGCCUAAGGGUGUUGACAAGUGGACCCAGGCUGUGAUUGUAAAGGAAACAGAAGCUACAAUUAGUGGACUCAAUGCAGGUGAAGAAUACAUGUUCCGUGUAGCAGCAAGAAAUGAGAAGGGUACAAGUGACCCACGUCAAAUUGGAGUGCCUGUGAUUGUCAAAGAUCUUGUGAUUGCACCUGUUGCCAAAAUGUUGUUCAACACAUUUAGUGUGUUGGCAGGAGAAGACCUGACAGUGGAUGUUCCAUAUGUUGCACGUCCCAAAGCAGCUAUAUCCUGGGUAAAGAACGGUCAGCCUAUGAAGAGAACUACCAGAGUCAACUUUAGUUCAACAGACACGUUGCUGAACCUCAAAAUAAAAGAGGCUACCAAAGAUGACAUCGGACAGUACCUCAUUACUAUUAGCAACACAGCAGGAGAGACAACUGCAAUCAUUGGCAUUGUUGUUCUUGACAAACCCGGCCAGCCAGGUGGUCCAGUUCAGGUAGAGGAGGUCACUUCUGACAGUGUAACUAUCUCCUGGAACCCACCAGAAUAUGAUGGUGGUUGCACCAUCAAAAACUACAUUGUGGAAAAGAGAGACACAUCCACAACUAACUGGAUGGUUGUUUCUCCUAACCUUGCACGGACAAAAAUCAAGGCAAGCCGAUUGAAGACUGGCUCUGAGUACCAGUUUAGAAUCACAGCAGAAAACAGAUAUGGAAAAGGCCCAACUCUUCAGUCAGAUAGUAUUGUUGCACAAUAUCCAUACAAGCUCCCAGGGCCCCCAGGAACACCAUCCAUUGCAGCCUGGACCAAGGACAGCAUGGUUGUGAUCUGGAACGAACCUGUGAUCGAUGGCGGAAGCUCUAUCUUGGGCUAUCAUCUAGAGCGAAAAGAGAGGAACAGCAUUAUGUGGGUCAAACUCAACAAGUCUAUUAUUACUGACCAAACCUUCAAGACCAGUGGUUUGGAAGCAGGGAUGGAGUAUGAAUACAGAGUUUAUGCUGAAAACAUUGUUGGAAUAGGCAAAGUUAGCAAAGUGUCCGAGGGUCAUAUUGCUAGAGAUCCUUGUGAUCCUCCUGGCACCCCAGAGGCAACAAAGAUCGCCAAAGACUCUUUGACCAUUGUUUGGACCAAGCCGGAGUAUGAUGGAGGUGCAAAGGUUACAGGCUACAUUGUGGAAAAGAAAGAGUUACCUGAAGGUCGUUGGCAGAAGGCUAACUUUACGAACAUCAUUGAGACAGAAUAUGUUGCAACUGGACUUCUACAGGACAAUCAGUAUGAGUUCCGUGUCAUUGCCAGAAAUGCCGCCGGGGUUUAUAGUUUGCCCUCUUACAGCACUGGCCCUAUCACUGCAAGGGAUGAGAUUGAACCACCGGGUAUCAGCAUUGACCCAGAGUACACACAGAUCAUUAUGGUUAACGCAGGAGAAAACUUCAAGAUUGAUGCAGAUGUUCACGGCAAACCACUACCCUCUAUCCACUGGAUGAAGGGAGAUCAGGAAUUGGGCAACACUAUUCUUAGAGAAAUUAAGAACACAACCACUAAGGCUUAUAUAUCUGUCAAGGAAGCAAAACUUUCAGAUGGAGGCCAAUACACGCUGCUAUUGAAAAAUCCAGGAGGUGAAAAGGCUGUGCAGGUCAAUGUGGUUGUUCUAGAUAAACCUGGAGAACCUCAAGGACCUCUUGUUGUUACAGGGAUAUCCAAAGACCGAUGCUGCCUUGCAUGGAAACCACCAAUGCAAGAUGGUGGUAGCAAGAUCUCUCACUACUUGGUGGAGAGGAGAGAGACAAGCAGAUUAGUCUGGACUGUUGUAGACCCCAAGGUAGAAAAUAUUUGUCUUAGGGUCACUAAGCUCUUGGAAGGAAAUGAGUACAUCUUCAGAGUCCGUGCUGUCAACCAGUUUGGAGUGGGUGCACCACUUGGUUCUUCUGCUGCCAUAAUCAAAGAUCCUUAUUUACCCCCGGGGUCUCCCAGGAGCUUAGAACUUUCGGAUAUUAAGAAAGAUUCAAUGAUGCUCACUUGGGAGGCUCCCUCUGAAGAUGGGGGCAGUCCUAUCACUGGAUACAUAAUUGAGAAACAUGACAAAGAAGGAGUACGAUGGACCAGAUGCAACAGACAAAGAGUCACUGACUUGUCUUUCAAGCCGACCGGACUCCUGGAAAACCACAGUUAUGAAUUCAGAGUUGUUGCUGAGAAUGCUGUUGGUGUUGGUGAGCCAAGCUCCCCGACAGUAUUCUACAAAGCUCUUGAUCCCAUUUUCAGGCCUGGCCCACCACACAAUCCAAGAGUUACUGACACAACUAAAACAUCAGUUUUCCUGUCAUGGGGUAAGCCUGUCUGUGAUGGAGGCUGUGAGAUUCAGGGAUACAUUGUUGAGUGCUGCACUACUACAAUACCAACAGACUGGACAAUGUGCACACCACCAACCGGUGUCAAGAAGACCACAUUUGAAGUUGCAAACCUGAAAGAAAACCAGGCCUACAAGCUUAGAGUGUGUGCCAUAAACAAAGUUGGAGUUGGUGAGCAUGCUGAUGUCUCUGGAGCUGUUGUUGCCCUCGACAGGACAGAAGAGCCAGACCUUGACAUUGACCCAGAAAUGAGGAAGAUUGUAAUUAUUAAAGCUGGAGCUUCCCUUAGGCUGUUUAUCCCCAUUAAGGGAAGGCCAACUCCUACCAUCACGUGGGAUAAGGAUGAAGCUGCCCUUAAAGAGACUGCUCAGCUUGAGGUGACCAGCAGUUACUCAUCCCUUGUAAUUGAUAACAUGAGCAGAACUGACAGUGGAAAAUACACAGUCACUGCCGCAAACGCCAGUGGAACCAAGUCCGCAUUUGUUGUUGUCCGUGUUCUCGACACACCUAGUGCUCCUGUUAACCUGAAAGUGAUAGAAAUUACAAAUCAAUCAGUGACACUGGCAUGGGCACCACCUAUGUUGGAUGGUGGGUCCAAGAUCAAGAACUACAUUGUUGAAAAGAGAGAAAGCACACGCAAGACAUUUUCAGCUGUUGCAACAAAUUGUCAUGCUCUUGCAUGGAAGAUUGAGCCACUCCAGGAAGGUUGUAGUUACUUCUUCCGUGUCAUUGCUGAGAAUGCACAUGGUGUUGGCCUGCCUGCAGCCACUGCAGACGCUCUUAAGGUGUCAGAGGUGCCACAGUCACCAAAGACCUUGAAUGUUACCGACCAAACCAAAACAAGCAUCUCUUUGGCUUGGGAGAAGCCCGAGUAUGAUGGUGGUAGCAGAGUCAUCCAGUACCUGCUCGAGGUGCAACUUAAGGGCCAGGAGAAAUGGUCUGGUGUUAACACUUUUAAGACAAUGGAGGCUACUGUUCCGAAUCUCAACCCAGGGGAGGAGUAUCUCUUCAGAGUUACUGCAAUUAAUGAUAAGGGCAAGAGUGACCCCAAAGUCCUUGCGGGUCCAGUCAUGACAAAGGAUUUGGUGUUUGAGCCUGAUGUUCGUCCCGCAUUCAGCAGCUAUAGUGUCCAUAUUGGCAAAGACAUGAAGAUUGAAAUUCCUAUCUUUGGACGUCCUAAACCAACAGUCACAUGGACUAAAGAUGGAGCUCCUAUGAAGGUCACCACCAGAGUCAAUACUCUCAAUACACCCACAGAUACAACACUUAGCAUUAAGGAGGCUGCAGGUGAUGAUGGUGGCAUGUACAGUAUAAAUGUUGCUAACUCAGCUGGAAAGAAAGACACAACUGUUGAAGUCAUUGUACUUGACAAACCUGGCCCUCCAUCCGGCCCUGUAAGGUUCGAUGAAAUCACAACACAGAGUAUCACUAUUUCAUGGGACCCACCUAAACACAAUGGUGGCUGCCAGAUUUCAAACUACAUUGUGCAAAAGAGAGAUACUACUACUCCAACAUGGGAAAACGUCAGCAUCAACUAUGCCAGAACCUCCAUUAAAGUGCCUAGACUGAAGACAGGAGCAGAGUACCAGUUCAGGAUCAUUGCUCAAAACCGCUAUGGCAAGAGUCAUGGCCUGGAUUCAUCUGCUGUGGUCGCUCAAUACCCAUACAGAGAGCCAGGCCCGCCAGGCACUCCCUUCAUUUCCUCUCUUUCGAGGGACCACCACGUUGUUGAGUGGCAUGAGCCUGUCACAGAUGGAGGCAGCACUGUUCUUGGCUAUCAUCUUGAAAGAAAAGAGAGGAAUAGUAUUCUCUGGAUCAAGAUCAACAAGACACUAAUUCACGAUACGAUCUUCAAGAGUCAUCCAUUGGAGGAAGGUGUUGAGUAUGAAUACAGAGUUUAUGCUGAAAAUAUUGUGGGUAUUGGCAGGUGUAGUAAGAUCUCAGAGGGCUCUAUUGCCCGUGACCCAUGUGAUCCACCUGGUACACCAGAGGCCUUCCAUGUCACCAAAGAUACCAUUGUCAUUCAGUGGACUAAGCCUGAAUAUGAUGGUGGCAGUAAUAUAACUGGCUAUACUGUGGAGAAGCGGGACCUGCCAGAGGGAAGGUGGGGCAGGGCAAACUUCACUAAUGUGAUUGAGACACAGUUUACCGUGACAGGACUGACUGAAAAUGCUCAGUAUGACUUCAGAGUCAUCGCUAAAAAUGCUGUUGGCACCAUCAGCAAGCCGUCCUACAACAGUGGACCAAUCACUGCAAGUGACAAACUGGAGGCACCCAAGUUCUCCAUUGACCCUGCAUUCACCAAGACCAUUAUAAUCAAUGCUGGAGAGACAUUCAAGCUUGAUGCAGAUGUCCGAGGAAAGCCACUGCCUACAAUCCAGUGGUACAAGGAUGAAAAACCAAUUGAGAAUACGCUCCGACUCGAGAUUAAAAACACAGAAAACCAUGCGAUGAUCCUCAUCAAGGACGCCAUAAGGAUUGAUGGUGGAAUGUACACGCUCCAACUGACAAAUGAGGCUGGCAGUGAGACUGUGCCAUUUAAGGUUGUGGUCCUGGAUAGACCUAGCCAAUGUGAGGGACCCCUUCACAUCACUGGAGUAGCUGAAAAUAGAUGCACACUGGUAUGGCGUGCCCCUCUUCAUGAUGGAGGUAGUCCUAUUAAACAUUACAUCAUUGAGAGAAGAGAAACCAGCCGUCUAGCUUGGACUGUAGUUUCUAACAUCUGUGAGACCACAUCCUAUAAAGUCACCAAAUUACUGGAAGGUAAUGAGUACAUGUUCCGUGUUAUGGCUGUUAACAGUUACGGUAUCAGUGAGCCACUUGGAUCUGGUGGAGUGAUUAUGAGGACACCAUUUGUUCCUCCUGGUCCACCUCACAUUGAGGAUGUAUCAAACAUUGCUCGUGAUGGCAUGACCAUUAGUUGGUCUGCCCCUGAGAGUGAUGGAGGCAGUGAGAUUACCAAUUACUUAAUCGAAAAGAAGGACAGAAGUGGAAUCAAAUGGACCAGAUGCAAUAGGCAGAAGGUCGCGGACCUCUCCUUCAGAGUUACAGGAUUAACCACAGGCCACGAGUAUGAAUUCAGAGUAGCAGCAGAGAAUAUUGUUGGAAUGGGAGAACCAAGCCUUCCAAGUUCAAACUACAAGGCCUGUGAUCCCAAGUACAAACCUGGAGCCCCCGCAUAUGUGAAUGUAAUUGACUCCACAAAGAGUUCCUUAACAGUGUCAUGGGGUAAGCCUCUGGCUGAUGGUGGCAGUGCCAUUCAAGGAUACAUUGUUGAAGUUUGCAAGGCUGAGCAGGAAGAAUGGGCCAUGGUUACUCCUCCCACUGGCCUACGUGUCAACAAAUUUGAAAUUACCAAACUUACUGAGGGUCAGGAAUACAAGAUACAGGUGUGUGCUCUGAACAAACUAGGAGUUGGUGAACCAGCAGUGCUCUCUGGAACAGCAAAGCCAGAGGAAAGAGUGGACCCACCAGAAAUCCGCUUGGACUCUGAGCUGAGGAAGGGCAUCACUGUGAAAGCCGGUGGAUCUGUUAGAAUCCAUAUUCCAUUUAAGGGCAGGCCAACACCUGAGAUUAGGUGGACUAAGGAUGAGGGAGCCCUGACUGACAAAGCAGUGCUGGAGAAGGCUCCAAACUUCACACAGCUGUCCAUUGACUCGUGUGACAGGAGUGAUUCAGGAAAAUACAGCCUCAGUCUGACCAACAGCAGUGGCUCUGUGUCUGAGUUUGUUGUCGUCAAAGUCCUGGAUACACCUGGAGCCCCACAGAAUCUUGUGGUUAAAGAUGUGAAAAAGGACUCUGUCACUCUUGUAUGGGAUGUUCCACUGAUUGAUGGGGGUUCCAAAACUAAGAACUAUGUCAUUGACAAACGUGAAUCAACCAAAAAAGCGUAUUCAAAUGUGUCCGCUAAAUGCACCAAGACAACAUUCAAAGUUGAGAACCUAAUUGAAGGUGCUAUGUAUUACUUCAGAAUCAUGGCUGAGAAUGACUAUGGGGUCGGCCAAGCUGUUGAAACAAAGCAAGCUUCCAAAGCCUCUGAGGUCCCACAACCUGUUCGAAAAGUCUUCCUCACUGAUGUCACCAAGGCCAGUGCCUCACUGGCCUGGGAGAAACCAGAGCAUGAUGGAGGCAGUAGAAUUGGUGGCUACCUAAUUGAGAUGCAGCCUAAGGGUACAGAUAAAUGGGGAGUUGCAACAAAUACAAAGACAUGCGAGGGCACUGCCAAAGGACUCACAGCUGGGACAGCAUACCUAUUCCGUAUUAUUGCUUACAAUGAGAAGGGUAAGAGUGAACCAGUGGCACUUGCUGCACCUGUUAUUGCCAGUGACAUGACUGUGGAGCCAAGCAUUAAGAUGCAAUUCAACACUUACAGUGUUUUGUCUGGAAAAGACCUGAAGUUGGAAUUCCCUGUGCUUGGCAGGCCCAAACCUAGAGUCACCUGGACCAAGGAUGGUGAGCCUUUAAAGGUGACAUCCAGAAUCAAUGUGGUAAACACUCCAGCAACAACAGCAAUUCAGAUUACUGAGGCAUGCAAAGAUGACUUAGGAAAAUACUCCAUUACAGCGACCAAUGCUGCUGGUACAAUCACUGAGGAUGUGGCUGUCAUUAUCCUUGACAAGCCCGGUGCACCAACAGGUCCAAUCAAGAUUGUUGAAGUGAGCAACACCUUUGUCCAUCUUGCCUGGGAGCCCCCAGUUUACACAGGUGGAUGCCAAGUGAAGAACUAUAUUGUAGAGAAGAGAGAUACGACCACCACAACAUGGCAGUCAGUCACCACACAGCUUGCUAGAACCGCCCUCAAAGUCACCAAGCUGAAGACUGGUGCUGAAUACCAGUUCAGAAUUAUAGCUGAAAACAGAUAUGGAAAAGGUGCUUCCCUGGACUCCAAGUCCAUUGUCGUACAAUAUCCAUACAAAACACCAGGGCCUCCUGGAACACCAAAUGUCCAAUCCGCCACAAAGGAAAUGAUGAUCAUUGAAUGGAAUGAGCCAGUCAAUGAUGGUGGAAGUUCAGUCAUUGGUUACCAUCUGGAAAGCAAAGAGAGAAACAGCAUCCUGUGGAACAAACUGAACAAGACUCUCAUCACUGAUACUCAGUUCAAGAUCUGUAACCUCGAGGAGGGUAUAGGAUACGAAUUCAGAGUUUAUGGUGAAAACAUUGUUGGUAUUGGUAGAUGCAGUAAAGUGUCAGAGUCCUAUGUGGCUCGUGACCCAUGUGAUCCUCCAGGUGCUCCGGAAGCUGUUUCUAUUUGUAAGAAUCUGAUCAAGAUUCAGUGGACCAAACCUCAGUACGAUGGUGGCAGCAAAGUAAAUGGAUAUAUUGUGGAAAGGAAAGAUGUUUCCUCCCCCGAUGGACGCUGGGUCAGAUCUAACUUCACUAAUAUAAUUGAGACAGAGUAUACCACCACUGGUCUGACAGAGAAGGAGCAAUAUGAAUUUAGAGUUAUUGCAAGAAAUGCAGCAGGAGUCUUCAGUGAACCAUCCGACAGCUCUGGUCCUAUUACUGCUACUGAUGAAAUUGAACCACCAACGGCCUCAAUGGAUCCCAAAUACAAGGAUGUCAUUAUUGUUAAUGCUGGAGAACACUUGGUUCUUGAUGCAGACAUUCAUGGAAAACCACUUCCAGAUGUUGCCUGGCUAAAAGAGGGCAAGGAAAUGGAUAAAGCCCUGCGCAUUGAACUGAAAACUACACAGAAGCGUGCAGCCAUGACCAUUAAGGAUGUAACCAAGCUUGACAGUGGUCACUAUGACCUUGUGCUCAAAAAUCUAGGUGGUACCAAAACCUUCCCUAUCACUGUCAAAGUUCUUGAUAAACCAGGUCCACCCACUGGACCCAUGAAAGUGACAGGGGUCCUGGCUGACAGGUGUAUCCUUUCCUGGUCUGAGCCAGCUCUGGAUGGUGGGGCCAGUGUCAUUCACUACGUCUUGGAGAAGAGGGAGACUAGCAGGUUGUCAUGGACAGUGGCUGCACCAAAUAUCAAGGGUCUGUACCAUAAAGUAACAAAUUUGCUCCCUGGAAAUGAAUACAUCUUCAGAGUCAGAGCAGUGAACAAAUAUGGUAUUGGUGAUUGUCUGGAAAGUGAACCCACAAUUGCAUGCAAUCCGUACAAGCCACCCAGUGCCCCUGGAACUCCCGAAGCCAGUCAGAUCACAAAGGACUCCAUGGUUCUCUCAUGGACCACCCCCGAACAGAAUGGUGGAGCUGAUAUUGAAGGCUACCACCUUGAAAAACGUGACAAAGAUAGUGUAAGGUGGACAAAAUGCAACAGACAAAAGCUGACGGACACCCACUUCAAGGUCACAGGUCUGAUGACGGAUCACUUCUAUGAGUACCAUGUUGCUGCUGAAAAUCAGGCUGGAAUAGGUGACCUCAGUGAACUGUCCCUCUCCUACAGAGCAUGUGAUGCUACAACACCCCCUGCGCCUCCACACCAUCCUAAAGUGACAGACUACACUAAGUCUUCCGUGUCUUUGUCAUGGGGGAAACCUGACUUUGAUGGAGGCGCAUACAUCAAGGGCUACCUUGUUGAAAUGAGGGAGUCAACUGAAAAAGAAUGGACUAUUUGCACUCCACCCACUGGUAUUCAAGCCACUAAACUCACCAUCACAGACCUGAAGGAGGGUGGAGAGUACCAGUUCCGUGUCUGUGCUAUCAACUCUGAGGGUGUUGGGGAGGCUGCUAAUGUCAGUGGCACUGUGCUUACAUCUGAUAGAGUGGAAGCACCAGAGAUUGAGCUGGAUGCUGCUCUCAGAAAAGUGGUAUCUGUCCGUGCUGGUGGAACUCUGCGUCUGUUUGUCGCCAUUAGAGGACGGCCUGAACCUGCGGUUAAAUGGGAAAAAGUUGAGAGUACUCUCACAGAGCGUGCCGCAAUCGACACAACCAGUUCUUACACGAUGCUUGUCAUUGACAACGUCAACCGCUUUGACAGUGGGAAAUACUCGCUUUCCCUGGAGAACAGCAGCGGUACAAAAUCAGCGUUUGUUGCAGUGAGGAUUUUGGAUUCACCAAGCGCACCACAAAACUUUGGUGUGAAGGAGCUCAAGAAGGAUUCAGUGACUCUUGCCUGGGAUACUCCACUCACUGAUGGUGGAUCUAAAAUCACAAACUACAUUGUAGAGAAGAGAGAGUCUGUCAGGAAGGCCUACACUACCGUAACCAGCAACUGCAUAGCCAACUCAUUUAAGAUUGAGGAGCUACCUGAGGGUGGAACUUUCUACUUCAGAGUCUGUGCUGCUAAUGAAUAUGGCCUAGGACAGAUGGUUGAAACCAAAGAAAUCAAAGUAUCUGAGGUACCUCUGCCACCAAGCAAGGUUACCCUUGUAGAUUUGACAAAGACCAGCGUAUCAUUGGCAUGGAACAAACCUGCCCAUGAUGGUGGAAGCAAGGUGAUGUGUUACAAUGUAGAAUUUAUGCCCAAGAGUGGAGAUAAAUGGGGCACAGCCUGCACAGUCAAGGUGCCUGAAGCAAAUAUUCCUAAUCUGACUCCUAAUGAAGUCUAUUUAUUCAGAGUUGUUGCAAUCAAUGAGAAAGGAAAGAGUGAGCCGAAGGAUCUGGGCUUGCCUGUGGUUGCAAAGGAUGUUGCAAUUGAGCCCUCAGUUAACUUACUUUUUACUACAUACAGUGUGAAGGCUGGGGAUGACCUCACUCUUGAGGUUCCUGUAAGAGGCAGGCCAAAGCCUGUUGUAUCCUGGAAGAAAGAUGGUCUUCCUUUAAAACAAACAUCAUCAGUCACCAUCUUAAACACUGCAACCUCAUCCAAAAUACUCCUCAAAGAAGCUAGCAGAGAACACGUUGGCAAAUAUGCUAUCACCCUGGCCAACACAGGAGGAACUGUCACCACAGAUAUUGCUGUAGUUGUCCUUGAUAAACCAGGUCCACCCAAUGGUAUUAAGGUUGAUGCUGUGACCUCAGACAGCAUCACACUGUCCUGGUCCCCACCAGAUUAUGAUGGUGGCUGCUCCAUCAGUAACUAUAUUGUAGAGAAGAGAGACACAAACACACAAGAAUGGCAAAUGGUUGCAAGUAAUGUUGCCAGAACAAGUUACAAGGCUGGCCGCCUCACACAUGGUGCAGAAUACCAAUUCCGUAUCUAUGCUGUCAACCGUUAUGGAAAGAGUACGUAUCUGGAUUCACCUGGAAUUUUUGCGCAGUAUAACUUCAAACAACCUGGACCUCCUUCCACGCCCAUUGUUAAAUUGGCCACCAAGUCCUACAUGUUGGUGACCUGGAAUGAGCCAGUCAAUGAUGGUGGAAGUUCUGUUCUGGGCUACCAUCUGGAGAGAAAGGAGCGUUCCAGCAUUCUGUGGACAAAGAUGAACAGAGGAAUGAUUAAAGAUACAGAAUACAAAGUCAAUGGAAUUGAAGAGGGCAUGAUGUAUGAAUACCAUGUUUAUGCUGAAAAUAUUGCUGGCAUUGGUAAAUGUAGCAAAGCUUGUGAAGCUGUAGCAGCCAGAGAUCCAUGUGAUCCCCCAGGCACACCUGUGGUCACUGCUGUUACCAGAACAUCUGUCUCCCUUUCUUGGGAAAAACCAGGGUAUGAUGGGGGAGCAAAGGUUUCUGGCUACUCCAUUGAACGCAGAGAUCUUCCAGAAGGACGCUGGACAAGGUGCAACUUUACCAAUGUGCCAGAGACCCACUAUGAUGUGACAGGCCUAACAGAAAAUAGCCAGUAUGACUUCCGUGUCAUUGCUAAGAAUGCGGCUGGAUUGUUCAGUGAACCAUCUGACAACACAGGUUCCAUCACUGUCAAGGAUGAUGUGGAUCCACCACGCAUCAUGAUGGAUGUAAAGUUUAGAGAGACAGUGUUAGUGAAAGCAGGUGAAACUCUGAAGAUUAAUGCUGACUUGGCCGGGCGUCCUGCUCCUGUCAUCUCCUGGACGAAGGAUGGCAAAGAUAUUGAGUUGAGAGCCAGAAUCCAAGUAGUCUCUACAGAUACCAGCACUUCUGUCAUUGUUAAGGACUGCAUCAGAACAGAUUCUGGAAAGUAUGCCCUGACUCUACAAAAUAUUGCCGGAAAAGUUACGAUGCCAAUAGACUGUGUAAUUAUUGAUAAGCCCGGACCCUCAGCAGGACCGCUGCAGAUUACAGGUCUCACAGCUGAGCAGUGCACCCUGUCAUGGGGUCCUCCUCAGGAGAUUGGUGGUGCUGAUAUCACACAUUAUAUUGUUGAGAAGCGUGAGACCAGUCGCUUGGCAUGGACACUGGUGAAGGAAGACAUCUCAAAAACAUACCUCAAAGUUACCGGAUUGCUAAAGGGCAAUGAAUAUGUCUUCAGGGUUUUGGCUGUCAACAAGCAUGGACGUGGUGAGGCUCUGGAGAGUGAUACUGUAAAGGUCACAGAUCCAUACACUUUUGCAACUGCCCCAGCUAAUGUUGAUGUCACAAACAUAACUGGAGAUUCAAUGACCCUCACCUGGUGCAAGCCAGCCAGUGAUGGAGGCAGUCCCAUUACUGGAUAUGUAAUUGAGCGACGCGAGAAGACAGGAAUGCGUUGGGUCAGAGUGAUCAGAGAUCCAGUUGUUGAAUGUACCAGUGUAGCAACCAAACUGCGCAAGGGUUGUGAGUAUGACUUCAGAGUCUAUACUGAAAAUGCUGCUGGUCUGAGUCCUCCAAGUGAACCAUCUGCAACAUUUAGAGCAACUGAUCCUCUGGUCGUUCCCUCACGCCCAACCAGGCCAAAACCUGUCAGUUCAACCAAGGAAACCGUGUCCAUUGUCUGGAAACCACCAACAAAUGAUGGUGGUGCUCCCAUCCUUGGAUACAGUGUUGAAUACAGAGAAUGGGUUGAAGCUAUCCCUCUUACUAAGAGCUUGGAAUUCACAAUCACAGGACUAAAGACUGACACAGAAUACGAAUUCUGUGUCAAGGCACUAAACAAAGUUGGCAGUAGUGUGCGCAGUCCAUAUUCAGAUGCAGGUGUAGCAAUGGACAGAACUGCAGAGCCAUCAUUUGAUGUUGAUAUUGAGAUGCGUAAAGUACUUAGUGUUAAGCAUGGCACAGCAUUUACUCUAAAUGUUCCAUUCAAGGGAAAACCUGUGCCAUCAGUGGAAUGGGCCAAGGAGGGUGUUGAUCUUAAAGUCAGGGGAACCAUUGAAUCAACAGAUUCUACCACUUCCCUGACCAUUGAGAAGUCCAGCAGAAAUGACUCCGGCGAGUACAGUGUCACAAUAGAAUCCCCACUGGGAAAAGCAACAUUGCCUGUGGUUGUCAAGGUGCUUGACUCUCCUGGCCCCCCUGUCAAUGUUAAAGUGUCAGCAGUUACUAGGGAUUCAGCAACCCUCACUUGGGAAGCUCCAGAGAACGACGGUGGUGAUGCAGUGAAGGUCUAUCAUGUUGAGAAACGUGAAGCCAGUAAGAAGGCCUGGGUGUCUGUGACCAGCAACUGCCGUGCACUGACUUACAAGGUGGAAGCCUUGCAGGAAGGAGCCAUCUAUUACCUGAGAAUUAUUGGAGAAAAUGAGCAUGGAGUCGGUGUCCCUCAGGAGGCCAAGGCUGGAACCAAGAUUACAGAGGCACCAAGUCCGCCCAUGAAACUUGGAGUUGCUAAUGUUACCAAGGACAGCAUCACAAUUGCCUGGACCAGACCAGAGUAUGAUGGUGGUAGCAGAGUUACUGGUUACCUUAUUGAUGCUCUGGAGAAAGGACAGACCAAGUGGGUGAAGUGUGCCACUGUGAGGACCAUGACUCACACUAUCAAGAGCCUAAGGGAGAAUGCUGAGUACUUCUUCAGAGUGCGAGCUGAGAACCAUGCUGGACUCAGUGAACCCAAAGAGAUGAUCGUACCAAUUAUUGUCAAGGAAAUACAAGAGGCGCCAGAGUUUGACCUGACGAACUACCCAAAGGGUACAGUUUAUGUUAAAGAAGGAUCCGACCUGACCUUUGAGAUUCCUCUCACUGGAAGGCCCAUGCCUAAAGUGACCAUGUCCAAGAACAAUGUUGUCAUCAAGGGAUCGAAGAGGCUGCUGACAGAUGUGACACCAGACAGCUUGAUCAUCACUCUAAAGGAAAGCAUUGCAAGUGAUGCUGGCAAAUAUGAAAUCACUGCCUCAAAUGUGGGAGGUACAACAAAGAUCUCCGUUAUCUUCGUUGUGUUGGCCAGACCCGGCCCCGCUAGUCAAAUUGAGAUAGGAGAAAUUGGCGAGACAACGGUGUGUCUGAAAUGGGCACCUCCAGAAUAUGAUGGUGGCAGUCCUGUUACUAACUACAUCGUUCUGAAGCGUGAAACCAGCACCCCCAACUGGGCCGAAGUCUCAACUAGUAUUGCCAGAAGUGUGAUCAAGGUGUCUAAGCUGACCAAGGGAGAGGAGUAUCAGUUCAGAAUCAAGGCUCAAAAUCGUUUUGGUGUCAGUGACCACAUUGACAGCAAAUCGGUCCUGAUCAAGCUUCCAUACACCAUCCCUGGACCUCCAUCCACACCUUGGAUCAGCUUUGUAUCGAGGGAGAACCUGACAAUCUGCUGGAAUGAGCCAGUAACUGAUGGUGGAAACCCUGUGAUAGGGUAUCAUCUCCAGAUGAAGGAGAGGAGCAGCAUCCUCUGGCAGAAGAUCAAUAAGACAGCGAUCCCAGCAAACCAGUGGCGAGUUGCAAACAUCUGCCCUGGCCACAUCUAUGAGUUCAAGGUGGCAGCUGAAAAUGCCGCUGGUAUUGGAAAGCUCAGCAAGACCUCUGAGGAGGUGCUUGCUAUUGAUGCCUGCGAGCCUCCAGCAAACCUCCACAUCACAGAAGUCACCAAGAACUCAGUCAGCUUGGCCUGGCAGAGGCCUCCAUAUGAUGGGGGCAGCAAGAUUACCGGCUACAGUUUGGAGAGAAGGGAAGCCGCCAGUGGAAGAUGGGUGAAAGCCAACUUUACCAAUAUUAUUGAAAUGGGUUUCACUGUAUCUGGACUCAAUCAGGAUGAGUCUUAUGAGUUCAGAGUGUAUGCCAGGAAUGCUGUUGGUUCUGUCAGCAACCCAUCCCUGAUUGCUGGCCCAGUCACUUGUGUCGACUCAUGUGGUGCACCAGCCAUUGACCUUCCUCCAGAGUAUCUUGAUGUGGUUCAGUACAAGGUUGGAGUUUCAGUUAAGCUCAAAGUGGGAAUUAUUGCCAAACCUCUGCCAACCAUUGAGUGGCUCAAGAAUGGAAAUGAGCUGGUAGCAACCUCUUCCAUGUCUGUGGAAAGUACAACAGACUCUUCUGCUGUUCUAAUCAAGGAUGCAAGUCGCUUCGACUCAGGCUCUUAUGAGGUCAAGAUCAAGAAUGUUCUCGGAUCGGCAUCUGCUACCAUCAGGAUUGAAAUCCUAGACAAACCUGGACCUCCAGCCGGCAACAUUAACUUCAACUCCAUCACUGCAGACAAUAUCCUCUUCAGCUGGGAAUCUGUGCCUGAGUCUGACCAGGGAGGUUCUAAGGUGACCCACUAUAUUGUCGAGAGGCGUGAAACCAGCCGAGUGGUCUGGUCCACUGUGUCAGACAAGCACGAGCAGACAUAUGUCAGCGUUGGCAAGCUGGUGCGUGGAAAUGAAUAUGUGUUCCGCGUCAUGGGUGUUAAUAAGUAUGGAGUUGGAGAGUCACUGGAGUCCGAGCCUGUCGUCGCUAAGAAUUCCUUUGUGACUCCUGGCCAGCCUCGUACUCCUGAGGUGAACAUCAUCACCAAGUCCACAAUGGUGGUAGAAUGGGACAAACCAGGUGUAGAUGGAGGCAGCACCGUGUAUGGCUACUAUCUGGAGAGACGUGACAAGAAGAGCUUGCGCUGGAUCAGAGUUUACAAAGACCCUGUCACUGAUAUCAAACAGACCGUGUACCACCUGACAGAAGGAAACGAGUACCAGUAUCGGGUCUGUGCCAUUAACAAGGCAGGAGAGGGUCCGUUCUCUGAUGCUUCAGACUGCUACAAGGCGGCCGACCCAGUUGAUCCACCAUAUGAGCCUUGCAAGCUGAAGGUGGUGGACUCCACCAAGACAUCUAUCACCUUGGGCUGGUCCAAGCCAGAAUGGGAUGGUGGCAGUGAGGUCACCAGCUACAUGGUGGAGAAGCUCGUCGAGGGAGAGGCCGAAUGGGCUAUGAUUACCUCUAAGGGAGAGGUCAAGACAAAAGAGUACACAGUUCAUGAACUAAAACCAGACGUCAACUACUUCUUCAGAGUAUCUGCUGUCAACUGUGCUGGCCGUGGAGAACCUCUGGAGAUGACAGAACCUGUGCAGGCUAAAGAUAUCCUCGAGGAGGCUCAGAUUGACUCAGACGUGGCCAUGAGGACUCACUACAUUGUAAAGGCUGGCAAGGAUGUGGAGCUAUCUGUUCCUCUGAAAGGCCGACCUUCUCCCACUGCUUCAUGGAGCAUGGGAGACGAAUGCAUCGAUCGUAACCCCAAAUAUGAGUUCCACCACUCAGACACAACCACAGUCCUCGUUAUGCGUGAGGUGACCAGGCUUGACACUGGAAAGUACACAGUCAGGAUAGAAAAUGGUGUGGGAGAAGCCAAGACUCUAACCCUGUCUGUGAAAGUCCAGGACACCCCAGCUCAGUGCAAGAACCUGGUGCUGAAGGACGUGACCCGUGGAAAGGUUACUCUCUGCUGGGAGCCUCCACUCCUCGACGGUGGCGCCGAGAUCACAAACUACAUUGUUGAGAAGAGGGACUCCUCCAAGAGAUCCUUCUCUGCAGUGACAAGCAAAUGCACAGACACAACAUACACUAUGGAAGAUCUGUCUGAGAAAACCUCCUUCUUCUUCCGUGUGUUAGCAGAGAAUGAGAACGGUGUUGGUGAUCCAUGUGAAACACUUGAGCCUGUGAAGGCCACAGAGACUCCAGGACCAGUCAAGGAGGUCUCCAUGAAGGAUUCAUCAAAGACCUCUGUCACUCUGCAGUGGCUGAAGCCUGAUUACGAUGGUGGCAGCAUCAUCUCGGACUACGUCAUUGAGAUGAAGCUUAAAGGCGAGGAAUGGUCAUCGGGAGGAACCAGCAGACAAUGUGAGUUUGAGGUCAAGAAACUCAAGGAGCACUCAGACAUGUUCUUCAGAGUGGCUUCCAGGAAUGAGAAGGGACAGGGAGAUUUUGUUGAGACUGGACCAAUCAAGGUCAUUGACUACAUCAUCACACCUGAGGCAAGCCUUGCGGAGUACCCAGAUGGCAGAGUCAGUGUUCGCCUGGGUCACAAUGUGCACAUUGAGUUGCCAUACAAAGGUAAACCCAGACCGGCGAUUCUGUGGCUGAAAGACAAUCUGCCGCUGAAGGAGAGCGACCAAGUUCGCUUCAAGAAGACAGAAAACAAAGCCACUCUGAUGAUAAAGAAUGUGAAGAAGGAGAAUGAGGGUAAAUACACCCUGACCCUGGACAAUAAGGUCAACAGGAGAUCGUUCCACAUUCAUGUCAUCACACUUGGACCACCAUCGAAGCCUGUUGGCCCCAUCCGACUGGAUGAAGUGAGAGCUGAGAGCAUAAUGAUCUCCUGGGAUGAACCAAAUGAUGACGGUGGUGGAGAUAUCAGCUGCUACACUGUGGAGAAGCGUGAUACGUCCCUGUCUGACUGGAAGAUGGCUUGCUCCAGUGUAGAAGACACUCAAUUUAAGCUCUCCAACCUGAUCAAGGGUGUCCAGUAUCAGUUCAGAGUUUGUGCUGAGAACAGAUAUGGAGUCAGUGAAGCUCUGAUCUCACAGAUGGUCAUCGCCAAGCACCAGUUCAGGCCUCCAGGCCCACCAGGCAAGCCUGUGGUCUACAAUGUCACCAACGAUGGAAUGACCAUCCAGUGGGAGCAGCCCAUCUAUGACGGUGGCACCCCCAUUCAGGGCUUCCAUGUGGAGAAGAAGGAGAAGAACAGCAUCAUGUGGCAAAAGGUGAACACGAUGCUGAUAAAAGAAACCGACUACAGGAUUUUGGAACUCAUUGAAGGCCUUGAGUACUCCUUCAGGGUCUACGCCCAGAAUGAUGCUGGCUUCAGCCGAAUGAGUGAUGAGAGCAAGUCGACCAUGGCUGUCAGUCCUGUUGAUCCUCCUGGUCAGCCCGACUACACGGAUGUGACCAGUGACUCCAUUACCCUGAAGUGGGAUGCACCCAAACGUGAUGGUGGUAGCAAAAUUACCGGUUACAACAUUGAGAAACGCCAGGGACAUGGUCGCUGGUUCAAGGCCAACUUGACCGACGUACAUGAUUGCCAGUACGCUGUCACUGGGUUGGCGACAAAUGAACGCUACGAGUUCAGAGUCAUCGCCAGGAAUGCCAUUGGCGUUGUCAGUCCUCCUUCCAACUCCUCUGGCUUGAUUGUUGUCAGGAGUGAGAACGCUUCUCCAAAUAUUGAGUUUGGUCCAGAGUACUUUGAGGGUUUGACAGUCAAGGCAGGAGACCACAUCAGGCUGAAGGUCACCAUCACUGGACGUCCAGUCCCCAAGGUCAUCUGGUAUAGAGACAGUGUGCAGGUUACCAAAAAGAUGAUGGAUAUUAUCAAUGUAGCUGGAUCCACUACCCUGUUUGUCAGGGAUGCUGACCGCACGCACCGUGGCCUCUACACUGUGGAGGCCACCAAUGGAUCUGGAUGCAGGAAGGAGAACAUCCUUGUUCAAGUCCAAGACACACCCGGGGAGCCAGUGGGACCCAUCACUUUCAGUAACAUCUCAGAGGGCAGGUGCACUCUGUCCUGGAACCCACCAGAGAACGACGGCUGCUCUGAGAUUUCACAUUACAUCAUUGAGAAACGUGAGACUGCCAAGAUCUCGUGGGCCUUGGUGUCUGAUGAAUGUGAGGAGUGCGUGUUCGAAGCGUCCAAGCUCAUCAAGACCAAUGAGUACCAGUUCAGAGUCUCUGCUGUCAACAAGUUCGGAGUAGGCAGACCUUUGGAAUCCAGCCCUGUCAUUGCACAGAUGCAGUACACUGCUCCUGAAGCUCCAGGAACUCCCGAUGCCACUGAGGUGACAGGAGAGAGCAUCACUCUCUCAUGGGCACCUCCAACAGCCGAUGGAGGAAACUCCAUUCAGUACUACAUUGUGGAGAAACGAGAAAAGAAGACUGUCCGGUUCUACAAGGUGAUUACCAAGAAGCCCAUUAUCGAAUGUGCUCACAAGGUGCUUCACCUGACAGAGGAUACAGAAUAUGAGUUCCGUGUCAUGGCCGUGAAUGAUGCUGGUGUUGGAGCUCCGAGCAACAUCUCGAUGCCGAUUAAAGCCGCGGAACCAAAGGAUAUUCCUUGUGCUCCCUCUGUGGUCUGUGUCUCGGACUCCAGCAACACAUCCAUCAGUCUGGAAUGGAGCAGGCCUGCAGAUGAUGGAGGUUUGGACGUCCUGGGCUACAUUAUUGAGAUGGUGAAGGGAGAAGACACCGAAUGGAAGAGAGCAAAUACAGAGCUGGUGGCAGAAACGAAUUACACAGUGACUGGUCUCCAGACAGGAGUUGAUUAUAGAUUCCGUGUGGCAGCUGUCAAUCACGUGGGCAGAGGUGAGGAGAAGGAGACUCCAGAGCCGACUCAGGCUGUUGACAGGCUUAUGCCACCACAGGUGGAUAUUGACGCCACCUUCAAGCAGACACACAUUGUGAAGGCUGGAGGUUCAGUGUGCCUGGCCGUCAACUUCAGAGGAAAACCCAUCCCCACAGCCACCUGGGUGAGAGAGGAAGGAGAGCUGGGUGCCAUGUCAGAAAUCACCACUACAGACGGCUACAGUUCCCUGACCAUUGAAAACUGCUCUAGAAAUAACACAGGAAAAUACACUGUUAACCUGGAGAAUGCCAGCGGCAGCAAGGCCAUUACGUUCACUGUAAAGGUGAUGGACACACCUGGAGCUCCACAGGCUGUGGUCCUCCAGGAGGUAUCCAGAGGCUCUGUCACACUUACAUGGGAGCCUCCUCUCAAUGAUGGGGGAGCUCGAAUCCAUCACUAUAUUGUUGAGAGGCGUGAGGCCAGCCGUCGCACGUGGCAGCAGUCUGGGGGCAAGUGCAAGCAGCACAUCCUGAAGAUCCAGGACCUGCUGGAGGGAGUGCCGUACUUCUUCAGAGUGUCUGCAGAGAACCAGCAUGGUGUUGGUGAAGCAUUUGAACGGACUGAGCCAGUCAUUGCCACUGCAGAGCCAGCGUCUCCAAAGAGAAUGGACAUCCUGGACACCACAGACAGCUCUGUGUCACUGGGCUGGCUGAAACCUGAGCACGAUGGCGGCAGCCGCAUCCAGUGCUACGUGGUCGAGGCAAAGCCAAAGGGUACGGACAAAUGGGUUGUGGUUGGUAACACCAAGAGCCUCACGUAUGUGAUUGAAAAGCUCAACAAGGGCGAUGAGUAUGACUUCCGUGUGAAGGCCAAGAAUGAAGCCGGCUACAGCAAGCCCAGGGAAACUUUGGCUCCUGUGUUGGUCAAAGAGCCUCAUAUUGAACCAGCUGCUGACCUCAGUGAGAUCACCAACCAGCUGAUCACAUGCAGCUCCGGCAAAACCUUCACCAUCGAUGUUCCCACCAGUGGUAGACCUGCUCCUAAAGUCACCUGGAAGCUGGAGGAAAUGAGGCUGAAGAGCUCAGACAGAGUCUCCAUUGAAGUAACAAAGGACCGAACCAGUAUCUCAGUCAAAGAGGCCAUGAGAGGAGAUGGUGGUAAAUACUACCUGACUCUGGAGAAUGUGGCAGGAACCAGGACUUUCACUAUUGAAGUGAAUGUCACCGGUAGACCCAGUCCUCCAACUGGUCCCAUCGAAAUCUCUUCCAUAACCUCUGAGUCCUGCGUCGUUAAUUGGGAACCACCGGAGGAUGAUGGCGGCACUGACAUCACCAACUACAUUGUUGAGAAACGUGAGUCUGGUUCCACAGCCUGGCAGCUCAUCAAUUCCAGUGUGAAACGCACCAGUCUCCAUGUCAGUCACCUGACCAAGUACAUGCAGUACACAUUCAGAGUCUCUGCUGAGAAUAUAUUCGGUGUCAGCAAACACACCGAGUCUGAGACCAUCGUUGCGGAGCAUCCUUUCACACCUCCUGGCCCUCCAACAAGGCCUUCAGUGUUCAAUGCCACUGCCAACACAAUGACCAUGAAGUGGGAGGAACCCUACCAUGAUGGUGGCAGCAAAGUGACAGGCUACUGGAUUGAGAAGAAAGAGAGGAACAAUAUCCUGUGGGUGAGGGAGAAUAAGAUCCCUUGCUUUGAGUGUUACUAUAAGAUGGAAGGUCUAGUUGAAGGCCUGGAGUACCAGUUCAGGGUUUAUGCCAUGAACAGUGGUGGGCUGAGCAAAGCCAGUGAGGCCUCGAAAGGAGCAGUUGCGCAAAACCCAGUUGAUUCUCCAAGUAAACCAGAGGUCACAAAUGUUACAAGAACCACAGUCUCCCUCAAGUGGUCUGCUCCACUGAACGAUGGUGGCAGUCCCAUUGUGGGCUACAUCAUCGAGCGUAAGCCGUACACUUUGACCGGUGAGGGCCGCUGGCUCAAGUGUAACUACACCAACGUGACCGACAACUUCUACACUGUUACUGCCCUGGGAGAAGGAGAGCCCUAUGAGUUCAGAGUCAUUGCCAAGAAUGCCAACCAGGUCUUCAGUCGGCCAUCCGAGUCCACUGGAUCUGUGCAGUGCAAGACAGACUUUGAGCCUCCAAAGGCCCAGCUGGACAGCAAACUCUUGUCUGAAACCGUGAUGGUCAGAGCUGGUUCAGACCUGGUUCUGGACGCUGCAGUGGGAGGCAGGCCGGACCCCAAAGCUUUCUGGUCUAAGGGCAACAGGGACCUGGACUUGUGUGAAAAGUACAACCUGCAGUACACCCCCACAAGGGCCAUGGCUAUAAUCAAAUUCUGUGACAGAGAUGACACUGGAAAGUACAUCCUCACGGUCAGGAACGUGAGUGGAACCAAGACUGCUGAGGUCAACGUCAAAGUGCUUGAUACACCUGGAGCGUGUGAAGGCAGCAUUGAAAUCAGCAAAAUCACACAGGAGUCAUGCGCCCUGAGCUGGAAGCCUCCACUAGAGGACGGCGGUGACGAUGUCGCUCACUACAUUGUGGAGAGAAGGGACACCAACAGGCUGAACUGGGUCAUCAUGCAUGCAGAGUGCAAGGAGCUGACCUGUGACAUCACAGGGUUGUUCAAGAACACUGAGUACCUGUUCAGAAUCCGGGGAGUCAACAAGUACGGAGCUGGAGUUCCCAUGCAGUCAGAAGCCAUGGUCGCCAGAAACACGUUCACUGUGCCAACUCCUCCUGGUGGUCCAGAGAUCCUAGUAUCAGGAAAGGACUUUGCCACCAUCGAGUGGCUGAAGCCAGAGAGUGACGGUGGCAGCCCAUUGAUCCACUACCUGGUGGAAAGGCGUGAGAGAAAGAGUGCCCGCUGGGUGAAGGUAAACAGGGAUGGAGCUCACCUAGACACCAUGCUGAAGGUGUCUGGUUUGACCGAAGGCAACAUCUACCAGUUCAGAGUGACUGCCAUCAACAAGGCUGGAGAGAGUGAAGCCAGCGAGGUUUCUCUGUAUGUCGUCUGCAGAGUGCCAACAUGCACCCCCGCCCCUCCCUCUAUCCCUCGUAUCACUGACACCCACGCGGACAGCAUCAGCUUGGCCUGGGCCCGACCGGUGGAGGACGGAGGAGCUGAUGUGAUCGGCUACAUUCUGGAGAUGAAGGAGGCCGGAGCAGAGGAGUGGAAGAAGGCCCACGAAAAGACCCUUCGUGCUGCUGAGUAUGUGGUGACCGGACUUUCUGCAGGCAAGAAAUACUGCUUCAGAGUGGCUGGCAUCAACGUCAACGGUACGGGAGACUGGAGUGAACCCUGUUCUGAGACGGAACCAGUGGAGAGGAUUGAAAUUCCUGACUUCGAGCUCCACGAUGACCUUAAGAAGACCAUCUGCCUCCGCGCUGGAGGCUCCCUCCGCCUAUUUGUCAGUGUCAGCGGUCGUCCCAAUCCUGCCAUCUCCUGGAGCAAGCCAGAUGUCGACCUUCACAACAGAGGCUUCAUCGAGGUCACCAAUACGUCCACCACACUCAUCAUCGACAAGGUCAACCGCUACGAUGCGGGCAAGUACACACUGAUAGCUGAGAACUCUGCAGGCAAACAAGAAGUCAACAUCCUGGUCAAGGUCUAUGAUACUCCUGGACCAACUGGACCACUCAAAAUCAAGGAGCUGAACAAAGAUUCUGCCACCAUCUCUUGGGAAGCACCAACUGUAGAUGGUGGUGCUCCCGUCAACAACUACAUCAUAGAGAGGCGUGAGGCCUCAAUGAGAGCCUACAAGACGGUGACGUCCAAGUGCAGCAAGACGUCCUAUAAGAUAGAUGGCCUGAUGGAAGGCAUGCUGUACUACUUCCGGGUUCUCCCUGAGAACAUCUAUGGAAUCGGAGAACCCCGCGAGACACCUGACGUCAUCCUGGUGUGCGAGGUGCCUUUGCCACCUAACAAGCUGGAAGUAGUCGAUGUCACCAAGAGCACUGUUACCCUGGGAUGGCAGAAGCCUGAGCAUGAUGGUGGCAGCAGACUGAUAGGCUACAUGAUUGAGGCCUGCAAGUUCGGCACUGACAAGUGGAUGAAGGUGGCCACACUGAAGCUCACAGACUUUGAGCACACCAUUGAGAAGCUGAAUGAGCAUGAACAGUAUUUGUUCAGACUCAGAGCAAUCAACAGCAGAGGAGCCAGUGAGCCCAAAGAGCUUCUCACCGCGGUCACUGUGCAGGAACAGAGAGUGAUGCCCGUUGUGGACUUUUCCAGUUGUCCUCAGAAGGUUGUCAAUGUCCUCGCUGGCAAGACUCUGGAGCUGGACCUGCCCCUCAUUGGCAGACCUCCUCCUGUCUGCUCUUGGUACUUGCGGGACAACAAGAUGAAAGUUACUGACCGUGUCAAGAUCAAGAGCACCGGCAAGUUCUCCAAACUCACUGUGUCCGACACCACCAUCGAUGACACCGCUGACUACACCCUCGAGGUGAAGAAUGCAGUUGGCGUCCUCACGGAGGUCAUCAAGGUCAUCAUCCUGUCUAAACCCGAUGAACCAAAGGGACCCAUCAGAUUUGAUGAGAUUGAUGCCACCACCGUCACCUGCAGCUGGGACCCUCCAGUCAGAGAUGGUGGCGCUCCCGUCAGUGGCUACGUGGUCGAGAAGCGUGAUGCUCACAGACCUGGCUGGUUGCCUGUCUGUGACUCUGUUAGCCGACCCACUUUCAAGUUUGAAAACCUGAAUGAGGGAGAUGAGUAUGUCUUCCGUGCAGCUGCCAUGAAUCGUUAUGGCACUGGAGAGUUCCUACAGUCCGACAUUGUCACCUGCAGGAGCUUGAAUGAUGUGCCUGGACCUCCUGGCCGUCCAACAGUGUUUGAUGUUUCUCGGGAUGGCAUGACUGUUGCCUGGAACCCACCAGAAGGAGAUGGUGGCCUUGAGGUUUCUGGAUAUAUCAUAGAGCGCAAAGAAGUCAGGUCCGACAGAUGGGUGCGCGCUAACAAGAACCCCGUCACCAUGACCAGAUACAGGUCAACAGAGCUGAUUGAGGGCCUGGAGUUUGAACACAGAAUCACUGCAAUCAAUGCCAGAGGCCUGAGUAAACCCAGUCUGCCAUCCAAACCAGCUGUGGCAACAGAUCCCAUCGAUCCACCUGGUUGUCCACAGAACCCGAGGAUCACCGAUACCACCAAGUCCUCAGUAUCAUUGGCUUGGAGUCCACCUGAUGAUGAGGGAGAUGCAAGGGUGAAUGGUUACCUGAUUGAGAUGCAGAAGGUGGGCACUAUGGCCUGGAUCAAGUGCAACACCACCCCAUCUCUGAUCUGUGAAUACACACUGACCAACAUGCCACAAGGAGAGGAGUUCAAAUUCCAUGUGAUGGCCUGCAAUGCCGGUGGCUCUGGAGAGCCUGCGGAAGUGCCAGGAACUGUCACAGUGACCGAGAUGCUUGAAUGUCCUGAUUAUGAGUUGGAGCUGAAGUACAAAGAUGUGUAUGUGGUCCGCCAGGGUGGAGUAGUUCGCCUCUCUGUGCCCAUCAAGGGUAAACCUCAUCCAGUCUGCAAAUGGUUGAAGGAUGCAGGUGCAGUCUCCACCAAGGCCAUGAUUGCCUCCACCGAAGAUGCCAGCGAGCUGGUGAUCAAGGGGGCUGAGAGGAGUGACUCUGGUUUGUAUGACCUCCUGCUGGAGAAUAAGGUCGGCAAAAAGAAGGUCCAAAUCAAGGUGAAGGUCAUUGGGCGCCCAGGUGCUCCAGAGGGACCAAUGGUCUUUGAGGAGAUCCAGGCAAACUCUGUCAAGGUGGCAUGGAAGGUACCCACUGAUGACGGGGGCUCAGAGAUCUUGGGUUACAUUGUGGAAAGACGUGAGGCAGCCAGAAACGCCUGGUACGCUGUGGACUCAAGAGUGACUGACACUCAGCUGGUUGUCAAGGGCCUGAAGGAAGGAACAGAGUAUCACUUCAAGGUCACAGCUGAAAACUCCUUCGGUGUUAGUGCCUCCCUAAAGUCCGAGCAGCCAGUGGUGCCUCAGACUCCUCUUUGUCCUCCUGAGUCUUCAAGCACCCCACCAGAGAUCAUGGACGUCACCAAGAGCUCUGUGGCCCUGGCUUGGUCCAGACCGAAGGACGACGGUGGUUCUGUCAUCACUGGCUACUUCGUUGACUACAAGGUGGUGUCUACUGAAACAUGGUCCCGCCACCAGAAGAAGAUCACCUCCACCAUGUUUACUCUGCCUGGACUCACCCCGGACUCAGACUAUCAGUUCCGCAUUGUUGCCGUGAACGACGUUGGUGAGAGUGAGGCUGGUCCUGUGUCCGACCCAGUCACAUGCAAGGAUCCAUUUGACAAGCCAAGUCAACCAGGUGAGAUCGACACAGUUAAUGUGACAAACAACUUCAUCACCCUACGCUGGCAAGCUCCAGAGUGCGACGGUGGAAAGGAAGUCCUGGGCUACUGGGUGGAGUACAGGAAAUCAAUUGAGAGCACUUGGAAGAAGUCCAACAAGCAAAGGGUGAAGGAAAAGGAGUUCACCAUGCCUGGAUUAAAUGAGGCCACCGAGUACGAGUUCAGAGUGUUUGCUGAGAAUGAGACAGGAAUGAGUCGACCCCGAAGGACUACCACAUGCAUCAAGACUAAACUGAGCGUUGAAACUAAGCCAAGCCUGAGGAAGGAAAUGGAUGAAGUAACUGUCAAACUUGGCCAGCCUGCGGUCAUGAAGUGCCAGAUCAUUGGCAGACCUGUUCCUGAAAUCAAAUGGUAUCAUGUCGACAAAGAGGUUGUCGAGUCCCGCAAGUAUGAGAUGAGCUCCGAUGGCCGCAACCACUCCCUGUCAAUAAUGACCAACCAGCAGGACGAUGAGGGACAGUACACCUGUAAGGCCAUCAAUGAGGCUGGAGAUGCUGAGACAGCAGGUCUCCUGGUGUUGGAGGCAGCUCCAUCCUUCCAUGCUGACUACCCAUUGAAGGAAACCUACUAUGCUGGCCUGGGAACUACUCUGCGUAUCCACGCUGUGUACAUCGGCCGCCCAGAGCCAAAGAUCAUGUGGCUGCAUGGAGUGAAGACUCUGGAGAACACAGAAGACAUCAACAUUGAGACAACUGAGCAUUACACACACCUUGUCAUUAAGAAUGUGCAACGCAGAUUACAUGGAGGCAAAUACAGGAUCCGACUGCACAACCACUUUGGCAGAGCUGACACCGCGUUCAAUGUGGAAAUCUAUGACAAACCUGAAAUGCCGCAGGGUCCCAUUGUCCUGGACGCCCUCCUGAAGAAUUCAGUCAUCAUCAGCUGGAAGCCUCCCCAGGACGAUGGAGGCUGCAUGAUCACCAACUACAUCGUGGAGAAGCGUGAGGACAAGGAGGGAACCGAGUGGGAACUGGUGUCCUCAUCCAUUAAUGGAACAUCUUGCCGUGUCCUCAACCUCAUCGACAGCGCUGGAUACUUCUUCCGUGUGUAUGCCCAGAAUCGCUAUGGCAACAGUGAGCCAUUGGAGCUCACUUCACCUAUUCUCAUCAAGAGCCAACUGGAGAAACCAUCACCACCUCUGUCGCCAGUUGUGUCGGCAAUUACCAAGGACUCCUGCGUGGUUUCCUGGAAGCCUCCACUCAGCGAUGGUGGCUCCAAGAUCAAGAGCUAUUGCCUUGAGAAGAAGAACAAGAAGGACAAAAAGGAAUGGACCGAAUGGACUCCGGUGACCACAGAUGAGAUCAAAGCGACCGUGUUCUCAGUGAAGCAUCUCAAUGAGGGCCUCGAGCACAUCUUCCGUGUGAAGUGCGAGAACGUCGGAGGACAGAGUGACUACAGUGAGGAGACCGCUCCCAUGGUUCCAAUCACGGCUGUCGAGAUCCGUGCUCCAGCCUUCAAGGAGGAGCUGAGGAACAUGAGCGUCAAGUACAAGAGCAAUGCCACCCUCGUUUGCAAGAUCUUAGGACAGCCCAAGCCUGUGAUUAAAUGGUUCAGACGAGGAAAGGAGAUCCAUUCUGACGGAAAGAAGAUCAAGAUCCAGGAGUUCAAGGGAGGUUACCACCAGCUAGUUAUCACUGAGGCGGAUGAGGAAGACUCCACUGUUUACCAGAUCAGAGCCACCAACCAGGGAGGCUCCAUCUGUGCUACAGUCUCUUUGGAUGUGGAAGUCCCUGCCCAGAUCCAUCUGCCGAAGAACCUUAAAGACAAAGAAGCCAUCCCUGCCCUGCGUGGAGAGAUGGUUAAUAUCAAGAUUCCUUUCGGUGGCAAACCAGAUCCUGUCAUUACAUGGCAGAAAGGACAAGAUCUCAUCGACAGCAAUGGCCACUACCAGGUCAUUGUAACCAGGUCAUUCACGUCCUUGGUGUUCCCCAAUGGAGUGGAGAAGAAGGAUGCUGGUUUCUACAUUGUGUGUGCCAAAAACAGAUUUGGCAUUGACCAACAGACAGUGGAGCUGGAUGUGGCUGAUGUGCCUGAUCCUCCACGUGGUGUCAAAGCCAGUGACGUCUCCAGAGACUCUGUUACUCUGAACUGGGUAGCACCAGCUAAUGAUGGCGGCAGUAAGGUCAAGAGCUACAUCAUUGAGAAAUGCCCCACCACUGCUGAGAGGUGGGAGCGUGUCGCCCAGUCCCGUGACACUCACUACACCGUGAUCAAUCUGUUUGGAGGAACCAGCUAUCAGUUCAGGGUCAUUGCUGAGAACAAAUUUGGACAGAGUGCUCCAUCUGAGACCAGCGGACCUGUCAUGACUAAAGAGGACAAAUCCAGAGUCCUGCUCUAUGACAGGGAGGUUGACGAUACUGGACGUGUCCCCAGGGGCAAGGCUCAACACUCUGAUGCCAAGAAUCUGCACCUCAAAUAUGCUAUCGCAGAGGAAGUGGGCAGAGGUCAGUUUGGCAUUGUCCACCGCUGUGUUGACAUCAGCUCUGAGAAGACAUACAUGGCUAAAUUUGUCAAAGUGAGAGGUGCUGAUCAAGCGAUAGUCAAGAAGGAAAUUGCAACACUGCGCUUGGCCAAACACACUAACUUCCUCCUUCUCCAUGAGUCUUUUGACAGCCCAGAAGAUCUAGUGAUGAUCUAUGACUUCAUCUCUGGUGUCGACAUCUUCGAGCGCCUCAGUGCAGCUGACUUUGAGCUUAAUGAGCGGGAGAUUGUUAACUACAUCAGGCAGAUCUGCUCAGCUCUCGAGUUCUUGCAUGCUGAGAGCUAUGGAAACUUUGAUAUCAGACCUGAGAACAUUGUGUACACAACAAGAACCAGCUCUAAUGUAAAGAUCAUCGAGUUAGGCCAGUGCAGACACCUAACUCCUGGAGAACAAAUCAAGAUUCAGUAUACCACUGCAGAGUAUGCUGCCCCUGAGAUCCACCAGUGUGACUUGGUCAGCAGUGUCACUGACAUGUGGUCGGUUGGUGUCCUUGCCUAUGUCCUCCUCAGUGGACUUAAUCCAUUCACAUCUGAAACCAACCAACAGAUGAUCGACAACAUCUCCAACGCAGCCUAUAGCUAUGAAGACGAAUCCUUCACACAGGUCAGUUUUGAGGCAUUAGACUUCACAGACCGCCUCAUGACAAAGGAUCGUAGACAUCGUAUGUCUGCUGCCGAGGCUCUGGUGCAUCCUUGGCUUGCCAAGCCUGCAGAGGAUAUCAGCACCAGAGCAAUCCCAUCUGGUAGACAUAAAAGAUAUUACCAGGCGAUGGUGAGAAAAGAGUGGAACACCGUUGUCUCUGCAGCUCGUGUGGCCAGUGGGGGUUCCAUCAGGUCCCAGCGCGGAGUCUUUGUUGCCAAGGUGAAGAUUGCUUCAUUUGAACACGGCCCUCUUGCAGGACAGAUUGGACAUGCAGUGGUGAAUGAAGGAGACAGCGUGAAAUUCAUCUGCCACAUUGACAACUAUGAUAGCACUACUGAAGUGACAUGGUACUGUGGAGUCAGACAGCUUGAAGCUGGUGAAAAAUAUGAAAUUGAAUAUGAGGAUGGCCUGGCUGUAAUCACCAUCAACAAGGUCACAAGGGCAGAUGAUGGUACCUACAGAUGCAAGGUUGUUAAUGAGUAUGGUGAAGACAGUUCCUACGCUGAGCUGUUCAUCAACAGUGUUAGAUCGUGCCGCGAGUACUUCACCAGUCGUGUGGUCAAGAGAACAAAGCGCAGAGUGGACACUGCCAGAAUGCUUCAGAAACCACCGGAGUUCACCCUUCCUCUGGUCAAUCGGACAGCCUACAUGGGUGAAGACGUGCGCUUCAGUGUCACCAUAACUGUUCACCCUGAGCCUCGUGUCAUCUGGCACAAAUCAGGACAGAAACUUAUCCCUGGAAAUGAUGAGAAGAAAUAUACCUUCAUCAGUGACAAGGGUCUGUACCAGCUGAUUAUCCACAAACUGGACAAGGAGGAUGAUGCAGAAUAUAGUGUUGUGGCACGUAACAGGUACGGUGAUGACAGCUGCAAGGCUCGUCUUACUGUCGUUCCUCGUCCUAAACCAGCAGAUCUCACCCUGAGGCCCAUGUUCAAACGUCUGCUAGCAAACGUAGAGUGCAGGGAGAGCCAGAACGCACGGUUUGAAAUCAGAGUGUCUGGCCACCCCACACUGAAGUGGGAGAAAGAUGGCACACCUUUGGCCUUUGGACCAUCUAUUGAGGUUAUCCACGAGGGUCUUGAUUACUACAUCCUUCAUGUGAGAGACACUCUCCCUGAGGACUCUGGCAUAUACAGAGUAACUGCUACCAACUCUGCUGGAUCUGCCAGUUGCCAGUCCACACUCAAAGUGCAGCGUGUCAGUCAUGUAAAGAAGGAAUAUGAGACCAGUGAAAAGGAAAAGCAAACGUUAUCUGGACAGGAAGAAAUGGACAAAAAGUUGAGGCUUUACCAGAUUAUGUCCGGCACUGUUGUUGCGCCUCUCCCACCUUUAGCAGUACAAGCUGUCAGGGAGGCCGCCACCAUGUUCAAACCGGCUGUGACAACUAAGAAGGGAGAGAAGACUGAGAUCGAGAUACAGAAAGAACGAGAGGAGAGGAAGAAGCGAGCGGAUGAGAAGAGGCUGCGUAUGCCCUAUGACGUCCCCACUCCUCGUGUCUUCAACCCAGCUGUUCUCGAGGAAGAUGUGGAAAUCAAACACUUCAAGCCACUCUCUGAUAUGAAAUGGUACAAGACACUGCGUGAUCAGUACGAGUUCCCUGAGCCUAUGGAUAAAAUAAGUCACAAGAGGAUGAAGCGUAUUCGCCUCUCCAGGUGGGAACAGUUCUAUGAGGUGCCAAUCAGGAUCAAGGACCAGUAUAAGCCUAAGUGGCGCAUCUCAUCCAUUACUCAGGAUGACUUGGAGACGGUGAGGCCUGCAAGGCAUCGCACUCCUUCCCCUGAGAUGGAGGCAUACCACAGGAUCAGGAGGAGAUCUCUGGGGGACCUGUCCGAUGAGGAACUACUGCUGCCUGUGAAUGAGUAUCUGUCCAUGAAGAGAAUUGAGGAGGAGAGGCUUCGUCUGGAGGAAGAGCUGGAACUGGGGUACUCUGCUUCUCCACCGAGCUUCAGCCCAGUUCGCUUUGAACUGUCCGCCCUGCGUCCCUCAUCUCCUAGAAGAGCCUACAGUGAUGAUGAAGAGGAAGAAGGGGUCUGUAGAUAUGACUCCUACCGAAUUCCAUCUAAAUAUGAGGCUGGUCCAAGUUUUGUUGAGCUUCGCCAGCGUCACGACAAAGCCACACACACACCUCAGAAGCAGAGGGUUUACGAAGAGCGAGAAGAUGAGGAGCUGCUGCGCCCACACACCACUGCUCAGAGAAUCACAUCAUACAAGAGUGAACUCAAGCGCAUGGAGUUUGAGGAGAAGAUGCGAACCUCUAAAAAGGAAACAACUGUCACCGUUGCAAAAGUCUCUGAGAGUGUUGAAUCUGAGUACCUGACAUCCUUUACCUCGGCAUAUAUUCCUAAACCUAUUAAGAAGCUUCCAAUGCCUGAACCUGUGAGGGGAACAUCUUCCACCCCGGAAAAGGCUGUGAAGACUGAUGUCGCCUUUCCGAGAGUUGACUUUGCAUCCAGGUACGAGGAGAGGAAGCAGGCUCUGAGGUCAGAGAGAAGAUCAGUGGAGGUUGUGACACAGGCUCCGUUUAGCCUUGACCAUGGUCCACAAAUCACCAUCAGGCUGCGAUCUCAUCGUGUCCCCUAUGGCUCCAACACAAGGUUCACCCUGAACGUCCAGGCCAAACCAGAAUCUGAGGCCAAGUGGUUCCACAAUGGAAAAGAGAUUCAUCAGAGCAGCAAGUACCACAUGACCAAUAUCAGUGGAGUGCUGACCCUCCAGAUCAUCAACUGUGAGACUGAGGAUGCUGGAACUUACCGUGUUGUCUGCAAGAACACCAAAGGAGAGACUUCUGAUUAUGCAACAUUAGAUGUUGCAGAAAACGAAUAUGUUCUUGUCUCUUCACACCACAAAGAUGAGGAGCCUCCAUCCGCCCAUCUGCCUGAAAUGACCAAAACAGAGGAAUAUCAUGUCUCCUCCUCUAAAUCAACAGAAACCGUGACUGAAACUGUUAAAGAGACCACUACUGUUGUUGAGAAGCCGAGGGAGAAGCCAGGUGUUCCUGCUCAGAUCCUGACCAAACCACAGUCUCUCACGGUGGAGGAGGGGGGCCUCGCCAGAUUUGAAUCUGAUGUCGCUGGUGAACCAGCACCUUCUAUCACCUGGAUGCAUGAAGGCACAGUUGUUGGUUCAUCUGCUCGUCACCACAUUGUCUCCAACCAGAACAACUCCUCCUUCGAGAUCUCUCCCGUGGAGGUGUCGGAUGAAGGCAGCUACACUCUCCUGGUGGAAAAUGCUAGCGGCAAACAAGAGGCUCAUUUCACUCUAUCGAUCCGUAAAUCUGUUUCCAAGGAAGAAGUUGUUGCCCUUACUAGAAUCACCUCUCCAGAGGCUAAGUCACCUCUUCCCAAGUCACCUGAACCAGUCAAAACUCCUAAGAGAGUGAAGUCCCCUGAGCCAAUCAAGUCCCCACAGAGAAUCAAGUCUCCAGUCUCACCGAAGUCCCCAACACCAAAGUCCCCAGCUCCAAAGUCCCCAACUCCAAAGUCCCCAACUCCAAAGUCCCCAGCUCCAUCAGAACAGAGCGAGCAGGGAAUCACCAUGAGUCGGUCUGAUGCCGCUGCUCCUCGGUUCCUCGUGCAGCCGAGGUCCCAGAAUGUGAACGAGGGACAAAAUGUGAAAUUGACGUGUGAAAUCGAAGGAGAACCUUCACCUGAAGUGGAGUGGUUGAAAGACAAUGUGAAGAUUUCUGUCACGUCAAACAUCCGACUGAGUCGCUCUCAACACGUCAACGCUCUGGAGAUCCGUGAAGCCACAGUCGCAGACAGCGGCAAGUACACGAUCAAAGCCAGGAAUCAGUUUGGACAGUGCUCUGCGACAUCGUCACUCAACGUCUUCACCCUUGUUGAAGAGCCAACAACAAUGAUUAUCACGGAGCAAAGAGAUUUUACUGGCACUGCUGCUGGCGUGCAGAAAACCUUCUCCGCCUUGUCCGUCCACCAGGGGGCCGACGUGCAGACGAGCACCUGCAGCAGCGACGCCCGCUCGUCUGCUGCCCACAGUUCAUUUCAGAGCAUGUCUGAGGCUAGCAUGUCUGAGGCUAGCAUGUCUGAGGCUAGCAUGUCUGCCAUGAUGGCCAAGUCAAUGGUUUCCAUGAGCUCCAGCAGCCAAAUGAUGGAAAUGUCUAUUCAGUCGCAUGUGACGGCCUCGUCCUCCCUGAGCGCCCAAACCACCGGGGUCAAACGAGGUUUUCCAGCAAAGAUCGAAGCUCUUCCCCAGGACGUCAGUGCCGAGGUGGGGAGGUCCCUGACGAUAGCGGGGGUGUUCUCCGGAGACCCCGCUCCCUCCGUGCAGUGGGUGCGCUCCGGUCGUCCCCUCCCCAGCGGAGACGGGCGCUACCACGUGGAGAACACCGCUGACCUCUCCACCCUCAUGAUCUCUGCGGUGAAGGAGGGCGACAGCGGGGCGUACACCCUCCGCCUGUCCAACGAGCUCGGCUCCGACUCCAGAACCGUCAACGUUCUCAUUCGGUCCAUGUAAAAAAAACGUGAAUUUACUGCCCCCCCGCUUCCCGGAUCCAGAUUCUUUUAUUAGUGAAUUAGCAACGAUAACCGACUUGAUAAAGAUCUGGAUUUUCUUCUUGUAAAUAUGAACUAUUUUUGUACCAAACUUGACAUUAAUUUAUGCCAAACUAGACUAAAGUCUAAAGUUGUUAUAAAAUGUGCCAUAUUGGAUAACUAUGAAUUAGGAUUUUUGAACCACUUUUCUGUGACAUGUACAUAAUGUAUAUAGCCGAAUUUAACGGUUAUGGGGAAUGUAUGUAUUGUUAUUUAUGACAAUAAUAUUAACCGAAACAAAAUGAAACUAAAUGCAGUUUAACAGGAGAAAGUUUCAACAGAAACGAAUACCCUGUUAAACUGAGAAACUAAACUGUGCCUCAACGAUAAGUUGAAGUCUGUAAGUUUGCCUCAGCAGGUAGAGAGGCUCCCUGCUGACGAUCGGAAACCAGAAAACAGAAAGACGAAGUUAUUGUUCUGGACACGUGUCGGUGCCUGGUACAGUUUCCUAUGAGAUGUACCAUGAGCAUAAGACCCUGAGCGCUGUUUGCGUUACCCUCAUGUAAGCAGCGUGAACCGGCCUUGUGCUCCGACCCACGUGUCG